AUGUAUGCCUGUGCGAAGUUCGUGUCCACCCCUUCCCUGGUGAGUACACAGAGCUCCUGUGGAGAGCCCAGGCCGGCCCGCAGGACAGCCUGGGCCUAGCUGCCGCAGGGAGGAGGCGUUGUAGGUCAAAGUCAGUGUCCCCUGACAGCCACUUCCGCCCAGCACCUCCUGCCUGUAAAUCCCAUGUCAGCCCCAGAAUCCAGGCUUGUCUUCAUUCUAUUUAUGUUUUGGAAUAGAAUUUAUUUAUUGUAAGCCUGAGACUUAUAAUUUUUUUUCUUGCUGACCUUAAUACUGUGGCAGUCCAAGGACGCAGUGCAAGACAAGCUUGCGUUUGAAUGGAGGCCUGUUAUUCUUUAAUGGUGGUGACAUUGGUGUUUGUCUUGUUUGCCCUUGUGGAUUUGCCGUGUUACCUUUUUAUGUUAACUAAAGGUAAUGAAUGGUUGGUGCUUGCCUCUGCAAUGCACAGGCACUGCUCAGUGAGUGACAGUUCUUCCAUUAUAUGUUGCAGAUGUGCUGUCAUGUUCUGCAAAAAUUUUUUUUUUUUUUUCCAUUUCAAUGUAAUUUGUCAGGAAAUGGGUUGAAUGACUUGUUCAUUUUAACAGAUUAAUUGUGCUGAUAUGAGCUAAAGCUGUAUUGCUGUUAUGAUAUACUGUUAAAAAUUUGUUUUUGUUUUUUUAAUGUCUGUUUUAGAACCUAAACCUUUGGGGUGUUUUUUUUUUUGUUUGUUUUUCUACUAGAUCCGUGCUGGAUCCAGAGUACUGUACAGACCAAUCUCUGCAUCAGUGUUGUCUCGACCAGAGGUCCGAACUGGAGAGGUAAUACUUUAAUUUCUCUCUCUGUAGGCUCACUGUAGAAUUCACAGAAUGCAGACCAUUAAUAGACUUCCAUUUGAUAACUAUAGCUUGAAAUGCAGUGCUACUGAAGACAUUAGAAUGCCUGUAUAUCUACUGUAAGGUCACUUACACAAAAGAGAUGAACUUCAGUAGGCCAUUACCUUGAAGGGCACCCUGAAUAACUAUUCAAUGGGUUAAUUCAAGGACCUUCCUCUUGGCUUGAACAGUGAGUCUAUCAUUUGAGGUAGUUUUUGAGAACCUACUCUAUAAAGUUUAUAGCUUUAUUAAAAUCAAAACUUAUUCUUGUGCAUUUUUGUUUUGUUUAGGGAAACACAACAUUAAGUGGAUCCCCAAAUACCUGCACCCAAAUUGUACUGAGGGGAUUCCAGACCAGUGCAAUCAGCAGGGAUAUUGACACUGCUGCCAAGUUUAUUGGUGCUGGUGCUGCCACGGUUGGUGUCGCUGGCUCUGGUGCUGGUAUUGGAACAGUUUUUGGCAGCCUCAUUAUUGGUUAUGCCAGGUAAGUAUCACAAUGUACUCCUCUUAUUAAUAAGCAUAUUGCUUUUCUGCUAAAUAUCUAUUCACUAAAAUGUAGUAACUUAGAAUUUGUUGCCAAGCUCCAACUAUAACUGGAAAAUAUUAACAUUGUUUUGAGGUCUUUGUAUCCUGUAGAAAUUUUUUUUUUUUUUUGAAUUCUGUUCACAACUUGACUUCUCAGUCACACUUGUAGAUGUGCCCACUUGCCUGGAUGUUUAAUAGAUGGCAACUCUACUAAAGACUACACUUCUGUAAUAGAAUUGUCAGACUGUUGGCGUGGGUCACUGUAGUGUAACAAAACCUUAAUGUUUAAGAUCUGAUGUAAAUUUUCAUUCAGGCACAGAAAGAUUGUACCAACUUUGCAGUGCUUGCCUUAAUGUGUUGCUCCAAACACUAUGGCCACUUUAGUGACUUGAAGUGGCCCUAGUGAUAGGAAUUUGAAUGUGCAGUGUUUCUACUCUAAACACUGCCAAUCCAAAGUUCUGGUUAACUGUGCUGGGUGCUAGUUGCACCCCAGGCUACCUAUUGUCAAUUCUGUACCUAGUUCCUGAAGACUCACUAGUACCCAGGUAAGUGGCAAACAUUGCAAAAGUUUGCCCCAACUGGGAAAUGGGGUUAAGGUACUCAUGGCAUAUAACACACUGUAUAGCUUAAUCUGUGCAAUGUAGACUAGAUUGACUUACCUGAAGCUGACUGCCAUUGACAUGUUCAGGACCAACAUGCUCUGUACAGUGGAUAUACAAAGUCUUGACUACUUUGUUUUUCUAGCUUAUGAUUCCAAUUAGCCAAGAAUUAUCUAAAUUGUUACCAGCCUUAAAGAUUGUAGUGUCCCUGAUUUAAAUUGCACCAGUGAGGUAUUAAUCUUUGAACACAAUACUAGUCUACAAAAAUUCCUUUGAUUUAUCAUGGUAGGAUAUUGCAGUCCAACAAAAUAAAGGGACUCUGUAGGCAGCCAGACCACUUCCACUCACUGAGUGGUCUGGGUGCAAUGUCACUUGAGCCUACAGUGGUAGUUGCAGUUUCUGAGAAACUGCAAUAAUUACCUGAGGGUUAAUUCCUCUAGUGGCUGUCUACCAGACUAAGCACCUGGAAGUCCCUCUAGUGGCAGACUCCUUUUGGUCAUCCAAACUAUGCUUGACAUGCUAUGCAUGAGUACUUCCAGUGUCACCAGAAUCCCCAUAGGUAAGCAUUGGAUAAUGCUUUCCAAUGGGAAAUACUAAUGUGAGCGUGGUCAUUGCAUUAGGUCUCCCUUGCUGGCAGGGGAGGGGCAUGGGUAGAGCCUGACUCAGUACCAAGGGACACUGGCACUGGAUUUAGGUAAGUUUGAACCCCUUCAGCGCCUCAGAAGAGGGGCCACUGCAAGAGCCUAUAGUGCCAGGAAAAUGGCUUUGUUUUCCUGGCACUAGAGAAUCACUAACUUAUCUUCAGAUUUGUACAUAAAUGGCAGGAGGUGAAUUUGAAACUUAUGUAAUAUAAAUACAACUACAUGCCUCUGAAAUGUUUCUCUUUACAGGAAUCCCUCCCUGAAACAGCAGCUGUUCUCCUAUGCAAUCUUAGGAUUUGCCCUGUCUGAAGCUAUGGGUCUGUUUUGUUUGAUGGUUGCUUUCUUGAUUUUGUUCGCCAUGUAAAUGCUCAACAUUCAAAUGAAGAUGUAAUCAAUAUUUCACUGUGGCUCCCGAUAAUAUCGUGUUGUCAAGGAAAUGUACAAAGUUUCCAAAGUCCUUUCAUUAAAAAUAGUAACAAAACUGAGAACCUGUAUUGUUUUGUUAUUUGCACUCUUGAGACAUUGUAAUCUAACUUAUCCAUAAAGCCAUGUUUUCAAACAAUCACUACUGUACUCUUUAAAAAUGUACAUUAACACAACAUGCAUUAAAGAUUUCUCCAGAUAGUCCUUGUCUCUGCAGUUGUUUACCAGAUUUACUUAUUACUUUGGUUUAUUUUGCUUGCACAGAUUGGUAAAUGGCCUUACUGAAAUUUGCCUUUUCAGUUUGCUAGAACUGUUCAGGGAAAUUUUUUUCAGUUUACUUCUGUCUCUCAUGCCGAUUAAUUUCCUUAAAGGGACAUGAGUGACUACAACUACUACUUAAUGUAGUGGUUCUGGUGGCUAUAGCAUGAUCCUGCAGGCUUUUCAAUGUACACUUUUCAGAAAAAAGGCGGUUUACAUUGCUGCUUAGCAACACCUCGUGGCCACCAGAGAUGCUUCCUGUUUCAGUGCUGCACUGUGGCAUAUUGCAGAGCAUGCACAAUAGCCUCUCUAUGCUUUCUUAGGGUAAGCGUCUGGUUGAGAUUGUAAAGAUUGCCAUGGAGGUGGGGCCAGCUGCAGGAAAAACAGCAUAGCAAGGGAGAAAUGGGGAAGUUUUUUUUUUUUAUAUAUUCCUCCAAUCAGACAAGAGCUAAAAAUGUAUUUCAGCCUUGUUAAGUGUACAGGUUUGUAUUGCCAACUACUAGUGUACUUUUAGUCCUUAGUCAGCAGGGAGGUUUCAAAACUUGCAUUUACACAUGUGAUGGCUUAUGUAAACUGUAAGCUACAAAAAUGUGAUCUAGACUAUCUUGGGCCCCCAUAAUUCAAGAGCACAUAAGGUCAGGAAGACAUAUUGUUGUUCUAUGGAACUAUUGGCAUUCAGAUUUUGGUUUGCCUGCAUUUUGCUACAGUUUGGAAUAUAAUGGUAAAUAUGCCACUAGCAUUUAAAUAUAAACGUUACAUUACAUCUUGCUUUACCACUUGUGAAGAUUACUUUUACUCAAAGUCCUCUGAUUUUAUUCCUUAGAGGAUUGCAUCAGGGGACUCCUGGCUUCAUAUCCACUCCAUCAAUGCCAAAUAUAAAUCCUCCCAUGCCGCCCCCCCCCCCCAUACACACAUUCCAUUGUUUUUUAUUUCUGUCUGACACUAGUCAACAAAAUAUUUCUCUUCGGUGUUAAAAGAUUGCAGAACACUGUGCUAUAGAAUGUUCAUCUUAUGUCAUAUUUUGUAUGCAUGCCACCAUUGCUUUCUCAUGUACAUUUUGUAACCCUUUUAUAUUUAUAGCAGUGUUCUGCAAUCUUAACAUAUUUUCAAAAGUUCCUUGUUGGCUAAGGUAUAAAGCCAGUCCAUUUAAAAAGGAAUUUGAAUUUGGUUAAGAAUAGAGUACGAGGCUGGUUCCAAACCUGAAUGGCUUUGCAGACCACCGUUGCUACAAUCAUAGAAAAGUGUCUAUUAGGCACUGGGUCACCAUGAAUGGGUCCCAAUAAUGGGAAACUGUGAUUUAAUGGUAAGGGUGUCAUGUUAAGUAUUGUGCAACCUCUCACCAGAAGGUCUGAAUCGGGGACACUCCCAGACAGUGAUCCAAAACUGCUUUGGUAUGGGUGCAUUUUAAGGAGGUAAAGGAGUCCUUCCUUGCCAUGAAAAGUCUACAUGAGUAAAAUAUGUGUAAUUUUUCAGGAGCAUCUCGAUAAACCAUGGGGAGCAGUUGACUUUGUGUGGUGUGAUUUUAGGAUGUUCUCAGGUGUGAUCAAGGGAAUCUUCCAUUUCCUCAGACCUGUUUGUAUUGUGUUCCAGUCAGGUGUGUAUUGUAAAAAGGGCAUAUAGGGUAGAUAUGGAGUGAAAGUCUGGUGGAUAAAAGAUAAUCCAGAGAAUUACACCAAUUGGAGACUGUACUGGAAAGAAGGCCAAGCGCUCCCUGAGGCAACCCACGGUAAGAAUGAGUGUCAAAAUCUACAAAAGAAUUCAACGACCCGAGACCCUGCUCUGACCACAUUGUGAAUGGAUGUGUGUUGAAUCUAUCCUAGAUCUCUGGAGCAGGUGUAUGGGGGAAAACAGCAGGCUCACUCACAAGCCAACUUUCAGGCUUUAAUCAGGACGGCCACAGAGGGUUUGAGAGAAUAUCAUCUGAAAGCAGGUUAUGUGGUUUGUGUAAUGAACUGGUAGGGAGUCCGGCUGCGCCAGAGAGGAGUCCAGGUCUGAGUAUCUUGACUGCGAUUGGAUCCAGUCGAGUGCAUGCCGCAGUUGAGCUGCCAAACUGUACUCUCUGGUUGGAAAAUUAAGUCCUCCAUUGCAUUUGGUUUGGUGAAGUUUAGUUCGGCUCAGCCUAGCCCUCGGUCCCCGCCAAAGAAAGUGCCUCAACUUUUUUUUAGCUUAAAAGAUUUUCAUCUUUUUUUGGAGUGUAAGACUGGGAGUACCUUAAGAGGGUACAGAAACUUUGGGAAACUAAUUUAUAGAGAUUGGCCCAUCCGAUGUAUGAAAGAGGCAAUUUGUGCCAAUGUUCCAAUUCAUUAAGAAUGGAGAGAACAGGAGGGACAUUCAAGUUAUACAGUAGGCCAAUAUUUCUUGGGAUUUUGAUCCCUAAAUAUUGAUUGCUAUUUCAAUGGGACACUCCUAAACAACUUAGGAGGUGAUCCCCUCCUGAGAUGUAGAGCACUGGAUUUCGACCAAUUAACUGUAUGUCCUGCCAAGGCAUGACAUUUGUCAAGGAGGGGUGGUAUGGAAGAGGCUGGCUCCAAGGUAUACAGGAGAAGGUCGUCAGCAAAAGCAGAGAUUUUCAUAGUGACAUCCCCCAGGGGAAUACCCCUGUAGCGACUCUAUGGCUAGGUUAAAUAGUAGUGGUAAUAUGGGGCAUCCCUGCCGUACCCCUCGUCCUAGUGUGAAAUAUGGAGAGUCUAGUCCAUUUGUCGUGAUGCAAGCAGUUGUGUUGUAAGUUUUUAACAAAGGUGUGUCCCAAGUAGCAUAGUUUUAGUAUGCUUAUCAAAUGCCUUCUCAAUAUCAAGGCUGAUAAGGGAAAGUCCACCCUCGCCCCUGUAAAGGCUGCCAACGCCCUUCGGACCCCUUGACCAUCUGUAUCCCCACCACAAACCCCAGUUGGUGACCCGUAAAGACCCUGGGAAAAAUUGAUUGAACUCUUAAGGCUAUGAUUUUAGUGAGAAUUUUAAGGUCCAAAUUGAGCAACGAUAUAGGGUAAUAGGACGCCAAAUCCUCCACAUCCCUAGCCGGCUUCGGUAGCAGCAUAGUGCAUGCCUAAUUAAGGGAAUCUAUCGAGAGUCCCUUCAGAUAGAUUUGGUCAAAAAGGGCCUUAAGGGAGGGACUAAUUUGGUGUUUUAGAGUUUUAUAAAAUUCGGCAGUAUAUCCAUCCCGGCCUGGAGCUUUACACGAUUUAAGGGACGCGAUGGCUAAAUGAAUUUGUUUUCCAAUGAUAGGGGAGCUAAGUAGUUCCCGGGAGUCCCCGUCUAAGUGAGCUAUGUUCAGAUUUGUUUAGGAAAGCCAUAUCAUGAUCAGUUGGGGCUAUCAAUAUUUUUUUGAAAAUAGUUGUGAAAAGCUUUGUUAAUUACUGCAUAAGCAGUAAGCCGGACUGCUUACGGCAAGUUAAUUGCUGUUAUUGGUUUGAACCUGGUUUUAGGAUUGACCAUAUGGGCCAACAACCUCCCAGACCUUCCUCCAUCUGAAAAAGUGCUGUCUAAUUUUAAUUGGGCAUAAUUAGUAAUGUUAGUUUUUAGAGUGGAUUUAGCAUCAAGGUAAGUUUGUUUGUUUACGUCAGAUGGAUUAGCCAAAUACCUCGUAUGAGAUUGUUUAAGCCCUUAAGGACACAUGACAUGUGUGACAUGUCAUGAUUCCCUUUUAUUCCAGAAGUUUGGUCCUUAAGGGGUUAAGGGCUGUUUCUAACACCGCAUAGUCUUCUGCCAUUUUUUCUUAGCAGAUGAAGUAUGGGAAAUUAUCUGUCCCCUCAUGGCUGCCUUGGAUGUCUCUCAGAGUAAUUUUGGCUCCUCCAUGUGUUCCAGAUUGUCAUCCAGAAAGUUUGCCCAGUGAGUCUGUAAGCGAGUAUGGAACGGUGGCUAACUCGUGAGAUAUAUUUUUAUUUUAUUUUAUUAAAAAAAUAAAAUAAAAAAAGUAGCUAGUAAAGCUAAAAAAACAAAAACAAACUGUAAUCUUGUCACUGAUAUCUCUUAGGAAAUCAACCCUUCAUAAAAAUUAAACUCUUAUAUUGAAUUUUAGUUUCUUUUGCAGAGGAAAAUGUAAAUUUCUUGCUUUGGGUACCUUUAGUGCUAAAGUAAACUUUGUUACCUUGAUGUGCAGUAAAUGAUGCAAGUGACCUAGAUAUCAAAUAGCAUCUAUCUGACUCUACAGUUAACGCAUAGGAUGUGUUUUUAUAGUAACUAUUUUUAUCACCUCACAGUUACUGUGCUGAUGGGGGACAUCCUGUUGCUGUAAAUGAGAAGCCAGCAGGGUCUCUUGGUAGGGAAUGUGCUGUGAAAUUGAAAAAAGCCACAUGUGUUUAAGUUCAAAAAUGCAACCAAAACUUUUACAAAUGGAUAGUGGAAGCAAACUGGUGACAAAUGCAACACCAACAUUCUAGGUCAUGUAUUCCAUUAAAAUCUGCAAUGGCCACCUUUGAAUGAGUGUGGUUUAUGCAGUAAUAUUGGGUUCUAUAACUGCAUCUUACAGAAAAAUCAGUAAAGCACGUCUAAAUGCUGUUCUUGAAAUUUACAGAUUUUGCAUGCUAUAAGUAGUGCUAUUUUUGCAAUAAAAAAAAAAUGAAAAUAAGUUAUUUGACAACUAAAUAAUAAUGUGCCAGGUAUACAAGCUGACAAAUAUUUGUAGCAAAUAAUUUUUUAUUUAUUGAUACCAUGAAAGUAUCUUAAAUACAUUUUGUCACUGUUCAAUUCUAUUUUUUUAUUUUUUUUUAUGUAAUAGACUACUGAUAUAUAUUAAUUUUGUAUGACAAUUUGCCAUGACUGGGUAAUCAAAUUUUGGGAGAUUCUUUGUACUAUAGAAACAGUCAUAACAUUCAACAGAAUUCACAAGUAAGUUAACUGUUAGAUUGCUUAUUGGUGUUAGUGGAAAUAAGAGGAACAAAUAGCUUUAAAGGAACACCCCAAUGUGAACAAUAUUCAGUUUUAAUGUUUGGACUGUUCCUUUAACCAUUUAGAUGACUUGCACCCCCAUCUCCUUCUUCUCCUCACCAAAAUAAGAAAUCACUUCCCUUGUCUCCAACAGUGAGUCCACAUUUGCUGCUGAUCCACUCCUUCACCUGGAGACUAUCAAUGAUGACAGUUUCUGUUCCUAUUCGGACCACUGCCAUGAAUGUGAUCAUCCAAUAGAGAGCUACUUUCUCUAACAAUCAUUCAAGCAGAGUGAAUCAGGAAGCCCUUCUGGCUUUCAGCUUAAUUGCCAGGGGUGGGUGUUCCUAAAUUAAUUCAGAAAAGUGCCAAUUUCUGUUUAAGUCAGCACUUCUAUGAAUGAGGUAAAGGGGGUGUGUGCUGUCUACCCCUAUAUCACUUAUGCAUGCUGUAGUGCCUUAGAGGUAAAAAAUGUCCCUUAAAAGUGAACUUGUCAUUUACAAUGAGAUUGGUGACAAGUUCACUUUGUAUAACGGAGUAUUGCAAAUAAAAACUACAGAAUAAAACUUUAUCCCAAGGUGUGAUAUUUAUCUUUGUCAUCUCUCUCCCAAUGCAAAGAGUUUUCCUCCUUGACAAAGGGCCUUUCAGCAAAGCAAGACUGUGUUUCAUAUCUAACUUGGCGGUUGAAGUGUUCUUCAGGUUGCCCCUAUCAGGAUUACUGUAUGAUCCAGCACAUAGAACUGUAUAGCAUGGAUGACAAAUAAGUAACGCAUUACCGGUCCUUAGAAUGGCCGGAUUUAACGUACAUAGAAUAGUCAAAAUACUAGCCAAGGUCAGGGAACACAGAAAGGGACGCAACGAUGAGGAAAGCCAGGAGUCAGGAUACCAGAAUACAGAGAAGUCAAUAAGCAAAAUCAAAAACCAGUAGAAAACUAUUAACAGGAACGCGCUCUCGGACAACCACAUGGGAAACCAUGACAGGGCACUGAGUGGAGGUCAGACUAGGUUUUUAUAUCCAUCCUCCCUUUCCCAUUGGUCAGCCCGGUAUUUUGGCUCCAAAAUGUGCGUGUGUGGUGCGUGCGUUUACGUGCGCGGUGUUAUUUCUGCCCGUGGAUGUGCAACGGCCGGUGCCAGACUGUAUGCUGAGACAGUCCGGCCGCUGAGCACCAGGUGAGGGAAAAGUGUCAGAUGUAUAUAUGACAGAGAUGACUCAAAGGCAGCAGCCUCAGAGAAACUCAAAGGUUCCUUCACAAGUACAGGCACAGAGGAGAUUGUGAUAUAUUCUUGUUUGCUCAUAAAGACAGUGGUACGUUCGAAAGUUUUACCCCUUAAGGACUAUGGCUUUUUUGAGAUGCAACGCAUUAGUGACAAAGGCCUUUUUGCCAUGCAUUCAUUCUACCAUCCUAUUUUAUGUUUAAGUGCCCAAAUACAAAUAUUAAAUUAUAAAUUGAUUUUCUCACCCCUCCUGGGUGUUUAUUCCUCAUUCUCGGGUCCUCUACAAGAGGCCUGGGAGUUUGAGGGUUCUGAGCAGUAUCUUAGCUGUUUCUAGAACUCCACUCUUCUGGACAGCGAUGUCCCACCUGGAAUCUGUUGAAGCCACUCCCCCAACUUGGGAGUCACAACCCAGAGUGCUCCUAUCACAACUGGGACUACUUCUGCCUUCACUUUCCUCAUCCUUUCUAGUUCAGUUCUUUCAGUCCUUGGUAUUUCUCCACCUUCUCAUGUUCAUUCUUCUUGGUUGGCCAGCACUUGCUUGUCUGUCUGGAUCUUGAAGUCCCACAGGAUCUUAGCCAUGUCAUUCUCAACUACAAUUUGUGGUAUCUCCCAUCUGGACUUAAGCGGGUCCAAUCCAUAUUCUGUGCAGAUGUUUCAGUACACAAUCCCAGCAACUUGGUUGUGUCUCUCCGUGUAUGCUGUUCCUGCUAACAUCUUGCAUCCGGCUACUAGGUGCUGGACUGUCUCAGAGGCCUCUUUGCACAGCCUGUACCUUGGGUCUUGCCUGGUGUGGUAGACUCCAGCUUCUAUUUAUCUGGUGCUCAGUGCCUGUUCUUAUGCUGCUAGGAUUAGUGCCUCUGUGCGGUCUUUCAGCCCUGCCUUUUCCAACCACUGGAAGGAUUUUGUUAUGUGAGCCACAUCCACUAUCUGCCGGUGGUACACCCAACGGAGAGGUUUGUUUUGCCAAGGAACCUCCUCUAUCUGUUGAAGUUUCAGACAUUCCCUUAGCACAAGCAAAAUAUAGGAGGUGAUCAGCGCUUAACCCAUUACUGACCAAAUUUUCUUACCGUUUGGGACCAGGGCUGUUUUUACAUUUCUGCUGUAUUUGUGUUUAGCUAUAAUUUUCCUCUUACUCAUUUACUGUACCCACACAUAUUAUAUACCGUUUUUCUUGCCAUUAAAAUGGUCUUUCUAAAGAUAACAUUAUUUUCAUCAUAUAAUUUACUAUUAAAAAGUUAUAAUUUAUGAUGAAACAAAAACAAACAAACUUUUUCAAAAUUUGAUCCCCAAAAUCUGUUGCGCAUCUACAACUGCCAAAAAACACCUGUGCUAAAUAGUUUCUAAAUCUUGUCCUGAGUUUAGAAUUACCCAAUGUUAACAUGUUCUUAGCUUUUUUUGGAAAGUUAUAGGGCUAUAAGUACAAGUAGCACUUUACUAUUUCCAAACCAUUUUUUUUUUCAAAAUUAACGCAAGUUACAUUGUAACACUGAUAUCUGAUAGGAAUUCUUGAAUAACACUUCACAUGUGUAUAAAAUAUAUAAAUAUAUAUAUAUAUAUAUAUAUAUAUAUAUUUUUUUUUUUAUUUUAUUUUUUUAAAGAAGACAACCUAAGGUAUUAAACUUGGGGUAUUUUGACUCUUUUCAUGCAACCAUUUUACCACCUAUCUAUGCCAAAUUUAAAAAAAAUUAAAAUAACUGGUGAUUUUUUUGAUACACGUAGCAAUUUAAGAAUACAUGUUCUGAUAACUUUAAGGGUUACUGCCAAAGAACACCCCAAUAUGUGUUCAGCAACAUCUCCUGAAUACAGUGAUACCACGUAUAGGUGUGUCGGGUUCUCUGGGGGCUAAAAGACCUUAUUUGUAGGGUGCGCCUUCCAGUUUUCCCAACUUGGAAUUUUCACAGCUGGUCAUCAUGCAUCAAUUUUUAUUUAUUUAUUUUUUUAAAGUAGACCACUCAGGGUAUUCAAUAUGGGGUAUAUCCCAUCUUUUUAGUAGCCACUUAGUCACAAACACUAGCCAAAGUUUGCAUUUAUAUUUGUUUGUGUGUUAAAAAUGCAAAAAAAACCAAUUAUGAACGCUAACUUUGGCAAGUUUUUAUGACUAAGUGGCUACUAAAAAAAAGACUGAAGAUACCCCAUUUGCAAUACCUUGGGUUGUCUUCUUUUGCAAAUGGUAUGCCAUCAUGGGGGUAACUCACAUUCCUGGGCUACCAUAUGCUCUCAAAGACAACAUAACCAAUCUGGCAAAUGUCAAUGUGAAAAAACGGCCCUAUAUUUGACCCUGUAACUUUCAAAAACACUAUAAAACCUGUACAUAAGGGGUACUGUUAUACUCGGGAGACUUCGCUGAACACAAAUAUUAGUGUUUCAAAACAGUAAAACGUAUUACAACAAUGAUAUCAUCAGUGAAAAUGCCAUUUGUUUGUGAAAAAUGCAAAAAAAGUCACUUUCACUGACAAUAUCAUCGCUGUGAUAUGUUUUACUGUUUUGAAACACUGAUAUUUGUGUUCAGCGAAGUCCACCGAUUAAAACAGUACCCCCCAUGUACAGGUUUUAGGGUGUCUUGGAAAGUUACAGGUUUAAAUAUAGUGCUAGCAAAUUAAAUACUCUAGCCUUUCGGCCUGGGUUGUCAGGCAGGUCCUCCAAACUGCAAUCAAUAAAAUUACUUAAUUAUGUAAAAAUAUUGCAUAAAUAUGCACAUAGAAUUUAAAUAUAUAUACAUAUAUUUAUAUAUUUGAAGUCUACGUGUAAAUUUGUUAAAAGAAAUACACUUAGUAUGACGUUAUAUACAAGAUAUAUAUAUAUAUCUCUCUAUCUAUCUCGGUUCAGGCAGUCCCUCUGCAGGAAACACUGUGGACACCUAUUGCAGCCAUGUGAUCGUUCUGGCUCAGCUCUAAUAAAGAGGCCUGGACGGAAUAAUCCCCGUCUAUGAAUAUAAGUCUUAUAUACAUAGACGGGGAUUAUUCCGUCCAGGCCUCCUUAUUAGAGCUGAGACAGCUCUAAAAUGUGAGUGUGCAAUUUGCCUAUAUAUACUCCCUCUAAUCCUACCAAUUGUACUGCACCAUUAUUUGUCUCUUGUUUUAUAUUCAUAGAUUUAUAGACUAGAAACUACAUCUGUACAGUAUGUAUAUCUAUAUUAAGCGCUGAUCAACGCCUGUAUUAUGCUUGUACGAUAUAUUUCACAAGGGUGAGGGAACUCUUUUGUUGGUGAAUUGCUGCUAGCUUUCGUUGAUAUUGAGCGCUAAUUCACAUGUGUUUUGUAUAUUUCCUUAGCAGUUCAUCUUUGGGAGCCAUCUUUGAGAUGUACUUGUGCAUGCUCUGUGUUUCAUCCAGGACUUUGGCCUCGACACUCAUCAGGCCUCGACCUCCUUCCUUCUGGAAGGUGUACAGUCUCUGGGUGCUGGAUUUCAGGUGGAAUCCUCCAUUCAUUGUGAGUAGUUUCCUGGUUUUGAAAACUGGGAAAUGCAUAAAUCCUUGACUGUUCAUGUGACUUGAGGACUGAGUUGGGAACCAUUGACAUAUGACCUAUUCUCCCUGUGUGCCUCAGAGGUUGUUGCGUUGUGGGCCUCUGCAAGGUUUUCAGAUCCACUGUAAAUAAUGCUGCGCUCUAGUAUAUGUACAUGGUGUCAAGGAGGUUCCUUAGGGAUGCCUCAUUUUAUUUUCCUCUAGCAGCAUAUUAAUUGCAUGCACAGCCGUCAUGGCAAUUUCUGGUGCUGUCCAACAUGAAUAAACACUGAAAACAAGGUACUUGGGCAACCCUACUUCCACUUCUAGACUCAACAUUUUUUUUGGAAAGAAUAAAUAACUCUGCAACAUUAGUUCAUGGUACUUAUAAUUUCAAUAUCAAAAUCGGAACAGACUAAGAGACUUUGUGGUGGAAAUUUUGACAGGUACACCUUAAAUGAUGGAAUAAAAUAUAUCAAAAUAAAACUGAUUUUCUCACCAUUCCUAGGUGGUAUAUUUUCCUCAUUCUCGGGGUCCUCUGACCCCCGAGAGUCUGAGUGUUUUGCGCAGUAUCUUAGCUUGUCCUAGAACUGCAUUCUUCUGGACAGCGAUCUCAGAUGUCCCACCUUAAAUCUUGGAAUCUGUUGAUGACAUAAUAUAUAUAAUGAACUGAUGUAUUCUAGUACAGUCAUGCAAUUCAUGCUAUCAACUAGACAUGUGAAAUUUGUUUCGUUCCGAAUGUCCGAAGUGCCAAAGUUCGGAAUGCCGAACCGAAUUUCCAAAGUGCUUCGGAUUUCUGAAAAAACAGGAGAGGGUUGGUGGGUAGGGGUUGAGGUAGGGUUAGUGGGAGUAGGGAUAGGGUAACCCUAACCCUAUGCUAACCCUACACUUACCCAAGUCUCAAAGUCCCGAAGUGUCGAAGUCUCAAAUUUUGGAAUGCCGAAGUGCUUCGGAUUUCUUAAAGGUGGCAAAACAGGAGAGGGUUUGGGUUAGGGAUUGGGGUAGUGUUAGUGGUUGAGGUAGGGUUAGGGUAAUCCUAACCCUAUUCCUAACCCUACCCUUCCCCUACCCAAGUUCCAAAUUUCGGAAUACCGAACCGAAUAUUUUUCACAUGCACAUCCCUACUAUCAACCCAAAACAGUGACGCGUGUUGCUUGAGGAAUAUCAAGAAACAGAGGACUGUGUGUAAAGAAUAAUUCAGGAGCAAUGAUCUAGAAGCCAAACAAUCAGCAGGAACAUUCCAUUGGUUUCUACAGCAAUUACUCAGAUUCUAGAACUUUGGCCCAUAAUUACUCUUUAUUCAUGGCUUGGCAUGGGUUAGUUAGAAGUCAUUGCAGUAAAAAGGAAAGGAAAAAGUCAAGGUCUUUAGAGGGACACUUUAAUGUUGGGGGUACUGCAGGAGAUAUGACUUAAGAAAACCAUAUACAUACCAGAAAAUUUAAUGUAUAAAAGAACAAAGGGGAAGAAAAUAGCUAAAUAAGGACAAAUCACCAUGGAAACAAAGGUCUCAAAAUGUAGCACUUUGCACUCAAAAUAGCACCUGUUUUAUCUUAACAGAUCUCCGCUAAUGUGUCCGAUUUAAAGGGACACUAUAGUCACCUGAACAACUUUAGCUUAAUGAGGCAAUUUUGGUGUAUAGAACAUGCCCCUGCAGCCUCACUGCUCAAUCCUCUGCCAUUUAGGAGUUAAAUUCCUUUGUUUAUGAACGCUAGUCACACCUCCCUGCAUGUGACUUGCACAGCCUUCCAUAAACACUUCCUGUAAAGAGAGCCCUAUUUAGGCUUUCUUUAUUGCAAGUUCUGUUUAAUUAAGAUUUUCUUAUCCCCUGCUAUGUUAAUAGCUUGCUAGACCCUGCAAGAGCCUCCUGUAUGUGAUUAAAGUUCAAUUUAGAGAUUGAGAUACAAUUAUUUAAGGUAAAUUGCAUCUGUUUGAAAGUGAAACCAGUUUUGGUUUUUGUCAUGCAGGCUCUGUCAAUCAUAGCCAGGGGAGGUGUGGCUAGGGCUGCAUAAACAGAAACAAAGUGAUUUAACUCCUAAAUGACAGUGAAUUGAGCAGUGAAAUUGCAGGGGAAUGAUCUAUACACUAAAACUGCUUUAUUUAGCUAAAGUAAUUUAGGUGACUAUAGUGUUCCUUUAAAUUAAACAGACUGAUUUCCAAACACAUUUAUCAUUUCACACAUUGCAGUGGGUGACAGCUGACAGGUGAGUACACACCCUUCACUGCUAUCUACACAGUCCAGGUCAGAACACGUCAACGGCCACGCCCACCGUGUGUCCAAGCGCCGCCAUCUUUACUCCGGGCACAGCGCCAUCUUGCCAGCUUAUUUACAGUUGAUGUCAUCCUUUCCCAAACCGCUCCGUAACCCUCCCUGCCUCCCUACCCACCAGCUGAACCCCCCGCCCGGCUGUCAGGCGAGAUAUCGCGAUACGUUACAGGAGCUGGUGGGAUUUGGCCUUGAGCGAGGUACAGCCCUUCUGGGGGUAAGUUUGUAAACACGGAGGCUCGGACACGGAGAGCUGGCACGAUGCCCAUGCACCCUCUGCCCACUGGUGCCCAGUAAUAUGGCGGACCGGGCAGACCUGUAACGUUUAAUGAGGUGUGGGAGGCCGGAGCUUCUCAUGGGCUGAAGGACCCUCAAGAACAGUAACCCUCAGUGCCCAGAUCUGUGUCAGGUAGGAUGGAAGGGAUGUCAUGGUCUCGCUCCUCUGUGUAUGUCUGGUACUGCAGGCUGCCUCCAGGCUGCCAUCAUGUCUCGUUACCAAGGCAGCAGCAUCCUCCUUCACACAGCCCCCUGUACCACAGCCCAAGGCAACUGAGCUGGUCACACCUCACCUACCCCAUCCUGUCAGAACCUCAAAUAAUCACACACCUCACCUACCCCAUCCUGUCAGAACCUCAAAUAAUCACACACCUCACCUACCCCAUCCUGUCAAACCCUCAAAUAAUCACACACCUCACCUACCCCAUCCUGUCAAACCCUCAAAUAAUCACACACCUCACCUACCCCAUCCUGUCAGAACCUCAAAUAAUCACACACACCUCACCUACCCCAUCCUGUCAGAACCACAAAUAAUCACACACCUCACCUACCCCAUCCUGUCAGAACCUCAAAUAAUCACACACCUCACCUACCCCAUCCUGUCAGAACCUCAAAUAAUCACACACACCUCACCUACCCCAUCCUGUCAGAACCACAAAUAAUCACACACCUCACCUACCCCAUCCUGUCAGAACCUCAAAUAAUCACACACCUCACCUACCCCAUCCUGUCAGAACCACAAAUAAUCACACACACCUCACCUACCCCAUCCUUCCAGAACCUCAAAUAAUCACACACACCUCACCUACCCCAUCCUGUCAGAACCUCAAAUAAUCACACACCUCACCUACCCCAUCCUGUCAGAACCACAAAUAAUCACACACCUCACCUACCCCAUCCUGUCAGAACCUCAAAUAAUCACACACACCUCACCUACCCCAUCCUGUCAGAACCACAAAUAAUCACACACCUCACCUACCCCAUCCUGUCAGAACCUCAAAUAAUCACACACCUCACCUACCCCAUCCUGUCAGAACCUCAAAUAAUCACACACACCUCACCUACCCCAUCCUGUCAGAACCACAAAUAAUCACACACCUCACCUACCCCAUCCUGUCAGAACCUCAAAUAAUCACACACCUCACCUACCCCAUCCUGUCAGAACCUCAAAUAAUCACACACACACACACACACACACACACACACCUCACCUACCCCAUCCUUCCAGAACCUCAAAUAAUCACACACACCUCAGCUACCCCAUCCUGUCAGAACCAUAAAUAAUCACACACACAUCACCUACCCCAUCUUGUCAGAACCUCAAAUAAUCACACACCUCACCUACCCCAUCCUUCCAGAACCACAAAUAAUCACACACCUCACCUACCCCAUCCUGUCAGAACCUCAAAUAAUCACACACCUCAGCUACCCCAUCCUGUCAGAACCAUAAAUAAUCACACACCUCACCUACCCCAUCCUGUCAGACCCUCAAAUAAUCACACACCUCACCUGCCCCAUCCUGUCAGACCCUCAAAUAAUCCACACACACACCUCACCUACCCGUCCUGUCAGAACCACAAAUAAGCACACACACCUCACCUACCCCAUCCUGUCAGAACCACAAAUAAUCACACACCUCACCUACCCCAUCCUGUCAGAACCUCAAAUAAUCACACACCUCACCUACCCCAUCCUGUCAAACCCUCAAAUAAUCACACACCUCACCUACCCCAUCCUGUCAGAACCACAAAUAAUCACACACACCUCACCUACCCCAUCCUGUCAGAACCUCAAAUAAUCACACACACACCUCACCUACCCCAUCCUGUCAGAACCUCAAAUAAUCACACCUCACCUACCCCAUCCUGUCAGAACCUCAAAUAAUCACACACCUCACCUACCCCAUCCUGUCAGAACCACAAAUAAUCACACACCUCACCUACCCCAUCCUGUCAGAACCUCAAAUAAUCACACACCUCACCUACCCCAUCCUUCCAGAACCACAAAUAAUCACACCUCACCUACCACUUUGUGUCUGAACCACAGCUAAUCACACCUAAUCUCCCCCUUCAUGUAAAAAACACUACAGCUAAUCACACCUAAUCUGUCAUUCUUGUCUGAACAAACCUCAUCUGCCCCUUUAUGUCAAAACCAUGGCAGGUCAAGCCUAAUCUGCCCCUUCAUGUCAAAACCAUGAUCGAUCAAACCUAAUCUGCCCCAUCAUAUCAAGAACAAGGCUGAUUGCACCUUAUCUGCCCCCUCAUACAGAUACCAAAGGUGAUCAUACCUACGAACCCUGAUUCCGUCAAGCCCUCCUCUCCUCACAACUAAAAUCAGAACUGAUCACACCUACAUUUCCACAAUCUGAAGACAACUGCUGAUGAUCAGAUUAAAUCCACCAGUCCUAUCUGGAGCACUGCAGAUCAUAAAUUUACCUACCCCCUUGCAAAAGACUAGGCGGAUCACAUCUAAUCUACACCAUCAUUUAAAGCACACAGGUCAUCAUGUGUAACCUCCCACCUACAUCUAAACUACUGCAGAUCACUAGAAUUCAGUAAUCACUAGCCUGUGUUACUCCUGAUCUAGGUUUUCAUGUUUUUUUUUUGUGGUUAAAUGCUCAUCCAGGCAUGGCAAUCCGAUUGGUAUGUUUAAAAAUGAAGUUUGUUUUGUAUCCUCUCUGUGCUUUCAGUACCAGAGGAAAACUACAAUACUCCAAAUCAAACCUUUAAAUAAUAGUGGGUUCCUUCGAGUGCCCUGAUAGGCAAUACAAUUACCUAACGUUUCAGUUGUCCUAAUUCUUGUAUUCUUUCCAUUUAACACUUCAGGCGCUGAAGGGACACACAGCACAUUUAAUUGGAUUGUAAUAAAAUAAGGAAAUUCCUUGGAGACCCUUAUUAUGCAAAUUGAUUUUUUUUUCCUCUUUGUCUCCUAGCAAUAAAGUUGUUCUAUAAUUAGUAGUCAUUAAUGCUUGUCUUGCAGCUGCCCCAAUCCAUUUAGAUUGUGUUGGAAUUGUAUAUAACAUUGACAUAUUCUCUUUGUCGUUCUACAUAAUUUUAUGUCUCCUUUUUAUGUGUUUAAAUAUUUGCAGUUGUCUCAAGUAAACACACCUGGCAUCGCUAUUUUCAUUUCUUUUGUUAACAUGUAAAGGAUGUUAUGACUCAUUCCUACUUCUUUAAGGCUUUUUUUUAUUUUUAUAAAAGUAAGCAUGACACCUUUGUGUUCAAUGAUUCUGUAAACCAGUCUUUUCAGACUUUUUUUCCCCAUGCAUUAGUAGCAAAAGAUUUUUCAAGCCAAGAAUGCUAAAUAUCACUCUUUUUAAAUCUGGAAUAUAAAUAUAUGCUUUCAAAAGGGCAAUCCAAGUAAGAAUUGUCUUCAAUAUUAAUGCAUGCAGUAUUGGCUAAUGCAUUUAAUAUAUGUAAAAACUAGGUAAUAAAACAAGAUAAAAAAUAAAAAAAAUACCAGUGUGAAAAAAUGAAGUUUCUGUAUAUGCAAGAAUUCCCCAGGAUUUCCAAGUGAAUACUACCCAGACCAGGAAGUAAUUGGCCAAUCAGGGCCCUUCAGUAAUUUUCUGUGGCAGGUGCUGUAGGUAUCCUAUAAAUGCCUGCAAAGGUUGGCUGUUUGAACAAGACUGGAGUUUGUGGGAGUUAUUGUUCAGUUAUCGGCUUUUACUGUUUAGCUGAAUUUCAUCUCCGAGAAUGAUGUUUGGUGUACACCCGAGUGACUGUUACAGCUUUGUUUUCGGAUACAUUGCAGAUUGGACGAGAUAUACAGAAAUGAUGGGCUUAUUGAACAAAACUAUUUACGUAGUUAAUAAAAUUGUGCUUGUAUUGCCCCUCUAACUAAACUAACUAAAGGGACACUCCAGGCACCCAGACCACUUCUGCCUAUUGGAGUGGUCUGGGUGCCAACUCCCAUCACUCUUAACUCUGCAAGUGUAAUCAUUUCAGUUUUUAUAAACUGCAAUCAUUUCCUUGCAUGGUUAAGUUCUCCUCUAGUGGCUGUCUAUCAGACAGCCACUAGAGGGACUUCCAUGUUCUUAGAACACGAAAAGUGUUUUAAUUGACGCUGGACGUCCUCUCGUUAUGCAUGAGGACCUCCAGAGUUGCCGAAAUCCCCAUAGGAAAGCAUUGAAUAAUGUUUUCCUAUGGGGAGGUCCAAUGUGUGCGCGGCAGGUCUCCCACGUCGGCGGGAGAGGACCAUUGGCGGAGUCUGACCCAGCGCCGAGGGGCAUCGACGCUGGAUUCAGGUACGUCACUAAAGGUUUUUUUUACCCCUUCAGCAACAUGGGAUGGGGGCACUGCAGAGUCCAUUUAAGGCCAGGGGGUAAAAACAAUAUAUAAACUUUUUAAUAAUAAAUGUAGUAUCUGUCAGGAUGGGUGCUAUACCAGUGUCUUUUUGCACAAAUUGUGCCUUGUGGGUCAGCUCUGGUUACUGUCUGUGCUCUACACGGGACCUGUGAUAUCUUGUAGUGCAGUAAAGUAGCAAGAAGGAUGGAUGAGGGAUGGUGGGCAAGAGGAGGCCUGGCUGACAUGCUAAAUGCUAUUUUUUUUUUUUUGCAGUGCAUAUAAACAUUACAAGCUGGCCUGGAGUACCCCGAAAGCAGUCCUCAGGCUUUUUUUCCUCGCUAAACAUGCGGGACCCAUGAGUUACAAGCACAAUUUUAUAGUAUAAUGGUGUAAUAUAGGCAAGCGUAGUUAGUUAUAGCAUUGUUUAAGUUAUCCAGAUAAGUUUAUCUUCUAGCAGUCAGAUCAUAAGCUGGCGUAAGGGAUCUAACCAAAGACGUAUGCAUUUAGUUUCGUAAUUUGCCUAACUUGCUAGACAUUAAGACGUUUACAAUAUCAAUUCUAAGGCUAUACUCUCUUAACGGCAGUAUUGUUUAUGCUGAAGACUUAGGUAUACGCAUUCUUUGAGACAAGUAUAUAUGUGUACUUCACAAGCCGAACAAGCGUCGGCUCUGCCAGGCUGCGUGUGAGAGGCGACCAAAACCGCCUAGGCGGUUUAGUUGCGUGUAUGCCUCAAGCUAUGCAGUAGUAAAAAGGAAAUAAAAUAAGCGUGAGAGUGUUAUUGGGUAAGCAAAAUAAGUCACUGUGGUCUGGGGUCAGCCCGGGUGUCGGACAGUCCAUCAAGCCGCACAGUCUCUUUUGUGGGGUAGUUCAGGGCCAUGGUAAAGGGUAGUCCCAUUGCCCCGGGUAUAUGGGGUCUCAGGAAGAGUCCUCUUCAGCCAAUACCUUUCCUCCAGUGACUGUCGGGGCCCAUGCGCAGGACUCUGCGUUCCGCUGCCGUGCCGGUGUGCGAGAAGGUUUCCCCCAGGCAGGUGUGCAGGCUUUCAUUCCUUGGCCACAAACUCUGUCAACUCUAGGGCCCGAGUUUUCUCCUCUUGCGGGAGUGGUGGAGGGUCUUGGGAUCUUCCGACACUUGCGUCUUGUUUGCCUCCGUGUGUGUGGGCGAUGCGUCCAGGUUAUCCGCCCCGUGGCCUGCAGCCCGGGUGGGCCAGGUAGAGUCGUGGUUGCUUUGUGCCCAGGGUUUUGCCCCUCACCCCCUGCCAGCUGUGGUUCUGUUUAUCUUCCUCUUUAGGUUUAGGGCCGUCGGUUCAUUGACUGUCGCUUCUCAAGUUUGUCCCAGAAAUGGGUUAAGAGUGCCUCUAGUCUUUGCGAAAGGUUAGACUGUUGCAGUGUCGACAGCUUGGUCUGCUGGUGCGUCAAGCAGUCCGCCGUCAUCUUGGCUGUUCAUCUUGGAUGUGCCUUGUGCUGGCUUCCCCACCUCUGGCUCAGGCUUGUGGUGAGGCCUUGUCAGGCCGCCCCUGACGUCCAGUGAGGACUGGGAUAUCCCCCGCCUCUCCAUGGGGGGGCUGGGUAGGGUACAAGCAUGCCGAGGGUGCUAUGUGUGUCUUUGCUGUCGGGGAGAGCGGCCGUGCUGGCUCGUGUAGGCCCCAGUGGCUUUUAAGGGUUCCUGGGGUGUGUGCGUCUCGCGUUUGGGGUCAAUAGCUGUCCCCGGGGUUACCCUGCUUGCCUGUCUGCAGGUGUCCACUCCAGUUUUCGGGGUGUUUACCCCGGAUUUGGUCACUUUGGUCGGGAGCUGUUUCCCGGUGCGUGUGUCCCGCUCGGCAGUCAGGCUCCGCCCCCCUGCUUUAUUGUUUUUAUUAUAUAUGUAUAGUUUGUAUUUUAUAAUCUAAAUAUUAAAUAUAUGUUGGUGCUGAAGUGCACUUAGAAGGUAUUGUUUGUACUUCUCUCCACUCCUUCUCUACCUGACCCCUGGUGGAAUACAAGUAAAGGUGUUCACCAGUAAAGUAAUAAUUUUGUCCUUCUCUACCCCUUUAAAGGGACACUCCAGGCACCCAGACCACUUCUGCCCAUUGGAGUGGUCUGGGUAUCAACUCCCACUACCCUUAACCCUGCAAGUGUAAUUAUUGCAGUUUUUUUUAUACUACUAGACAGCCAAUAGAGGGCACUUCCUGGUCCAUAGCACAGAAAACCUGUGCUAGAGCGUCGCUGGACGUCCUCACGCUGUGUGAGGACCUCCAGCGUCGCUCAAUUCCCCAUAGGAAAGCAUUGAAAAGCAUUUUCAAUGCUUUCCUAUGGAGAGCUCUAGUGCGCAUGCGCAGCAUUGCCACACAUGCGCAUUAGGUCUCCGCGGCUUGCGGGCGGGAUCAGUCUCGCCCACCGGCCGACGUUAUGAAGAGGAGGAGCGGCGGCGACCAAACAUCGGCGGAGUCUCAGGUAAGUGACUGAAGGGGUUUUCACCCCUUCAGCAACCGGGGAUUGCGAGGUGGGAGGGAGAGGGGACCUGCAGUGCCAGGAAAAAGGAUUGUUUUUCUGGCACUGGAGAGUCUCUUUAAGACCUGCUCUCAGCCAUUUUUGUCCAUCACUUCAAACCAGCCCUAUUUUAAAUGGCAGAUUGAAAUUUAACAUGAGUGGAUGAACUUUCAAAUAGAGUAUGGGUAUGUAUGGCCUUAAAUUAGAUUACUGGGAAGUUAUACUAGUGUAGAUAUACAGAUAUCUGAAGGGUCAUUGUAAACCCCAAAACCACAUCCGCUUGCUGCAAGGACCCAGUCAACAAUGUCUUCCAUUUCAAAGUUCAAAUAAUCUGAAACUGGCUUUCUUUGAUUUGGAGUGCGUAUCUCCACCCCUGGCUGUCAAUCAGAUAUCUUUACUUUUUAUCUUUUCUGGUUAGCAAGAUUAAAGGAACACUUAACUCACAUCCUUUAUGUGUCUAGAGACUGUUAUAUUUGUGAUAGUGCAUAAGGGUACCAAUUUAAUUGGCUCACAGAGCUAAGUAAGUGACUGGUGUGCUGGGUCGUCUUAAUGCAAAGCCUUUGAUGGGGUAUUCACAAUUGUUAAUAUAUUUUAUUUAUUUAAACAUACCUCAAAGAAAGCAUGUCUCAUUUCAUGGGGGGUAUAUCUAUUUUUAAAUUGUAAAAAAAAAAAUUAAUGGAGUGUUCCUUUUUAAUUUUGUUCAACUUUUUCACAAUUACAUGCAUGUAUAGUUGGCUUGACAAGUAAUUGAACACAGGUGAGUAGUUGCUAUCCGUUUUAAAGAGACUUUCCACUUCUACUCUUUGGGUUUAAUUACUUAUUGUUCCUGGACACGAGUUUAUGGGAUAAAAACAGACAUUCCCCACCCCCAGACCAAAAUCCGAUGCACCUGAUUGUAUUGUCUCUUCCUGUUGAUGGAGAGUUUGUCUGUAUCUGAAGGCAGCCUCUCUAAACUGUGCCACUACAAGAAACUUUUAUGAAGAUGAUUUUUUCCUGAAUUUCAGCGCCGCUCUGUGGGUGUUCCUUUGUCACCUCCUGGAUGUCCUCUGCUACACCAGAACUACUAUAGAUUAAUGUACUGGUACUGCUUCCUACAGCCUAUCACUGGAGGCAGAGAUAAGGCAGAGUUUACAUUAAAUAUAGUCCUAAAUCACUCUGCCUAGUAACACCUCUAGUGGCAGUCAUUCAAAGGAUUACUAGAGGUGUUUCCUAGGCUAAUGCUGCACAGCGUACAGCACUGGUGUUCAUUGUCUCCAUGUAGAGUGAUUCAAUGCAUCUCUUUGAGGAGAUGUUGACUGGUGCAGUGAGCCAAAGCCUUCCAAUGAUUUCCUAUGGGAGAGUAUUGGAUUGGCUGAGAUCUUAAAUAUUGAUGAUCUCCAUCAUGGAGGCAGAACAAGCCACAGUAAGACUGGCGCGGCAUUGGAGAAAGGGUAAGUAAAAUCACUCUUUUACUGAGAGCGGAGGGGAGCCGUUCACCUAAUUAGCCAAUUUAGGACUGUAGUGUCCGGAGUAAAUGUUUGUAUAUUGUACACUUGUGUUCCUUUAACAGAAAACUUCCAGUUCCUUAAGGUUUCUGGAGUCCACACAAACGAAUUUUAGUGAUAAAUGUAAUAUUUUUUUCAACAUUCUGGUGUUACAUGAACAAAGGUGGAAAUCGUGGAGAAAUUCCGGGGGGUGGACUGAGACUGUAGCUACUGUGCCACAAACUUUUUUUGAGAGGCUUGAAGGCCAGCUUCCUGCCCACAAACUAUGGGCCUGAUCCCAAGAACCCACAAAAGGGGCUCUUUUAUUGUGAAGAGGGAUAUGGGGGCUCUGAACACUUACUGUGCUUCCAGCCGAAGACCUCUGGACUCAUUUUUAAAUCUUGAGUGCCUGACCAGGAGAUACUCUGGAACUAUUCUUUGGAUGGGACUAUGCCAAGACCCAAUAAAUCUUUUAGCAGGUAUCGCUCAGCUCGGACCUCCAAAUAGUGUUUUCAGGCAAGGACGGGGAGGCAUCAUAUGUUACCUGGGGCUUGAGAGCUCUCCCUUCACUAGAGGUUCGAGAACAUAUUUUGUGGGAUCAGAACUAAGCCGCGAAAGCACAGGACUUCUCGCUAGAUUGGAGAAUAGACUCAACCCUCCAAAGCGUUAACACGCUGUAACUUGGGCUCGGAUUCUCCGACCGGGAACUCUACAGAAGAGACAGUCUCCGAGACCCCAGUCAAGUUUCGGCACCUGGGUCCCAUGGUAGUAGCAAGUAACCUGACCUGGUGGAGGUUCUUGGUCUGAGUACCAGAGCUCUCUCUUUUAGGGACCUCCAUGGGAUGAGUUGACUAAACCAGGGCUCGACACAUCCCAGGUCGCUGUGGCAACUAGGGAUUUUCUCCUUGCGCCUGGGCUCCCAGCUUUCAAGCAAAUUUGUAAAGCCCUUCACUAAACCUCAAAUUGUUGUGAAUUGAAAAAUUAGUUAUAAAACUUUUAAAGUGUUGCUUUAAACAAAACAAAAAAAUCCCCAACUUGAACAGGUCACAAGAUAACAUAAAUUUAGCAAUUUGGUUUUCCGUUCAUUACAAUUUGGGAUUUACUGAAUGUAUCCCACUGUGUUUGCCCAUUUGUAUAAGUGCAGUAAAUGCAUGAGCUAUAUAUAAUUUCAUAGAAUCCUCUUUUCAGCCAGCCAAGGCUAAAAGAAAUUGAACCUUUUAGAUUAAGAAUGGUUCCAUGUCUCCCAAAAAAAUUAUCUGUUUAAUAUGUCAUUAACUAUGUUAUCAAAAGCGUGUUUACAUGAAUUUCCAUAUUCCUGGUCCUUGUUUUGUUAGGUAUGUAUUUGCAUGUCUUGACUUGGUAAGCUUGCGAUUUCUGCCUUGGCAGUUCACAAAAGCUUUUCCCUCUCCUAAAUAUUUAUUUAUUUAUUUUUUAAAUAUCACUAAAUAGAGAUUAGAAUACUACAUGAGUUAGGCUAUUUUGGCCUACAUUUUGCAGUGAGGGCACAGUUUAACAUCCUGUUAUGUUUAAUGAAAGAACGGGGUUUGAUGAAGUGUGCAUAAACUCUAGGAGCCAGAAAGGGAUGUAUAUGAUCUACAAGAAAAGGUUUGUGUAGAAAUUAAGUUUUUAUAUUUUCAUGGGUCAUAGCGCUCGGUAAUUAGAUUUGUCUAUCCCGAGGCUAAGGCAUUUGUCUCUAUAUCAGUGACUAAUUUCUACAUCAAUUAGCCUUUUUUUUUUUUGGAAGUGGUAUAUCUUAUUGUGCGUAUACGCUCCAAAUCGGUCUUGGGUUUUCUAUUCUUGUAUUUAAACAUAUAAAUCAUCUCUUAAAGUCACCAAAACAACUACAACUUAUUGUAUUUCUCCUGUUGAGUAUAAUCCAUACAUUCAGGCCUUUUGCAGUAAACACUCUCUCUUUUCAGAGAAAAUGCAGUGUUUACAUUACAGCUUAGGGAUACCUCCUGUGGCCAUUCCUCAGUGUCUCCACCCUCUGCAUAGAGAUACUUAACUUUCCUCAUAAAGAAGCAUUGAAUUAAUACAUUUCUAUGAGGAGAUGCUGAUUGGCCACGGUUGUGUUUGGCUUGUCCUGGCCCCUGAUCUGCCUCCUUGUCAAGGUCAGCCAAACUAAUGCUUUCCUAUGUGAAAGUACUGUGAUUGGCUCAGAACACCACUUCUGAUGUCUGCCAACAGGGCUGGUGCAAGGAUUUUUGACUAAACAGGCGAAGAUGCAUUUUGCUGCACCCACCCACCAAAUAAAAAUGUAUCUUCACCUGUGUGUCUUGUAACCCCCCUUUUGACUCUUAUCCCCUUUAGUGUUUUAUAUCCCCUUUUUUAAUGUCUUGCCCCCCUUUUCCUACUUGUGUGUCCCUCUUUGCGUUAUUUUUAUCCCUCGUGUGUCUUACAACCCCCGCCCCAUUGUAUAUCUUUUACUUCCGUCUCUUUCUUCCUCCCCAGCCCUUUUGUGUGUAUUUCAUCCCCCUGCUCCUUUCGGUCUCUUUCUGUUUCCCCCAGCUCCUUUUGUGUGGCUUUUUCUCACCCCAUCCCCUGUGUGUUUGUCCCCCCUCAACCCCUCUGUAUGUCUGUGCCGCACCCAGCGCUCCUGUGCUUUUUUAAUAUCUCCCCUGUACCUUUUAUUGUCCCCCUUGCCUCCUGUACCUUUUUAUAUUUACGCCCCCCUCCCCUCUUGUACCUCUUUUUUAUUGUUAUCCCCUAUAUCCUUUAAUGUCCUGGUCUGACAGGAAGCAGCUUGUUGCAUUUCCUGUCACAUUCGGUUAGUAGCAUUCCGCCUACUCGGCCAUGCUACACACAGUGACCGGCAGGAGGGGAGCGAUUUGAAGGGCGCUCUCCUCCUAACGGUCACCCGUAGAUCGUGCACCCUAAGGUGGCAGUUUUGUGGUAUCGCUGGCCCUGUCUGCCAAGCAGGCAGAUCUGGGCAGAGCCAGUAGCAGCAGCAGACAUGGAAUAAAGGUAUAAUUUAUUUAUUGGGGGCAAGAGGAUGGGGGACUAGAUGGUAGUUUUAACACUAUAGGGUCAGGAAUACAUGUUAAUGUUCCUUUAAUUGGUGUGUGUGUGUGUUUUGUUAGCCCCUCCGCACCCCUUUGGUAAGGAACAGUUCUGCACUGUAAUCCCUACACUUGACCCACUGCGUUGGUUGUGGUGCAGGAGUACCCUGGCUCCAUCCCAUGUAAGUAUUCAAACUGCUGGAGGUGCAGACCAUAUGGUCCCUGCCAGAGGGGGCCCUUUUAGUGGCUGCAUGCUGCAGGCAAAAGGGAGGGAAACUGCCAACAAUAUGGAUUACAGACCCCUACAUAAAAGUGCCAUUUAGAAAAGUUAGUGAGCUCGACCUGUGAUUGUUUUAGAAGUUGGCAAUGAUUGUAUGUAGCAUGUAAGAAUAACAGAUCUUUUGAUACUUUCAUUCAUUUUCACAUUUAUUUAUUUUUUUUCUUCCAAUUUUUAAAUGAGAGAAUAUUACUUUUUGAUAUAUAUCCUCUUCUUUUGAUCAUUUUGAUGGUAUCUGGACUUGACAAUGCCAGCUUUGUAAAUGAUGUAGUAAUGUAGGUGGGGAAAAAGUCCAGCCUUUUAAACACCUCUGUUUUUGCUGUACCGAAGACAUGCUUAUUCUGCCAUAAUAGGAUUUCACUUAUUGGCUUUGUAUUGGGCUGUCACAUCCAGGUUGCCAUAAGGCAGGCCUGUGUAUUGUCUUGUCUUCUUGGGCUGUCAGAUCCUGGGUGACAACAUUCGUGAGCAAACUUCUCUAAAGCUGAUGUUUCCCAAAUUUGUGUACAUUUAUGGUCCUGAGCAAGAUUUACUGAGUUGGUGCUUGAGUACAUGUGUUUAAGUGGGCAUAACCUAACCCAUCAAGUCAGGGGCAGAGUCAAAUUCAUGGGAUAAAGUACUGUAUCACCGUAUGGGGAGCUGUUAUGACACUUGCCAGAACCCUUAAAGGGGCCCUAUAAUCACCAAAACAACUACAGCUUAUUGUAGUUGUUCUGGUGUCUACAUCCUGUCCCUGCAGGCUUUUUGUUGUAAACACUGCCUUUUUCUGAGAAAAAGCUGUAUUCACAUUACAACCUAGAAACACCUCCAGUGAUCACUCCUCAGCCACUAGAGGUGCUUCCUGUGUCAGUUCUGCAGUGUUCUGUAAUCAUUGAAUGCAAAGAUUCUCUAUGGCAAACCGGGAUGGCCCUGCAUGUGUGGGUAUAAUCACUACCGCACACCAGUUAUGGUGCCACGAGUACCCUGGCUUUCUUUAUGGGUGUGCGUGAAAGUUUGUUUGAAACUUAACUGGAUCUCCUGGGCGCCUGCUGUCCCUUUCCUCUUCAGAUAUUGUAAAAGCAGGAACUUCUGAUUUAGCAUUGGUGAUAUCAAUUACGCCCCUUCAGAAAUGAAUGGUUGAAACUGUGAAUAAGCACUAAAAGUGACCUUGUCCUCUACACAUUUUGGAGAGGACCAGUUAAGUUACAUAAUUUUAAUUCCUCUCAAAUCUUUGAAUGCAGGAAAUGUAUGUGUUUUUAUUUAUUUAUUGGGACUUCAUCUAUAGCUUCCGAGCACCAAAAUAACUUCUAACAUCUGUGGUUGUGUUACUUGAAGCAUCCCAUUAAAUGAUGAACUCAGCUGCCACAAUUAUAGUAAAUUCGGCGAUUAGACAUUACAAAUUAACACAAAUUAGCAGAUUCAACAGAACUAGAUUGGAAGAUUCCUGAUUACACGGUAGGCACAGGAUAAUUGCAGCGUGUAGAGAGGUUGAUCUUUAACUUGAUACAAUUUAAUUGUUAUUAUUAACGUUUUAUUUAUAUAGUAAAACCAUUUUAUUUUGUACUUGGACCACUAAAAAAAAAAAUAUUCUAAAACUCUAUUUGACAAACUGAUGGAAAACUAUAUACAUAAUGAUCAGUGGGUGCAGCCUUCGGUGCCCAUCCAUAUGUCUAUACCCCACAAUUCCCAGGAUGCUCAAGUGUCAUUUAUGGUGAAGUACAUUCUCUGCUCUAGAAAAUAUUGACAUCUCACCGACCACUCUUCUGGAUAUCUGAUAUAACUUGUAAAAUUGUUUUAUUCUUUGAUGCCUACACAUUUUUCUUAUAUUUUUAGGUGAAUACAAGAACCUGUGGAAUAUGAGUGAUGACAAACCAUUUGUAUGCACUGCCCCUGGAUGUGGCCAGGUAAUAUUAAACUUUGUGACACAUCUCAAACCUGUAUUAUUAUUGUAUAUUAUAAUGAUAAACUCUACUAAUCAUUUGCUAGUAGAAAUAAAGUGGGGUGGGAGGGGAGACAUCACAUCAGAUUUUGCUCCUGUAAAUGAGAAGUACAAGCAGUAUAAGAUUUACAUUUCAAGACACCAGAGCAAUAUUGUAUCUGUUUACUCCAAUUUUGAUUCUUGGCAUAUACGUGCUCAUGAGUAACAUGACACACUCUUUUCAAGUGACACCAAGCCAUCUGCACAUCUAGCCAAACUGGUAACAAAUGAACAGCAUAAAAGUUAUUUCGGUAUGAGUUAUUUUGACAAUCUUUUCCCACUGUGUGCUGUUGAUAUAAAAACUCUAAACUUUGAGGCCUAGAGGGGCUGCUGCACAGCCUCCCCAUCUCCAGGUGACUUAGUGUCAUUGCUAUGCAACCAGUGGUGCAUGCUGGGGAAUUGUGAGAUGAUGCAUGCAUCAGUUAGUCUAUCAAGCAGCCACUUGAUGUGGCUCCAUGUUUUAAUGAAGAAGAAUCCAUUUGCAAGUAACUAUUUUAAUUUUACUAAGUAACUAUUUUAAUGCAAUGCAUUUUUGGCAUCAGAAAAUAGAUUGUACUUGUUAUCUGUACAUUUUUUUUUUGCAUGCCAGAUUCAGUUGUAAAGGACACUCUGGCAUAGAACCUUCCUUUUUAUAGAUAUUGUAUUAUAAUACUUAUUUAUGAAUGUUAUUAAUAAUAAAAUAAAUUUUGAGUCUUAAUUUUAUUGGCUGUAGAUCUUUCUCUAGGGACUAGGAUGUGGCUGAAAAUUUCCAGCCAGUCUAGCUCUCACACAUGUUCAGGCGCACACCCACAAGUGUGGGGGGUUUAUUAUAGCUAUAGAUAUAAUUAAUAAUGUGUAGGAUGACCGGGUCAAGGAUGCAUCCUGUUCUGUAACCAGGGACAAAUACACCAAAAAGUAAUUUAGACAAUAAAUUCCUAAAUAACCAAGAUUUUUUGCUUAUACACUUCACAUUUUUGUUAUGUUGCUGGGGUUUCUAAUUUUAUUUUUUUAUUAUUAUUAUUUAUUUUUUUUUAAUAGCGUUUUACCAAUGAAGAUCAUCUGGCCGUACAUAAGCAUAAACAUGAGAUGACACUUAAGUUUGGACCAGCUCGAAAUGACAGCGUUAUUGUUGCAGGUACAGGAGAGCACCAUGUGGAUGAAUAAUUUUAAGCAAACCUGGCCGGAUGAGAGAUCUGCUCACAGAUCUGUUUUGGGAAAUGGUCUCUGCUCAUCCUCUAUUCUUGGAUCCAUUACUCUAAUUUAUGUCCAGAACAUACUAGCAGAAUGCUUGGUUGUAUACGGAGAGGUAUUAGGAGUAGAAAGAGGGAAGUGCUCAUGCCAUUGUACAGAACACUGGUGAGACCUCACAUGGAGUAUUGUACACAGUACUGGAGACCAUAUCUCAAGAAGAAUAUUGAUACUGUAGAGAGUUCAGAGAAGGGCUACUAAACUGGAUGGAUUGCAGGGUAAAAAUAACAAGGAAAGGUUAAAGGAUCUUAACAUGAAAGCUUGGAGGAAAGACGAGACAGUGGGGAUAUGAUAGAAACAUUUAAAUACAUAAAGGGAAUCCACACAAUAAAUGAGUAGAGUAUAUUUAAAAUGAUAAAAACUACUACAGCACUAGAAUAUAGUCUUAAAUUUGAGGGGCGAAGGUUUAAAAAGUAUUACUUUACUGAGAAUAACCCUACAGCUGAAGUGGUAGAAGUUAACACGGUGAAGGAGUUUAGGCAAUAGUGGGAUAGCUAUAUAAGGUUAUGGAGUUUAGGAAAUAGUGGGAUAGCUAUAAGGUUAAUAUAUAUUGUGUGUAUGAAUUUAGAAAACUGGGCCGACUAUCUACAGUCACAUUCUAUCUAGAUUAUUUUAGAUGGUAGACACACACAAAGGACAUUAUUCACUGCUGAAUUGUAUCGGAUGGAAAACUGAACUCCAAAAUUCAUGCAAAAAGCUUUGAUCCUAUAUUAUAAACCUCUAAACAAGGAUUUCCAUCUGUGUCACCAAAGCCCAACAGCAGUAAAAGAUUUGGUCAGUUCCCAAUUGUUACCUUUUGGAUACUGACAAAACCUGGGAAGUUGGUGUUCUUUGAGGAUUGGUUUUGGAACCAUAACUCUAAUGUAAUGACGUUUUUAACACUGGAUCUAAAUCUAGGAGAGAAUAUUCAGAUACACAGAAACCUCCAAUGACCAGAGGUUCUGUGGACAGAAAUUUUUUGUGACACUGGUCAGCCAUCAAUUACGCAGUGUAGACCCCCAAACUCCAGGAUUGUUUAAAUUGUGUCAGUAGCCUUUUAAAUGUUGAAAUUAGAAUGGCUUUCUGUAGUGAAUGUUUGUUUUUUCCUGAUUACAUAAACUAAAACUAUACAUAGCCAUCCAUGCUACGAUUCUGGAACUUGAGUAAUUCUUCACACAUUUCUUAUUGUCAUUGUUAUGGCUUUUUGAAUUGUACCAGUUCUUUAGUUUAAAGGGACACUAGAGUCACCUGAACAACUUUAGCUUAAUGAAGCAGUUUUGGUGUAUAGAACAUGCCCCUGCAGCCUCACUGCUCAAUCCUCUGCCAUUUAGGAGUUAAAUCCCUUUGUUUAUGAACCCUAGUCACACCUCCCUGCAUGUGACUUGCACAGCCUUCCAUAAACACUUCCUGUAAAGAGAGCCCUAUUUAGGCUUUCUUUAUUGCAAGUUCUGUUUAAUUAAGAUUUUCUUAUCCCCUGCUAUGUUAAUAGCUUGCUAGACCCUGCAAGAGCCUCCUGUAUGUGAUUAAAGUUCAAUUUAGAGAUUGAGAUACAAUUAUUUAAGGUAAAUUACAUCUGUUUGAAAGUGAAACCAGUUUUUGUUUCAUGCAGGCUCUGUCAAUCAUAGCCAGGGGAGGUGUGGCUAGGGCUGCAUAAACAGAAACAAAGUGAUUUAACUCCUAAAUGACAGUGAAUUGAGCAGUGAAAUUGCAGGGGAAUGAUCUAUACACUAAAACUGCUUUAUUUAGCUAAAGUAAUUUAGGUGACUAUAGUGUUCCUUUAAUAUGUGGAAUAUAUGUUUUUAACAUAUGAUUACAAUCUUAUGUGUUCCCUACUCUCAUACACGUAGACUUGCAAAUUUGCUUAUUUUUAUUUAUUUAUAUUUCUUUUACUCUUAAGAUCAAACACCAACACCAACUCGAUUUCUGAAAAACUGCGAAGAAGUCGGUCUAUUUAACGAGCUUGCAAGUCCAUUUGAAAAUGACUUCAAGAAGGCCUCAGAUGAUGACAUUAAGAAGGUAUAAUGGACAGUGGGAUAUAUGGGAUUCUUUUUUAAUGCAAUGUAUUUAUUUGAACACUCAAGGCAUUUUUUUUUAAAGUGGGGACCUCUCUAGAGUUUUAUUUGGUAAACCAGGAACUGUGAAGAAUUGUAAAGGAAAAGCAAACUUAAAGGGGACCUGCCACUUCCCAGAAUUACUACUACUAUUCUGUUUACUGGGUUUUUUUUUUUUACAAGGUAUGAAAAUUUAAAAAUUUAAAAUGGAUGUAAACAUCCACAGCUCUUUAUUUUGGAAAGCUACGUCUCCAUCGUGGUUCCCUGUCAAUCAUUAUCAUAAACUCCUGUUUGCACCUGGGAUUCAGAAUAGAGAAAGCUUUUAUAUAGAAAAGAAGACAAACAAGUUUGCAAUAUUUGUCCUGAUUCAACUAGAUUGUGAGGUAAUUGCUAAAUCUUGUAUAUAAAUAUAAACGAAAACUUUGCAUCUCAUGAUAAAAUGAUUGUUACAACAAGUGCUAUUUUUUUUUAUAUAUAUUUUAUAAAUAGGAGACAGACGUAGGUUGUAGAGUUAUUCCAAUCUGGCUUUUAUGACUUAAAAAUUUAAAUUGUCUUUUUUUAAUUCUCAACAACUCCCCAUUUUGUGUAGCAAACAAACCGUUCUAAAAAAAAAAAAGCUAAUACAAUGUCAAUACCACAUUUGUUUUUUUACUUUUACUCGUGUAUGCCAAAUUUGAAGUAAUAUUUUUAUUGGAGCUUGAAGCGCACAUGUAAUCUUAAAUUGGUGAGAUAUGGAGGAGUCUUCAUAGCAUGUAUAAUAGAAGAUGCUGCCAGAUUAAACUGUUUAUUGGGAGCAUUGAUGUUCACACUAGAAUACAGGGAAUCUUAUUUGGGGGUUUAAGAAGCUCUAAUCUAAGCACUCUAGCUAGAGAAGCAGGUGGGGACCUUAAUUUUUCCAACUGUAGGAGAGAUGCAUCAAUAAAUCAACAUUCAGUUGCUAGUAAUAUAUAAAACAUUAUUUUUUUUAUUUUUUUUAUCAGAUGCCCUUGGAUCUAUCGCCUCUUGCAACACCUGUUAUAAGAAAUAAAAUUGAAGAACCAGCAGUAGUUGAAACAACUCACCAAGACAGCCCAUUACCUCAUCCGGAGUCUACUACAAGUGAUGAAAAGGCAAGAGUCAUUUUUUUUUUUAUUUUUUUUUUUUAAAUCACAUGUGUCAUUAAUAACGUGUGACUUGGCUAUGUUGGCAUUUAGCUACAUGUAGCUCUUUAGCUGUUCACCUUAGUUCCCAUAAUUUAAUGAUUCAGGUUUAGCGCCAUAUUGCCAGUUGCUGGAUUAGGACUUUGUAUUUACUUGGAGAUGGUAUUUAUUUUAUGGCUGCUCUCCUGCAUGACACCCUGACUCAGAGCUCUGUAAGGGUGUGUUGUUCUAUCUCUUAUUCUGGCAUAUCUUGAGAGAGCAAGGAGAGUUCAAGCUGUGUCUGCUACUGUAGCAUGCAGAGACGUCUAGCUCCUUCUCUAAAGACCCAGGAUAAUGUAGCAUCUUCCAGUGUCCUUUCCUCUAUGCUCAGCCAACAUGAGGAGAAAUAAUUAAAUCUGUUUCGAGCAUGUAUAAUUGGGUGGUGUGUGUACACUUCUACUCUGUGUCUAUAUUUUAUACUUAUAUAAACCAGUUUCUAUGAGUUUUUGGUUUACUAGUCUCAUGCUUUAAUUGAUUAUCACAAUGCCAUUAAUGUAAAUCUACAAAAGAGAACUGUAUAGUGUUACGCCCUGAAAUUGCUGCUGCAAAUACACGCUCAAGAACGUCCUUGCGGAAGUGCAUCUUGUAAGCAAACAGAUGUUUACAUGCUUGGAACCAUAGGGGAGACAGACCAUAUGAUAAAUGAAAAUAAACCCCACUUUAUUUACUCGUGUUUAGAAAUCCUAAAAUGUGCACAUUACAUAUAAGGGUUAUGUAGGAUGGCCAUACUGCAGCAAGGCGUUCUUUCUUCCAGGUCAUUGUACUUGAUGCACACACUUUUGUCUGCAUGCCAUUGUGAGAUUUUCUGAAAAGCACUUAUGGAAAUACACUCACACUGGAAUUUCCUAGCAUGUUUGUUUCACAGCAUUUUAAGGGUGUCACUAACGGGGUUAUUCACUAAAGGGACAAUUCAAAGUGCAUUUCGAAUUUUAAGGGACAAUUUCGUCACCAAAACAACUUUAGCGUAAUGAAGCAGUUUUGGUGUAUAGACCAUGCCCCUGCAGUCUCACUGCUUAAUUCUCUGCCAUUUAGGUGUUCAAUCACUUUGUUUAUACAGCUCUAGGCACACCUCCCUGCAUGUGACUUGCACAGACUUCUGAAACACUUCCUGUAUUGCAAAUUCUGUCUAAUUUAGAAUUUUUUUUCCUGCCCUGUUAAUGGCUUGCCAAACCCUGCAGGAGCCUCCUGCAUGUAAUUAAUGUUCAAAUUAAAGAGCUGGAAAUCAGGGCCGUCAUAUCCUAUAGGCUAAUUACGCGGUUGCCUUUUGGUGCUUCUUAAGGGGGGUGCUGGCAGCAGCUUUACUGCUGGUUUGGACCUUCCUACUAUGUAGGACUAAUUAUGUGCUGCAGGCCGUUAGCUGAAGACUAGAGACAGGUGACAUGUCCUGUGGCACGCGAAGAUCUGAGACCCAGCCCUCCACAUCUAAUACGCCGGCAGUGCAUGGACGCAUCGUUCGAUCGCUGCCACCCCUUUGCCCUGUUCUCUGAGUUAGGCAGCGGGAUAGCGGACCUUAAGGCAGCCAGGCCCAAUCCAGAAGCCUGGGACACACUAAGAGCCAAUAUGAAAAGAAGGCAAGAGGGGGCUUUUAGUGUUUGUUUUAAAGAAUGUGUGUCCGCCUACUUCAAUCAUUAUGUAACGAUACCUUACCUUUACUCUUCGGACCCGCGCAGCACGGCGUUCACUUCACUCACUUCCGGUGAGCGGCACAGCCCUUCUGACGCCGGCCGCUCACAACACGCCCACAUUUAUAAAAAAAAAACUGCGCAUGCGCACCGUAGUCGGCAUCCCUGUCAGGUAUCAGGCGCCCUAGUGUGGUUCUUGUUGGUUCCUCUAGUGCUUAUUAUUAUCUUGAGUGUUUUUUCUGGUAUUUUGACUAUUGGCUUUCCGUUUUGACUAUUCUGCUCUCUGGUUAUCCGUAUUUUGGCUUGGUUAUAUCAUUUGUCCGUCUUCUGUACUCCCUUGACCUCUGGCUAUCCCUUUGACUACUCUAAGACGUUAGUCCGGCCACUCUAAGGUCCGGUAUACGUCUUCUUCUGGGUUAUACUCUGUGUGAAGGGGUCACUAUCGUGACACAGUAUGGUUGUCUGCUUGAAUCAGUGGGUCUGUCACUCUGCAUGACUCUGCAUGAAUUUGUGUGUGCAUUGGUCAAUGAUUCUGAGUGUGAGUGAAUGAGUGUGUGUAUCAGUGAUGGCAUUUGGGCAGAAAGGACUAUUUUAAUAAAAAAUCCAUACUCUUGAUUGAACUCUAUAGUGUUAGGAAUAUAAACCUGUACUCCGAAUGCUUAUAGUGUCUCUGUCCCUACAUAGAUUUUUAACCAUAAAAAUUAUUAAAAAGAAAAUAAAAAGUUUAAUUUACGUUUUUUCAAGAAGCAAGACUACCCCUGCACUGCUUGCCUCUUUACCUCACACAGUGUCACUGAUGGGGUAAUGUUGAUCCAAUCCAAUGUUCCUCAUACAGAAGCAUUGGGGACCUGAUGUGCAUAAGUGGAAAGUGCUAUGCACUUCCAAUGCUUCUCAUAGUUAAACAUGGCUAUGUAGCGGAGGUGCCUCUAGUGGCUGUCAGUGUGACAGCUAAUAGAUGCUUGUUUAACCAUCCUACAGGACCACUGUGGAGCGAAUGGGGUGGCAACCUUUUUUUUUUUUUGCAGAUGCAGGUUGUCGGUCACAGCUAGGGGAGGUGUGGCUAGGGCUGCAUGGACAGAAAUACAAGUGAUUUAAACCCUUAUUGGGAGUAAAUUGAGCAAUGAAACUUCAGAGAAUUAAUCUUUACACACAAAUUGCUUCAUAAAGCUAACAUUUUGGUGAGUAAAGGUCCCUUUAAGGCUAAACUAGCCAAACGGAAAGAAUAGGUUGCUUAGAAAUUUUUUUCCAGUUUGGCUAUUUUGACCUUUUUUAAAUUUGAAAUUCACAUUGAAUUCUCACUUUAGUAAAUAACCCUGUGGAUUUUUUUUUCUUUUUGUAUACUUUUUCCUUGGUUGCAUUGUGAUAAUAUAUAAAAAAGAGGAAACAAGGAAUCUCAUUUAAAGGGAGUAUUGAUUUACAUGGAAUGCUUAAAGGACCACUCUAGGCACCCAGACCACUUCAGCUUAAUGAAGUGGUCUGGGUGCCAGGUCCAGCUAGGGUUAACCCAUUUUUUAAUAAACAUAGUAGUUUCAGAGAAACUGCUAUGUUUAUUAAUGGGUUAAGCCUUCCCCCAAAGCCUCUAGUGGCUGUCUCGUUGACAGCCACUAGAGGCGCUUGCGUGCUUCUCACUGUGAUUUUCACAGUGAGAGCACGCCAGCGUCCAUAGGAAAGCAUUCUGAAUGCUUUCCUAUGCGACCGGCUGAAUGCGCGCGCAGCUCUUGCCGCGCGUGCGCAUUCAGCCGACGGGACGGGACGGGACGGAACGGAGGAGGAGAGGAGGAGAGAAGGAGGAGAGCUCUCCGCCCAGCGCUGGAAAAAGGUAAGUUUAAACCCCUUUCCCCCUUCCAGAGCCGGGCGGGAGUGGGACCCUGAAGGUGAGGGCACCCUCAGGGCACUAUAGUGCCAGGAAAACGAGUAUGUUUUCCUGGCACUAUAGUGGUCCUUUAAGCUAUGCAUUUUACACAUUACACCUUACAUGCUAAAUCGUGACUUGCACUUAACUUAUAGAAUACUUUAAAUGUUUGCUCUAUUGUGCACUUUAAAUUUUGAUAUUUAGAGCAUGUUAAUCUUUGUGGACUUAGAACAGGUUUUUUUAUUUUUUUAUAUAUAAUUAUAAUUUUUUUUAUUAUAUUGCAAGCUAUUGUAUCACCAUAAGUAAUUUAGCAAAAAAAAAAAUGUAUUCCUCCAUUUAAGCUUCUUCAAGAUUAGAUGAUUUGCAAAUGCUAAUGUGAGUAUUUCUCCCUUCCCCAUUAGGAAGUAACAUUGCCAACUGCACAGCCCACACCUACCAUUGUUCGACCUGCUUCACUUCAGGUUCCAAAUGUGCUGCUUACAAAUUCUGAUUCAAGUGUCAUUAUUCAACCGACUAUACCUUCACCAACAUCCAGUACUGUAAUCACUCAAGCUCCAUCUUCUAACAGACCUAUAAUGUAAGUAAACCAUAUUGUAUUGAAUUUUGAACUUCACACGUAUAGUUCUGAUUUUAAAAUGUGUGUGUGUGUGUGUGUAUAUAUAUAUAUAUAUUUACAUUUUUUACUUUUUUUUAAAUUUUUUUUAAAAUAAGCAAUCUAACAAGAACAAUAUAGCAAUGAUUCAUCCUCUGUGUUAAACAUUCCAUUGCCCAAAUACAAAAUAAAUCAGUUUAGUGUGUAUAUAUACUAUAAAUAAAAACCUGCAUGUAUUUAAUUAUGCAGAUCUCUUGUCUGCAGCCUUUGCAAGUCCCACCUUCAGCCUGUGCCUGUCCAACUAGAUAUUUCCCAAUGCAGCUCAAUGAGAAGUCUUUACAAGGCAGGUGCUUUGGGCAAUUGUACUGAGUUAAAGGGACAGUAUAGUCACCAGAACAACUACAGCUUAUUGUAUUUUUUCUGGUGAGUGUAAUCAUUCCCUUUUCUGAGAAAAUGAAGUGUUUUACAUUACAGCCUAGGGAUCACUCCACUGGCCACUCCUCAGAUGGCUGCUAGAGGUGUUUCCUGGGGCAGUGCUGCACAAUAUCUCCACCCUCAGCGUGGAGACACUGAAUUUUCCUGCUGGAAAUGCUGAUUGGCCAGGACUGUGUUUGACUUGUGCUGGCUCUGCCCCUGAUCUGCCUCCUUGAAAGUCUCGGCCAAUCCUAUUGGAAAGUAUUGUGACUGGCUCACAUCACUUCUGAUGCUAGGCAAAUCAGAGGCAGAGCCAGCAGCUACAGACUUGAAUACAAGUAAGAUUUUACUAUAUUUAGGAGGACCAGGGUUGGGCGGGGGGAAGCUAGAUGAUGAUUUUAACACACUAGGGUCAGGAAUACAUGUUUGUGUUCCUGACUCUAUAGUGAUACUUUAAUUAGCAGGGCCAGUUCUAUACACUGGGGGGUGUAACAAGGCUUUUUUAUUUAAAGUGCUUUAGGGGUCUGGAGAACCCUUUUAUGCUCUCUUAUCAGGAUAAGAUAAAAUUGAUUGAAACUAUAAGUUCAGAGAUCAUUGCCUACUGUUACAGAACUUUGAGACCAGGAAUUUCCCUUCUUCUGCCAGUCUGUAAAGGAACAGGCUAAGCACCAGAGCCACUUGUCUUUUUUAAAAAUGCUUGAGCGGUUUCUCCUGAUACCUAGGGCCUGGCACCCGCUGCUGCUGUACAAAACCGUAUGAAAUUUCUGCAUGAUCAUGGUCUCAGCAGAGGGUCUUUGAGUACUGGGAGAACCACCAUUUUCAAAUGAGUGGUUUAUCACAACCUGACUGGCGUGGGAUUGCAGGUAAGUAAUGGAUAUAUAUAUAACACUUGGAGUUAGCACAGGGGUUCCCAACCCAGUCCUCAAGUAACCCCUAAAAAUCCAGGAUUUAGGGAUUACCCAGUUGUGUCUAAGGUGUUUUUUUAAAGAGAGGGGGAAAAAAAGACUUCAGACACAAAAGGGUAAUCCCUAAAUCUUGGCCUGGUAGGGGGUACUUGCGGACUAUGUUGGGAACCACUGCACGGUUAGCAGAUAAAAAAAUUGCAUCACCACCCAUAGUAUUCCUUUAAAUAAAGCAAAUCGUUUUAGUCACUUCCUUUUAUUUUUUUUAAUUUUAUUUUUGCCGAUGAUUUUUUUCCCCCCUAUUGCGACCAGAUUAUAACAUCACUAUAUAAAAAUAGAUUAUGCAAUGUGUACUAUAAUUAAAUGCAUGUAAAUAUAUAAAGAUCUAUAUGUAAAAUGUUUGAAAAAUAUGUAUCUUGCAAACUAGUAUCGUUUUGUUUUCAUGCUUUUUGUAUAGGACACGCACAUAAGCACCAGUCUUAAUAAUAUUGGUGUGCGCACAUUUCGUGGUGUCUAAUUCCAGCUACUCAGUCUUUAACGGGCUAUAGUCUACAUUGGUAAAGUGUUUGCUAUGAAAUUCUCAUGGUGAUUUGUGCAUGUGCUGGUUGAUACCUUUUUAAGCUUCAUGCAAUAUUCACCAGAGUGCUGCGUAAUAUGCACUUGCUUUAUAACAAGGCUUAUAUCAUCUCCCUUUCUCCAGUUUCUUUGGAUGUGCCAAGUCUGUGGUUUGUUUUUAAGGUUAGCAUCCCUGCUUUUUUUUUUUUUUUUUCUAUCCUCAGACCGGUUCCAGCUCCCUAUCCUCUAUUGUUACAUCUACCUAAUGGACAAACCAUGCCUGUUGCUAUUCCUGCCUCAAUCACAAAUUCCAAUAUACAUAUACCUGCUUCAGUCCCAGUAAGUUUGCAUGUGUGUAAAUUAUUCAUUCUCCUAGUAAUGUUAAUGUGUAGAUAGACCUUCUGCAGUGUAAACUGUUUAAUUCACCUUUCCUUGUGUUCAUCAUGUAACUAACAUUUUCAUUUAUCAAAGUGUUUCUCCACGCACACAUGGGAAAUCAUGAAUAUUUCUUUAGUUUAUCAGUGGUAUGUUUGUUACAAAUUCAGUGAAAUUAUUUAUUUUUUGCAAACUUCUUUUUAAAGAAGUUAUAGAACAUUCUGCAAUAUCUUACCCUACAGUUACCCUAAAUAUAGUAAAAUCUUACUUUUGUUAAAGUCUGCAGCUGCUGGCUCUGCUCCUGAUCUGCUUGCUUGGCUGACAUCAGAAGUGGUGGUCUGAGCCAAUCAUAAUGUUUUCCCAUAGGAUUGGCUAAGACUGUCAAGGAGGCAGAUCAGAGGCCGAGUCAACACAGCCCUGGUCAAUCUGAACUUUCCUUCUACAGAUGCAUUAAUUCAAUGCAUUUCUAUGAGGAGAUGCUGACUCUCCAUGCAGAGGGUGGAGACACUGAAUGGCAGUGCUGCACGACGAGGAACAACCUUUUUCAUAAAAUGGUUUUGCUUAUUUUUACACAUCCAUAAAUAAAAAAAACUCAGAAUCAUAUUUGAGUCCUGAUUAUUAAAUACCUAGUAUGUCUUGGGUCUAAAAACAUUUUUGGGUAAUUAACACUAUAUCUACACCAACCCCCAUGCUAAUGCUAGACCGAUCCCUUACCCAAUGUGAACACCAGCUCUAAAUGUAUACCUUAAUCUUACCCUAAACCUUUAACCCCACACCAGGGGUAGACGACAUUUUAGCAGCACUAUGUCAAAAUAAGAUUGUGAUGUCUCGUAGCGUGCCAGUCCUAUUUUUUUAAAUUAAGGGUGUGUAUGUUGCCAUAUUCUGCCUGUUAUUCAUACUGCAGUUGCUUUGAAUCGUUGUAUUUGUGUGUAUGUGAGCUAUUAUAGUGUAUAUGUUAAUGAGUAGUUUGUGGUGUCGUGUACCUGUGUAUGGUGACUGCCAGGGCCGGACUGGCCCACCGGGAUACCGGGAAAUUUCCCGGUGGGCCGCGGCACCUGGGGGCUGUGCUGACACAUGGGUGCCACCGGGUGGCCGGUCCGGUGGCACUCUGAGAGGGGGCCGGCCGCGUUCCAGACUGGAGCCGCCGGGCCGGGUGGCAGCUUGGCCGGUCCGGCGGCACUCCAGUCACUGCUGGCUGAUGGAGGAGGAGCCUGUCUACCAUGCUCCCUCGCGGUGGAAGUCUGGAACGCGGCCGGCCCCCUUGCCUUCUUUAAGGUAAAAUGGGGGGGUGGGAGGGAAAAGGGAGAGACACAGGGAAAGGGGGAGGGAGAAGGAGAGACACAGGAAAAGGGGGGAGGGAGGGAGGAGGAGACACAGGAAAGGGGAGAGAGGAGAUGGGGAGAGACACAGGAAGGGGAGGAGUGGGAAGGGAGAGACACAGGAAAGGGGGGAGGGAGUGAGAGGAGAGACACAGGAAAGGGGUGGGAGGAGAAGGAGAGACACAGGAAAGGGGGGAGUGGGGAGGAGAAGGAGAGACACAGGGAAAGGGGGGGAGGAGGGGAGAGACACAGGGAAAGGGGGAGAGGGGAGAGAGGGAGGGAGAAGGGAGAGACACAGGGAAAGGGGAGGGAGAGAUGGGAGGGGGGAGAAGGGAGAGACACAGGGAAAGGGGAGGAGAGAGGGAGGGGAGGAGACACAGGGAAAGGAGGGAGGGAUGGGAGGGGAGAGAUGGGAGAGACACAGGAAAGGGGGGAGGGAGGGAGGGAGGGAGAGAGACAGAGGGAAAAGGGAGGAGGAGAGAGAUGGGAGAGACACAGGAAGGGGGGGAGGAUGGCUGAGGGAGAGAGACACAGGGAAAGGGGGAGGAAGGGAGAGGGAGAGACAGGAAAGGGGGGGAGAGAUGGGUUGGAAGGAGAGAGAUGGGGAGAGGGGGAGAGAGAUGGGUUGGAGGGAGAGAGAUGGGGAGAGGGGAGAGACACAGGGAAAGGGGGGAGAGAUGGGUUGGAGGGAGAGAGAUGGGGGGAGGGAGAGAGAUGGGGAGGAGGGGGAGACACAGGGAAAGGGGGGAGGAAGAGAGAUGGGGAGGAGGGAGAGACACAGGGAAAGGGGGUGAAAGAGGCAGAGGGGGAAGAGAGAGACAAAGAGGGAGAAAUGAGAGAGACACACAAGGGGAGGGGAAGAAAGAGGCAGAGGGGGAAGAGAGAGACUGGGAAGGAGAGGGGAGACAUUGACACAGAGGAGCAGUGAGGGGGAGAAAGAGAGGACCCGGGGCAACGUUCCGGCUCUCACGAGGGUGAACUCUAGCCCUGGUGCUAGAGUUCACUCUCACCACUUCCUGGUGGUCGCAGUAGUAGGAGUGAACUCUAGCCCCAUACACACACUGCCCACACGCACACACACCAUACACAUUCACACACUGCCCCCACACAAACACCAUACACAUUCACACACUGCCCCCACACACACCAUACACAUUCACACACUGUCCCCACACACACACACACACCAUACACAUUCACACACUGUCCCCACACACACACACCAUACACAUUCACACACUCCCCCCCCCACACACACACACCAUACACAUUCACACACUGUCCCCCACACCCACACACUGAACCUUUCACACACAUUGCACCACUGCUCCUAUACCCUACUACAGCCCCAUAUCCCAGCAGACUCCAGGUAAGUUGUCAAACUGUUCUUAAACGGUUUGACUACUUACUCUGGGAGGGGGUGCUGACACUCCUGGCACCAUAACCACUACACAGAGGAGUAGUGGUUAUUGUGCAUGGAAUAUUUCUUUAAAUAAUCUACAAGUGUCCCUCCCAGGCUCAGGUUCUGGAUCCGUCACUGAUAUAUGACAUGUAUAUUAAUGUGUGUAUAUUAAUUAUAUUUACACAUAUUAAUGUACAUUUAUAUAUUCAUAAUACACAGAGAAAUUUCAUUAAUAUGUACCAUAUGUAAUGAGCAGAUAUUGGCCCAAUCUUGUUGCUAGGUGCAUACUCCAGCACAAUAACAUAUUUAAAGUGAAGAGCACACCCACAGGACUUCAAAAUAAACAUUUUUUACAGUUGUGCCCUAAAUACAUUCACCAUUUCAGUCCCAUUAACAAGCUUUCCUUAAUAUGUCAAGGUAGUUGGACUGAAACAUUGAUUACAUGUAAAGGCACAUCUGCUUAAAAUAAAUCUGCACUUUUGUUUAUUUUGAAGCCUAUGAGUGCGCUUUUUACAUUGAAGUACUUUUUAAUUUUAAGUUAUCUGUUUUAACUCUGUAUCUGCACACUAUGCUGGCGCGACGCAUUAUGGGGCUGGUAAAUAUUUUUUUUCCAGGGCUGCUUUUAAUUCCCAGUCCGGCCCUGGUGACUGCUUGCAGAAUUGUGUGUGGAUGGAUAUGUCACAUUGUGUGUUUGGUGGGGUGUGUAUGUGUGGGGCUGUUUGCAGUAUUGCAUGUGAGAGACUGCAUGCGGUGUUGUGUGCAUGUAUGUGGAUUGUUAGUGGUGUUGUGUUUGUUUGUGGGCUGUUUGUAUUAUUUGUAUGAGGUGAGGGUUAUUAUGCAUUUCUGUGUAUAUCUAGCAGUAUGGUUGGCUUCUCUGGGGACCAGGCUGGCCGGGCAAGUGCUGCAAUAGCUGUUGUGGGCUGCUCUACCCCAGUGCGGUUUCCCAUUCACAAGUGCUGGAAUGAAGUGAUCUGAGAUCACUUAUCCUACGUGCUGCAAUGCAUAAAUUGAGGAUUGUCCAUCACCUUUUCGUAUUAGCAGAUAUCUGAAGUUUAACUAGGACUCCUGAUAAGCCAGAGCAUGUUUGUCUCUAGCAGCCUUGAGUGCUGUGCAUGGCACACGUGCCAUAGAUUGCCUACCCCUGCCUUACACUAUCCUUAAACCUAAAACUGCAUUAACCCUUACCUUGCCAAAACCCCACCAUUAUCCCUAAGAAAACCCUCUGGUAUCUGAAGAUUGGUUGCCUAUUAACAGUAGCUAGUGGUCUGUGAGCGGCAUCUACUGGCUGUGUUCAUAAUUAUAUUAUAUUUGAUUAUGAAUGGAGCGAUUGGUGCUGGCAAAGCCCAGCCUUGAUCACAAUCUGCUUGGGACAGGCAGGGUGACGUUGGGGGACUCCACUUGCAAGCCUGCAGCCCAGAUACAAUAGCGUUAACCAGCGCUGCAUAUAGCCUUUUUCCAGUGCUGCAAAGAGCUCACUGGUCAGUCUGGGACCACUAUAAAUGGCAGAGAGGAGCCCCAAGUAUCAAUUGAAACCUUGGUUUCCUGGUGUGAGCAGGCAUUUAACCUUGCACACACCAAAACUGCCAGUUGUUACAUACCCUCUUAAAGGCAUUAAAGCCCACUCUGUGUAGAAUGGCAUGAGUCCUAAUUUCAGGAAGGGAUUAAUGCUGACCCCAACAGACUAGCAUAUUUGUCUUUUCAAGACCUGUAUUUUAUCAUCUGCCAUGUAGACUUUACCUCCACAGACAAAGGGCCUUCUAGCCCCCGUGUGCGUGCGUAUGUUAUACUUUGUUAAAAGGAUUCUCCAGAUGUUUUAAUACUUCCAUGCUUUGCUGGCCUUCUAGAGCAUGAUCAUGCUUUUAGUCUAAACAGUUGGUGCUUUUUUCUUUGGCCAGCCCUCCUCUAGUAUACUGUCUGUAGAACUGCUGUACUACCACCCACUUUUAAUGUGCAAGCUAUACUUGUUAUACGUGUGAAAAAUAAUAUCCAGGUAUACAUACUAUAUCAUGGGGAAUUAGAUCUUUUUGUUGGUAAUAAAUAUGUGUCUUAAUAUUUUUAAAUGAUGUAUUGUGUCUUCUACUUAUUUAUACAUUUAUUUUGAGACUAUGUUCUUUUCCUUUUUAGCUUGUCAGACCUGUCACCGUGGUGCCUACUAUACCAGGAAUCCCAGGGCCUUCCUCCCCACCACCUGUCCAGUCAGAGGCAAAACUGGUAAUUACUCUUAAACCGAGUUAUCACAUAAUUUGGGGUUUAUCCGUUCUUUUUGUAAAUCUGGUUUUAAACUAUAUUCUGCUACUUUUUGGUGAGGAUAUUUGUAAUUUUAUUCAUUUACAACAUUCUAUGGAAAUUUCACCUGGAAAUUUUAAUCUGAAUACACUUCUGAGUUGCAUAUUGAACUCUAUGCAGAUUUAAUCAAAAGUGUGUGUCUAUAUUUUUUUUCCUUAUCUGUGCUUGACUGGUAAUAUCCUAGGCCACCACUAGAGGCAGUUUAGUGUUGCCUUUUUAACAAAUGGCUCACGGCAUAAGUGCCAUAGGUCCUCAUUGAACAACUGUAGGUGAAUUUGUCUUUCGUUUAUCUGCAUAAUUUCUAUAUUGUUCUCGUUGCAUACUUUCAUUUAAAAUCUGUUAAGUCGAAUGCCCCCAUUAUACUUCACUAAUGAUGUGGAUACUAUGGCUGUCUGAACCGACACUGACAAGGUUAUGAAUUCACUUUUUUCUUAAGUUAACUGUUUUUUAAAGGACCUUCUACUGUGUAGAUGACUCUCGUCCUUGGAUGAGGAAGUUGACCUGUUCAUGUUGGUAUUGCCAUUGGUAUUCUCCAUGAAUUGCUUUGAUCCUGCUUUGGCUAGAUUUAAUCUCUUUACAAUCCCCCUGUCCUGCCUCUGGUUUAUGCUUCUCAUGGUCCCCAGAAGAUCUAUUUGUGCUUGUGGCUGUGCUAGGUCCUCUUUCAUGUGCAUGAGUGCUUCUUUAACUCUCUGUGCAUGCAUUUUCCUGACUGGCAGAAUAGAGGGUUGCCUGUGAUGGCUUGGGUUCACAUAUGCAUUAAGAGGGCACACCAUUUGUGCCUUGGGUGCAUCACCUUCACUCACUCUGCUUUGGUCAUUCCCUCUGCAGCCAAGAGUUGUGAGGGACACAUGUCGAGGUAUAUGUCACCACUCUUUUAUGGUGAAUUGAGUGUGGCUUGGACAGAAGGUGAAUGGAAUCCCUCUAUGUAUUUUAACUGCAACUGUCUUUGUACAUGACUUCUAAUGUUCUGAAAGUUGUGUAAUUAAAGGUCCUUAAAUGACUUCCACCUCUGUUUUAAACUGUACAGAUAUUUUAACCUUUAAUGCUUUAGUAUAUUUAUGAAAACAUGUUUAUUUUAAUUAGGGUGAUUAAAAACUGCAACUGUAUUCAUUUUAGAUUAGUUUUACAGAAUUUUAACAUAACCUAUAAAAUUUAUAAAUAAUUAUUUGUAGCAAACAUGGCAUAUUACGGGUGCUUGUGUAUUCAUGCACGGAACUCCACUUUAUAUCAGAGUGCUCUACUUAAACUUACUAAAAGACCUUAAGGGGGGGAACCCAAUCAAGAGAACGUUAAAUGGAGUUCCUCCCUGUGGGAUUCACAAUGUACAGACGUUUGUGACAAACUGUGAAUUAUCUUUCGACACAGUGUGCAGCCAGUAGGUUUACUGCAGGAGGCUUCUAUUGAGAGCUGACAGAGGGCAACUUGGCAACUGUUCAGAAAGCUCCAUUAACUUGGUUAAGCCCGGCAUGGAACCUUGUGUUCAGCAGAAUUCUUCUGACCUGCCUCUCUGCAUGCCAAACUCAUCAGCAAACACCUAAUGAGCGCCCCUCCAAACAAACCCUUUCCCAACCUCCUUCAUUUUCAUAUGUUCUCUGGGGUAGGAGAGACAUGACUUCAUGAGGACUGAUGAUGCUGCAAAGACCACAAUAAUGAUAAUUAACUUGCUGAAUUUAGAAGAUUAUGCUGUUAAUUAGUUGCAAAAUAAAGAUAAGUAAAAGAGCAGCAGAUGGUAGGAUAAAACCCAAGAGAGGGAGGGUUAUUACUCUGAUGAGCUUUUGUGGCAGAUAUGAAAUAUGGAUCUGACUUUUUCAUAAGUUGUUCCUGGAGAAUAUUACAGUUUUUCUGUAAUCCGAUGAUGAAACGACCUAUUCCCACCAAAUUUUGACAGAUGCGAUAGGUUUUUGUUUUUCAAGGGUACAAAAUACAAAACAUGCUAAAAUCUCUGUACACAAGCUUAAUGACUAGAAUGUAGGAAGACUGUAUCUUUUUAACCACAGCAAAUCAUUGGCUGCUAACCUUGACAUUCCCGAUGUCUAUGAACACAAUUCCCAUAAAGCUCUGCAAGCAUCAUGGGAAAUGUUGACAAACGUCAACAUGGUUUGUGGGCUAUGUAAAAGCUUUGACCUGAAUCUUACAGCUAAAAACAUAGAAUAAAGCAAAAUGUAUUAAUGAAACUAUUUCUGUUAAGGAUGUGAUAAAUAUUGUCGCUUUUUUGCAGCUAAAUCAGUGGUUAAUUUACUAAAGCUUCAAACUGAAUUUUAAUUGAAUCCUAUAUUCUCAAAAUUGAGGCUAAAUAACUGCUGGGUAGCACCACGUAGAAAGAAAAAGCAGAAAAUAGUAGUAAACUUUAUUAGGAUUCACUAAUAACCACAAGGGGCAGGAUUUAAUCCUUCCUCUACAUUUGUCCCACUUCCCAUAGAUGAAGGUGUUAAUAAAAUGGGGGCUAGUUCCUGGAGCCCUUAUGUCAUCCCAAGUGGUGAGUUUGCUGCAUUCCACCCAGUUGACAUGUGGAAGGGCAGUAAAAAAAGAAAUAGGUAGCUGUCCCCAGAAUUGCCUUUUAACUAGGGAGAGUAUGCACAGUGUACAGGUAAAUCUAUAUAGUGGGUUAUUCACACCAAGCAUUUGGAUUUAGUUGCCAUCCUGCUCCUUUUCCCUUUACUGACCAUAAACAGAUGUAUCUUGAGACCCUACCUAAAUGUUACUGACUCUUGGCUGGAGCACUGAACAUUCAAGUCUGUUUCACAUCCUCUUUCCUUGAUACAUUAUUAUUCUUAUUGCCAUUUAUAUGGCGCCAACAUACUCCUCAGCACUUUACAAUAUUCUAAAGGGAGAAAUUUGACAGUUACAGUUUGUUACAGGGACAGUAGGUUGAUGAGGACUCUGCUCAAAAGAGCUUACAAUCUAGAGAGGUAAGAGAAUAGGUUGGUGCCUUAGAAUCCCUUCUAAUUAUUAAAGGAACACAAUACUGUUUGGAAUAUAAACAAAAUGCUUCGGUGUUCUCAUCUCUUAUUAGAUUCAGUGCCCUCCUAAAUUUAAACUAAAACUGGGAUAAAAGAUAUUACUUGGCCUUUUUCCCGCACCAAGAUUCAGUCCUUCCAGUCACUUGAUGUACCAUCUACGUGUCCAAUCCAGGAACAAUGGUGACAAAAAUCCAAUGCACAGCCAAUUAAAUAUUUGGCAAUUGACAUCAAAUAAAGUUUAUGUUCAUGUUAAAGGCUUAAAGCACCAUAUCCACUGUAGUGCACUAUAAUUGUUGGGGUACCAGAAGUUACAAUUUUAAGUAGGCAAACUAUUUUAGAAUAGUUUGACUUCUUAUCUGGGGUCUGCCGGGCACCACUCUCCACCCCCUGCAGCUGCCUGUUAAAAGCUUCAAUUACUUCUCCUGAGUUAAGCUCUGCAGUUCUGGUUUAGCAGAUUGCUCACAGCCAAUAAGACUACAUACAAUUUGGCAGGGGAAGGGCACUGUGGGCACCAUAACUGCUGCAGCAGGGUGUUUCUUUUAAAGAGUAAUUUUAAUGAAUAGAACCAUGUAUGCUUAUGGUUUAAGGAGGUCUCCUUGCACAAUGAUCAUAAUUAGAGACUUGCAAAAUCACCCAAUCUCAUAUCUUUUGCCUAUUUUUUAUUUAGUACUCAAAUUGUACACAUCAUGUAAUCCCCGUUCUCCUCACUCUGACUCUCCGAGCUCCAACGCUGCUGCAGCCCCAUUUACAAAUCGCCCUCAAAGGAUGAUAGGCUGAGGUAUAUUCUGCUGGAAAUUUAAAGUCUAACUAUACCCAUUGAGCUGUAACACCUUUUGGGGAUUAUUCCAUGAUCUGGAAAUUGUGGUAACUGUACAUAUAACCGAUUUGGGAACAACUUUUAAUGUAUUCCACGAAGGGGCUUGAAAGUUUGUUUGUUUUUGUUUGUUUUUUUGUUUUUUGUUUGUUUUUUUGUGUGUUUUUUUUCUAAUGUUAAUUUGCACAAACAAAUGUCAUAUACUAAUUAUAUGUAUAAUUCAUAAAACAAGAGGGAAGGAAUAUCCAGUUUAAAAUGUCCCUAUCUGGCAUGGAGAGAGGAACACAUUACAGCACAAAAUGGAAAUCCCCAUUGGAAGCAUAAUGUUCCAUUAGGGGGCAAGAUCAUAAUAUCUUGAGUAACCCCACUAUGCUAUGGCAUGUUUAAGACUAUUUAGUAAAUCAGCAGUGUCUAAAAGGCCGUACGGUAUAUGCUGUAUGUUUUGGGCACGAGGAGAUAAUGAGUUAUUAUGAAUGCCGUUUCCUUGUGUAUGCUUGCUGUUAUUACACCACUAUCAUUAUUCAAGAUAAUUAUAGUUCAAUGUUUUGUAUUGCCCUGUGUUUACAAAAUGAAGAUGUUUCCAAGCAACCUUUGUAAUGAAAUUUACUGGUGUGAAAACAAGUACACUGCCUGACAUUGUCACCACCCCAACUAUAUCUAAAUCGUGUGAAUUUAAAACCCAAACCGGAUUAUUUACUAAACAAAGAAUUACAGUAAAUUGAAUGCAAUCUUGCUUAAAUAGCCAAUCUGUGACCUUAGCAGUGAUAGACAACCUUCGGCACUCCAGAUGUUGUGGACUACAUCCCCGUAUAAUGCUCUUACACCCAUAAUGCUGGCAAAGCAUCAUGGGAGGUGUAGUCCAAAACAUCUGCAGUGCCAAAUGUUGCCUAUGCCUGGACUAUAGCAAAACUGAAGGGUUGUUUGUUUUUUGUUUUUGUUUUUUGUCUAGGUUUUGUCUUUCAGGGUUUAAAUUUACCAUAAUUUGGAUUUCAGUUUAAAAAAUAAAAUCACAAUUGAUAACAAAGUAUUUAACCAGGAAAGGUAUGUUCAGAUUACUCUGGUUUCCAAGUUCUUUCUGGGGAUAUUAUUUUUGCUCAACAUCCAUGGGAUGUUAUUUAAAGCUUAGUCAAAAUGGUAAAACCGAUCACUGCAAAUACAGCCUACAAAAUGUAUAAACAAAUUUUUUUUGCAGUACGAUAUGUCUUAACCACAAACAAAAUAUUGUUUCUGAUUGAAUAACGUGCACUCCUUUCAUAAUCAUCAUCCCUCUGCAGCACCUUCUACUAUCUUUACUUACCACCAAAUUAUCCAUCUAGUUCCCUAUGUAUCUACAGUGUGUACAUCUUAAUGCAUUUCCCUUGAGAUCCUUAAAGUAGUUCUAUUGUUACUGAACAAAACAAAAUCUGGGCUGGCUAAUUUAAUAUUCGAUUGUACAUGAAACUUCUUGGUCACCUUAAUUGGCAUUGUAUGAAGACUAGGGGUGGUGGGGGGGGGGAUAUAUGAACUGAAACCUUUCUGUUUUGCAAGUACAAAACACAACACAAGCUUAAUGACCAUUUAAAAGAUUAAUGUGCCUUCCUAACUUGGGAAAACCUGCAUGUCAGCUAAUGGAAAUAAUGAGAGGAAGGUCACAGUUAGAUACUUAACCCCAUAUCCUAUAUCUCAUGUAUGGCUUUACUUUUUAAUGGUGAUCUCAAGGUUUAAUCUGCAGAUUUAAUAAAAAAGCAAAAUCUCUAGCCUGUUUUUGGCCUUGCCUUAAACCUUGACACAUGCACAGUUAGGAGAAUGUACCCAUUAUAUCCCUGCAAAUAUUUACUGUUUAAGCAGCAUGAUUCCAUUCUGUUUUGACCAUUUAAUUUACCAAUAUUUUCUGUAUGAAAUGCCUUUGUUUUAAUGAUGCCAACAAAUUAAUGGAUUCAUGUUGUCAUAUCCUUAAAACAAUGAAUAGGUGCUCACUAAAAUAACAAUGUGGAAGGCAGCAGUGAACCAGUAAGUAUUCACAACCCUUGCUAAGAUACAAAAAUGUAAAAGAUACAUUAAUGUCGUCAUAUAGGCAUGACGACAUUAAUGUGGAAGAAAAAGGCUUGGUAAACAGUGCCAAAGCGGAAAGGUGUACAAGACAAAUCAGUACAUAUGCUCCAUGUGAUCCAAUUGUGUCUUUUAUUGGGUUUUAAAAGAUGUUUGUUUGUUUUUUUGACAUAUUGCACUAUUAUCUUUUCCUAUCUAAUUUUUGUUUUGAGGUCAUCAUAUACCCAUCCAUCAUUGGACCACAUAUAGUAUAUGUAGAUGUACUGAUUUGUCUUGUACACCUUUCCUCUUUGGCGCGGUUUAUCAAACCGUUUUCUUCCACAUUAAUGUUGUCAUGCCUAUAACCACUUAUGUUCUUUUAAACAAGCAUAAAAUAAGAUCUAUACAUUGUUCUAGCAGAUUUUUGUAAAUGUAUAGAUUGGGAGAAAAACCUAUUUAAAAAUAGGUUUUGUCCCCUGCCUUGCAAACUAACACCCACAAUACCUUCAACAUAAAGCACCUAGGAAAAACAAAGAGACAAAAGUACGAAAAGCAAAGUACUACAGCUAGCACAGUUACCUUCUUCCCCUCAAACCAAUACCUCUGAACUGUUACGAACACUCAUUUGUAUAUACUCACCGGUGUGAAAAUUGUAUGAUAUGCAAUGUAUACGAAACUGCAAUGUAGACAAAACUUUGAUAUAAAUAAAGAAUUUAUAUUAAAAAAAGAAAUAGGUUUGGUUUCUUUGGGGUUUGUAUUUAUUUUUCUCCCACCUGUCAGUCAGUCAUUCGUCCAAAGAAUUGACUGACCAGGGAGAGCAGAAGAGACACCAGAUGUAGUAAUCUCAGUGUCCCAAUGCUGAAGCAAUUGAUUGGCUAGCUAGGAGAUCCUCAGUAAUGAUAUCAGGAGGUGGAGCUUGGAUUAGACUUCUUUGUCAGUGUAGAAGGAGAGCAGCAUUCUAAACAUAAUCUUGAUACAAAUUCAAAUUGCCAUUGUGCUGCACACAUACAGAAAUCCUCCAAUAGUAGACGUUUAAUGAACAAAAAUACACAGCUUACAAUGUUUGAUGCUUUGCUCAUUUAAUGGCGUUUCUUGCAGAUGCUUGGUUUAGUAGUCUCCCUGCAGCUACAGGCAGACCCUCCCUAAGCAGGAAGAGCCACUCCAAUCAUAAUUUUCUGUGUCUAGUAAACUACUGUUAAAACAGAUGGUGGCCCUCUUGGAUAAAAUUAGUAUCAGGCAGCCAGAACGGAGCAUUCAAACUUCCAGAUUGACCGCUCUGAGGCACUGGCCUAUGGCUGCAGUGAUUUUUCUUUUAUAAAUUGCUGCAGUUCUAAGCCACCUUUUUAGAGAGUUGGCACAAGGUACUCUCUCAAAAGUUGUUUUUGCAGAUGGUGUGACCUCUUUAAAGAUUGUUUUUAAGAAAAAUAUAUUGUAUUUUCUCGUGUUGAUCAUUCUGUUUUUUUGUUGAUUUUUUUUUUUUUUUUUUAGAGACUUAAAGCUGCUUUGACCCAGCAACACCCUCCGGUAACAAAUGGCGACACAGGCAAGGGACAGGCCAGUGCAACUGUAAGAUCUCAGCCAGAGGAAACUCAUCCACAGUCAUUACAGCAGCCUGCUACAUCUACCACUGAAACACCGGUAGGAAUCAUAAAGGAGAGACCACAGUGGCGUUAUAAAGGUGCACUCACUCUUGCACAAAGAAUGUAUCAAAAUGAAUUGUUUGUACUCUGUGUAUGCAGUAGACCAUCUUAAAGCAUCUUCUAUUCGAACCCCAACAUCAGUCCAGAAUUCUAGUGAACCUGCAACAGCAAAUCUAGAUUCAACAUCGGGACAAAAAAAUAAAAAAAUCUUGACGAAGUUUGGGAUGCUUUUUGCUCUAAAACAUACAUUGAAUUAAUACGCUACACACAAUAUUUAAAGUACAUGUUCUGUUUGUGCUUACUAUGUAUAUCUUUAAAAAAAAAAAACCUGACUAGUUCUGCAACUUUAACUUUGCAUUUUGACCACUAAUUUUGUUUAUGGGCAAGAAUGAAUGCACCUUUUUAUUUUAAUUUCAGAAUUGUGUAUGUACCUUGUGUUAGAUGAAGUUUGACAAAUGGAAGGAUACGCAAUUUUAGUACAGAGAUUUUUAUUUAUAUAUAUUUUUUUUUUUUCUGGACUAAAUUCCAUGGCAAUUGCUGGACACCCCACAUUUUAAUAUAAAAUGAUACUAAUAUGAAUUCUGUAAAAUACUUCCAGUAGAUACACUUUUCAGUGUAAGAAGGGCCUCUGUUGGCUAAAGUAAAGCUCUGAUUACUAUAUAAGUACUGGAUGCCAAUGAAUUGAUCAAUAGUAGUUACAGGACUCCGUGGAGAUGGAACUUGAAUAAGAAAACGUACUUAUCAAGAUAUAUUGAAUAAAUAAUAGAAUAUAAAUGUAUCAGCUAAUCAUACCAUUACCUCCCAUAUACAGGGGUAGGGAAAAUACAAAAUAGUAGUCCUGUAACUACUAUUGAUCAAUUCAAUAGGCAUCCAGUACUUGUUUGUUUUGUAACCGUAGGUGGCGGCUAUUUCUACAGUGACACAGUGCUUAUGGUAGUCACAUUUGGUCUCCUUAUCCAACUUUAGAGGUUAUUCAUCAUUGUUUAUGGUGUCCACCUAUCAAGUUGUGUCUGAUUUUCUGAUUACUAUGUCUGUUACAAACGAAAGAUUAAUGGGGGGGGGGGGGGGGGAGGGGGGAGACGUUGGGUCAGAAAAAACAAAUAAACAAAACAAAACCAAGGAACACCUUAAACUUGAUGUAUGGUCCUAGUACUUUCAGUAGGGUAACAGUGAAGUCCAACACCUCACUUGACUUCUUUAAACUCCCUAAAUAUUGUUCUCUUUGGAUAUAUUGUAAAGGGUUCUAGGAGUAGAAAUGAACAGGCAGCAAUGAUUAUAUAUUUUUGUGUCUGCUAAUACACUGAUGUAUCUAUAGAUUGACAAAUUAAACCAAGUAUCCAUCAUAUUGCAUGGUAGAGACUCUUUUUAAACCUAUAAGUAUUCAUAAUAUGUUGAAUGAUCGCAUUCUGGUCGUUAAUCCUGUUUUAGAAUGUGAACAAAUGGCACAGGGCUGGUGUGGACAAAAUUCCACUCUUGAUCAGCCUUGAAUUGUGGUCCAUGCCACCACUACGAGUUGUUGGCUAUCACUUGUAUUCCAGAUGAACACCCACAGAUAUCCUACAUUUGUCAUUACAAUUGUUCAACAGCAUAAAUUUAAUUUAAUAUUGUUGCACAAUUAUUUGUCUAACUCAAUCUGCACUUGCCGUUUGUGAUCUAUAAUUUUCCUUCUCACAAUAUCUAGAAAUUUGACAAACUUUUGUCUUAGAGAUAUGUAUGUAAAUUUUACACCAGAAUACUAUUAACAUAAUUAUAUUGCUAUAUCCAUGGUGCAUCUACAAGUCACUUUUGUUUUAUCCUUGUAUCACAUUGCUUUUUAUUUAUCAUAAAGGUCUUUGUUUUAUUAAUUUUUUUUUUUUAACAUUCUUCAGGUCUAUGAUUAGCCUAAUAGAGUGAGCAUUAUUAAAGCAUACAUUUUAUUUUAUUAAUAAUAAUAAUAUAUUGUUAAAGGGACUCUCGAGUGCCAGGAAAACAAUCCUUUUUCCUGGCACUGCAGUUCCCCUCUCCCUCCCACCACCCAUCCCCGGUUGCUGAAGGGGUGAAAACCCCUUCAGUGACUUACGUGAGACCCCCGCCGAUGUCCCUUGGCGGUGGUUUUGGGUUGCCGCCGCUCGUCCCCUUCAUUACGUCAGCCGGCGGAGGUGACUGAUCCCGCCCGCCAGCUGAGGAGACCUAAUGCGCAUGCGUGGCAAUGCUGCGCAUGCGCAUUAGAGCUCUCCAUAGGAAAGCAUUGAAAAGCAUUUGGCGAAUUGAGCGACGCUGGAGGUCCUCACACAGCGUGAGGACGUCCAGCGACGCUCUAGCACAGAAAACCUGGGCUAUGAAGCAGGAAGUGCCCUAUUGUGGCUGUCUAGUAGACAGCCACUAGGGGAGGACUUAACCCUGCAAGGUAAUUAUUGCAGUUUAUGAAAACUGCAAUAAUUACAGUUGCAGGGUUAAGGGUAGUGGGAGUUGGCACCCAGAUCACUUCAAUGGGCAGAAGUGGUCUGGGUGCCUGGAGUGUCCCUUUAAAAUAACAUAUAAGGGUGUCCUGGAGACUGGCUGGGUUUUUUAUUAUAAAAAUUCAAGGUGAUUUUAAAAUUUUAGGCUAAAGUAAUGGAGCUGGACGCAUAGCUAACUUUUUUCCAAUUCGGCUAUUUUGGCCUUAGAUUAGAAAUUCUCUUCAAAUUCUCACUUUAGUGUAUAACCAUGCCAAUCUUCAGAACACCCUUCUGGUCUUGAUUUCAUGUAAUGUGUCAGCCUUUACUACUUUCUGGAAGGCUUUUCCAGUUAUCCACUACCUCUUUUACUCUUUCUGUCCUGAAUGUGUAUAAACUGAUUUUUGAAUGUUGGCUUGUAACACUCAAAUUGGAAGAAGGCAAUAAUCUUAACCUUUUUAUUUGAGGCAAUCAAUAAUCAAUUUAAAUAAAUUGCCAUGACAUAUUAAAAGUAAUCAUUUUACAGUUAAUGUAGUAUAGUCAGUUUUGCUAUUCACCUGGUGCACUGUUUUUGCAGACUGUAACUUGUAAACUGGUCUUCAACCGUGAGGCACCAACUGUCUCACCCUUGUUUGUUGCAGGCUUCACCAACUCCCCCCACACCACAACCUCAAAGCACAGGGGGGCGCCGGAGGAAAGCAGCAAGCGAUGACCCAGAUGAAAAGAGGAGAAAGUUUUUAGAACGUAACCGUGCAGCUGCCUCAAGAUGCAGACAAAAGAGGAAGGUUUGGGUUCAGUCAUUAGAGAAGAAAGCAGAGGAUCUGAGUUCAUUUAAUGUGCAACUACAGGUAGUUUAUGUUUUGAUUAAAAUAAAAAAAAUAAACAAUUUAAAGCACUAAUAUCAAUUAUUCUAUUGCAAUUUCACCAGUAGAUCAUAUAUUCUAUAUUUUGUAGUCCUCAUUUACAUUCUUUAACCUGUUCUUUAAACCCUUGAAAUCCCUCUAUCAACCUCUCCAUUUUUAUUUAUUUAUUUUUUUCUUAAAUUGUUGGACCAGUUUGGAACUCUAGUGCCUCCUGGGUGUUUCUUGAGUACCGCAAUGGGUGAAAAAUCUGUGGAACUGUAAAUGAAUUCCUGUACUAUAUUCCUAUUUCUAAAUGCUAUUUUAUAUUUUAAAUACUUGCCAAUGAGACCAUAAGAUUGCACUGUGUGGGCUUAAAUGCCAUUGGGUCCGCUGGAUAGGGUGCUGGACUGUGAGGCACGCUCUGGAGGGGGAAUAUGUGGGUCAUAAUGGUUAUUUUAGUGGGAGCUAGUGGUUGAGAACCAUGUACAAGUCCUAAGUGGUCUGUCGGACUAACACUUUUGCAUCUGUAUCGAUCAACAAAAUUGGUCUAGAAUUGCCUACCUUAUUAGGAUCCAGUCCAUCUUUAGGUAAUAAUAUGAUGAUGUCCAUUGUCCUAUAUGGUGAUAAGAGGUUUGCCUUUCAUAGCUGCGUUAAAGAGCGUGGCCAAAUGGGGAAUGAGUAUCCCCAAAUGUUUUAUAAUAUACUUGUGGCAGAAAUGCCUCUGCCACAUGUUCUUGGAGGGGCCUGCUUUCCAGCCUCAGGACUAUGGGCCUUGCAAUAUACCUUGCCAAAUGCCCUUUAAAAGUCCCAGUUCAUGUUAUUUAUGUACUUUUGUACUCCAGAGAGAGACUGACAGUUAGCCCUGAUUGCAUGGAACUGUUUUGGGCAUAGGACCAUGUCCAUGGUCGGUCAAAAUUAUGACUUCCAUGGAAAUCUCGAACCGCUGAACCCAUCUGGGUGACUUUUGGAUAUGUUGGUCCCCCAGAUCCCCCACUUUUGUGGGGUUUCCAUGUGUAUUAGGGGUACUUUUGGGGUGUUGUAUUGCAUGUUUUUACUGAGAGAGAAUUUAAUUAUAUGUUUGUGUAUUCAAGUAAGUAUCCCACAUGGGAGGUAUUACCCUGUUUUGUGUGGGAGUAUCCUGGACCUGAGAGUUUAUGUAAUUAUGUGUAUGCUGUACUGUAGUCUCCUCUCAGGUCCAGUGGGGAAUGCCCCUGGAAUAUGUAUUAGAAAACCCCUUGCAUGGGGAUAAACAUAAAAGGCUGUGUAUGAUCCCAUUUAAGUCAGUUCCUGUUCUACCCUCAAGCUGUGUGUGUCUGCUGUUCUUAGGGGGAGAGGAACAUCUGUGGUUUGGAGGUGGGAAGGUGGUGUUCGGACGGGUGUGCUCAGUUGGGGCACAGGGGACCCAUCAGAACACUCAACUGAAUCCAUCAGGAUCUGGGACUUUUUAGUUUAAGGAGGACAUUGCUACUGAGAUUUCUUCUUCUAAUUUCUUUAUUCAACUUCUCUAGAAUAUUACUUGGUAUAAAAGGCAGAGAUGUUGUAUUUAGAUAUCUCUGCAGUGUAUUCUGAUGUUCAUCAUUAGUUAGUUUGUAGGUCAGUGGUUGUAUGAGUGCUAAUAGUUUUGGAAUAUGGAGUAUAUAGCUUCUGAUGAAUUCACUACUCCACCCCCAGGACUUCUUAAUGCGGUUAUGGGUAUACUCCUGAAGUGUAUAGGAUCCACUCUUCCACUGAAGAUUUGUCCUUCAGUAUGGUGACAUUGUUUCCUUGACUAAGGUGUUGGAGAUAAAAAUCCUUUGUGUCAUGCUAUGUCUGUGUGGUCAGACCAGGGGAUGUUAUUUAUGUCAGAUCUUUGUACUAGAGGUAUAGUUCUGGGGGAUAUUAGAAACUUGUCCAUACGUGAGUAGGUCCCAUUUGGAGCUGAGUAGUGUGUAGUCUGCCAUCUUUGGAUGUUGGGCUCUUCAGAUAUAAAUUACACCACAUGAAUCUAUACAACAUUUUAGUAGUAUUUAUUUUACAUUUAAUAAGAUAAUAUUUAUUUGUUGAUGUGAGAAUCCAAUAUCGGUUGGUCUUUCUUACUAUCACCCAACCUGAUAGCCUGGGACUAUGGCAACAUCUCCAGUGCAGUUUCCUGUUGUGAAGGGGAUAGGAAAGGGGGAAAACAAAACUAUAUGACAAACUGUAUAUACAACAAAAUUUGCUUGGUCUCACCCUUUGCCAGGUGAUUGUAGGAGUGGCACUACCUCGUUUGCAAAAAAUCACUGCCUUCCAGUAGGUGAGAGGUAACUCUGACCUAACUGUGCUUGUAAUUAUGAAGAACAGCAGUUCUUACGGUUGCAUUAUUAAGAACAGUAUUGCUUUAUACAUUGAAUAGUGUGAAUUGAUGCCUUUCUCUAGAGAGCAAUGGUGUAAUCUGUUGGUUCUCUUACUGUGUCUGUACUCAUACCCAAGUGAGUCCUGUAUUGGGCCCCUUUCAAAUAAGUGGCAACUAAACCUUCAAGCUUGUUACUUUUUACAGUAUUAAUGUUCUUAAGUGAUGGUUGUCAUUUCAUCCUCAGGCUGGAUAUGUCUUCUUAUUGAAUAGAAGACCUAGUUCUGAUACUUAUUGUGACAAACGUCCUUAUUCCAGUAUCCCCUUAAUAGUGUUAUGGUUGUUUUGUGGCGUAUUUCCCAUUAUAAACUGCCUUCUCCUUUCCCUUUUGUUACGGGGGUGUGUGUGUGUUCAAUAUAAGUGGAGUGUACGUUAAUGUAUGCACUGUAGAUAUAGGCUAGUGCCCCUUGGGAGUGUCCUAGCUGGUGUGCUGUUUCUUCAGGCUGGGUGUGUAGAUGCUGAGGGUUCUCCUGAGCAAUACCAGUCCUGUGGUACGUAUGACAGGGUCUCUGCAGUUCCUAGCAGUGGAAUUUCAAUCUCUAUAUUCACAAUGCUUACAGGAAAAACUAGAGACCUCAAAACAACUGUAGCUUAAUGAAGCCAUUCUGGUGCAUAGAUCAUGCCCCUGUACUGCCUACUCCAUUCUCUGCCAUUUAGGAGUUGAAUCCCGUGUGCUUGUUUAUGCAGCCCUAGCCAUACUUACCCAAAACCUCUUCAGGUUGGAAAGAUGGGAGCUAUAUGUCUGUUUAACCAUAAUUUACCUCCUUAAUAUUGAGUGCACCCAUACUUUAUUAUAUAUGACUUUUUUCCUUGCGUAAAGUGGCAUAUUUUAAAUGUGCUGGGCCCCCUGCAGAAUACAGGUAGCAUGAGCUGCACCAUUCCUCAGGACCUCCGGCUCCAGCCAAUGUGAUCUCCCUCCUCCAAGGCCACAGGUGAGAUACAGGGAGGGGGGAAUAAAACAAUACAAUUAAUGGAUGGAGAAAAAAACUGUAGGCUUUUCCCCCCACAUUUUGCAGCCCCAUACAUUUACACACACUAUACACAAACAUUUACACACACUAUUCACUAACAUUUACACACACUAUUCACUAACAUUUACACACACUAUAUCCUUACACAAACAUACACUCUGCAGUCACUACACACACUCUGGAGUCACUACACAAACACACACACUCUGCAGUCACUACACACACUACAUCCUUACACGAACACACUCUGCAGUCACUACACACACUACUUCCUAACACAAACACACAUUCUGCAGUACCAACACAAACACACACACACUUUGUAGUCACUGCACACACUACAUCUACUACACAAACACACAGUGUGCAGUCACUAUACACACAUUAAAUACUUACACAAACACACACUAUGUAGUCACUAUACACACACUACAUCGACCACACAAAGUUACUCUGCAUCCACACACUGUAUUCACUAAACACUACACAUACACACUACAUCCACUACACAAACACACACUCUGCAUUCACUAUACACAUCGCAUUUAAUACACACAAACACUACAUCUACUACACAAACACACAUACACACUCUGCAUUCACUAUAAACACACACUACAUCCACACUCUGCAUCUAAUAUACACCUCAUACAUUACACAAAUGUACAGUCUGCAUCCGCUAUACACACUGCAUCCAUUAAACACACACCGCGUCCACUUAACACACAAACUCUGCAUCCACUACACACAUUCUACAUCCACUAUACACACACCAGAAUCAGUACAGACACUGCAUCCCUGUGGGCGGACUCGGGGGUCGGGGGUAGCACUUUGGGCGGACUCGGGUGCAGGCACCGGGGGGCCCAGACCUUGAGCUGUGUCAGGGGCCCCAAAAUUUCUGAUGGCAGCCCUGAGAACAGGUACUCUGUGUCACCAGCCCUUCUACUUGGUGGUGAGGUUUUUGAGGUUGGAAUUUAUAUUAAAUCUCUCUUGGAAACUUAACCUGUAUUGCAUGCCUCCUAAUUUUAGAAAAUUUGUGUUUUUCUUCUCAUUUGUCUACAGAAUAUGUCCAGUCCUGCUUCACCAGAUAAAGCUGAGAAAGAUAAAAUGUCAGCUCCUAUCCCUAAAAAGGCCACAUGCAAAACGAAACACUUGUGGUGUUCAGAAUGUACGGUCCCUGUACCUGACGGGUGUAGGAAAAAGACCUGUAAUCAAUGCUCGACGGAAUUGCCAGACCACACCUUAAAGUCAUUUAACGAUACAAUUAAAAAAGACAGCGGGUCUGUUAAUCUUCAAGACAGACAGGAAAAGAAACGAAUGAGAGAAAGAUCCCCAUCCCUGUCUGAGCUCUCAUCACGUGAAUGUUCAUAUUCUUCCCUUUUGGAAGUUUCCAUUUUGGCCUCAAGUGUGGAUGAGGGAUUUCCACAAGAGGAAUUGAAAAAAGUUAUCAGGGAAGUAUCGGCGAUUUGUUCAGGAAAAUUAACCUACCCAAGGGUUAUGAAACUACUGCAGAGAGAGUGGACAACCACACUUCAAAAAACUGUUUAAACUACAGACUGAGGAAAAGUGAGAAGUACUUCCAAAAGUUGAUAUCUAGGUGGCACAAUUAUCAAAGAAAACCAUGAUGGUGAGGUUUCUAGUUUAAUAGAUCCCAUGGAUCAGCGGGGCCAAAACAUUGAGCAGAAUAUUUCAGGCAGCAGGUUAUUAAUGCAAAGCCGGAAUAUAUGGUUCAGAAGUUCUAAAAGCCCAAAGGAUGUGGUUACAAGCCUUAGAAGAAUCCCUUAUGGGAAAAUCAGAGAGAGACCCAACCCACCUGUUUGUUCUGAAACUUUCUAAUGCAUUUCUAUUGAGUGUCUCUGAGAUGCCACGAUUAUCGGCUUGGAUAAUGGGUUUAUCCUCGUUAGCCAGAAGAGCCUUAUGGCUCAGAACAUGGACGGCGGAUUCAGCUUCAAAAUCUGCUUUAUGUGAACUACCUUUUCGAGAGGAACAAAUUAUUUGGCACUCCUCUUGAAGAGAUAAUAAAACAUGUCUGAAACCAAAGAUUUUGCCUCAGGAUGCCAGAUAUUCAGGAUCUUAAUCCAAUAAAAGAUCUCUGUUCACGGGACAGCGUUUCUUUCGCUACCAGGAACAAUUUCCGAGAUUUCGCAAACAGAAUAGAAACACCAGAUUCAGGGAUCUCAAUAACAAAGACAAAUGCCAAAUGAGUGGGAGGUCGCCUUCGGUUCUUUUCUCAGAUAUGGAGGGAGACGACCUCAAACAAUUGGAUAAUAAAGACCAUAUCAGAGGGUUGCAGGAUACGUAUUUCAACAAUGCCAAACCCAUUUUUUCCAUCUUUUAAAGUAUCCAUUUCAAAAGAAAUCAGAGGCCCUCCUAGCAGAAGCCCUGCUUCUUUUAUGCUAGGACAUUAUAGAAAAAGUACCCAAAUGCCAAGAGGGCGUUUACUCUCUACAAGUGGGUUGUUAGGGUUCUACAGUCCUAUCCUAGACCUCAAAGAUGUCAAUGCAUGCAUCUCUUAUCAGAGGUUCCGUAUGGAAAAUAUCUUGUCAGUCACGCACAUCCUGCAGAAGGGGGAAUUUAUGGCAAAGAUAGACUUGAAGGAUGCCUACCUCCAUGUUCCAAUGUCGGUAUUUUCUCGGUAGUUCCUAAGGUUUGCAAUACUAGCUGGAAAAGGAAAAAGUCUUAAUUUUCAGUUCAAGGCCCUACCAUUCUGCCAAUCAGCCCCUCGUAUCUUUACAAAGAUCCUGGCUCCUCUAGCAGAAACCUUACGUAUAAGAGGUGUGACAAUAGUUCCUUACCUAGACGACUGGUUCUUAAAACCAGAAUCAGAACUUCUGCUUUUAGACCUCAAAAUAACCAGGAGGUUUUUAACAGAUCACGGUUGGCUUUUAAACCUACAAAAAUCUCAGAUUCCUUAAUCAAUGGAAUUCCUGGGACCUUUGGUGGAUUUAAGGUUUCUAUCUCUCUUUCUUCCUGUGUCAAAGCAAAAAGGAAUUAGAAAGGCAGUUUCAAGCUUGCAAAAUAAAAAUGUUUGCACCAUCAGACAUGCCAUGAGUGUCCUGGGACUUCUCACCUCUGCGAUCCCAGCAGUUGGAUGGGCAAAAACAGAAAUCAGACUUUUACAUGGAACACUCUUGCGGAACAGUCAAGAAGAAAGGAAGACUUGGAUGCAGUUAUCUGCCUGUCAAGCACAGUAAGAAAACUAAAUUGGUGGAAAGAUGCAAACAACCUUUCCAGAGGCCUUUCAUUCGAACAAAAUAAAUGGAUUACCAUCACAACAGACGCCUCCCAGACUGGUUGGGGCGCCCAUCUAGAUUUACCGUUCAUUCAGGGGAAAUGGACUUUUAAAGAAGCAAGAUUCCUCAAACUUCAGAGAGCUGAAGGCAGUUAUGAAUGCUCUGGUAGCUUUCAGUCCUGUCAUUGCAGACCAAGCCAUAAGGAUUUAGUCAGACAACGCCACCACAGUUGCUUACUUAGAUCGUCAAGGAGGCACAAGAGUAAAAUCUCUUCAGGAUCUAUGCUACCAUAUCAUGUCUUGGGCACAGUCAAACGUAAACUCACUCUCAGCAACUCCUAUCAGAGGUACUCAGAAUGUCAUUGCAGACAACCUCAACAGACAACGUUGGUCUCAAGCAGAUUGGUCUCUAAAACCCCAGAUGUUCUCGAGACUGGUAUUCCGAUUCGGCUUACCAGACAAAUAAAAACAGAAAAGUCCCACUCUUUGCUUCUAUCCAGGCACUGGGUUUUCCAGACUUCCUAGACGGCUUGUCCCUCACCUGGAACUUCCACAUGGGAUACGUUUUCCCUCCGGUAGCCUUGAUACCAAGAAUAAUUCAAAAGAUCAGAUGGGACAAAGCAAGGGUUCAAGCUGUUGUUCCCUUCUGGCCAAACCAAAGCUGGUUUUCCGAAAUAGAGUGUAUGACAAUUUCAUGAGAAAUUAAUUGAGAAUGUGGAUCUUCCAGAAGAGACCCUGGAAAUGUUAAAAUUGACAGCAGGGUUGCUGCAAGGAUGAUCCUCCAUGAGCAAGGGCUUUCAGACAAUUUUAAGUGAGGUUAUUUUGGCAUCUGUCCAUUCAUCAACAUCUAAGAUUUAUCUUGGAUUUGGAUAACGUUCCUGAACUGGUGUGUUCUGAAAGGCUGCUGUCCAGAUGAUCCCUCUAUCCCUGAUAUUCUGUCUUUCCUGCAGGAUGGGUUUCUCGGUGUAUCAACACUUAAAGUACAGAUUUUAGCAUUGAGUCACUUCCUUGUGCGGGAUCUAGCUUCCAACCUUCUUAUCCGCAGAUAUUUUAAAUCAAUCUUGCUGAAACGACCUCCUAAGUGUUCAACUUUUCCUUCCUUGGAUUUGUCGUUAGUCCUUCAGGCUCUUUGUGAACCUCCAUUUGAAUCAUUACAAGAUGUUUCCUUGAAGAAACUUUCACUCAGGACGGUCUUCUUUGUGGCUAUCAUUUCCGCAAAGAGGAUAGGAGUACUACAGGCUUUUUCUUCAGCUUUUGAGUUUACCAUUUUCCACCAAGACAUGCAUCCCAGGCCUUCCUUUUUACCCAAAGUUAUUUCAAGGAUAUCUAUGGGCCAACCUAUUGUUUUGCCUUCCUUCUGCCAGUCUCAAUCUUCGGAGGUGGAAAGAAAGUGACAUCUUCUAGAUGUUAAGAGCUUUGGAAAUCUAUCUUCGGAGGUCACAGGACUUUAGAAUCUCAGAUCACCUCUUUGUCACAUUUCAAGGCUCUUGUAAAGGUAGAGAAGCCUCCAGACCUACAAUUGCCAGGUGGCUAACAGAAGCUAUUAAAAGCACACUCUGUGAUGGCUACCUCCUGGGCAGAAAGAUCUGCAGCUUCUCCAGAAGACAUCUGUAAGGCAGCUACUUGGUCUUUAUUCCAUACCUUCAUAAAGCAUUAUAGGCUGGACAUAUUCUCUCCCUCCUGAACCAGCUUUUGGGCGAAAGGUGCUUCAAGCAGUAGCCUACUGAAUUCCCACCCUAUUUUGUUGCAGGGACCUUGCUAUAUUCCACCUGUUUGCAGUACUGCCACUAUACGUGAAGAAAACCAGUAAUUUUACUUACCGUAAAUUCCUACUUCCUUAGUGUAGUGGGGGGGAAGCUUCUUUUUCACAGAAGAAGGUAUAACCCACUUGUUUGCAGUACUGCCACUAAACGAAGGAAAAAGUAAAUUACGGUAAGUAAAAUUACUGUUUUUGAUCACUUUUUUUUAGAUUUUCUGAGAGCACGAGAUAUUAAGAUAUUUUAUUUUUCAAGAUCUGCCAGGCAUCUUUACUGAAUGUCAUAAUACUGUUAGUUUUUACUGCAAUAAAAUACACAUUUAUGUUCAUUUAUGUUCAGUGAUUUCUCAGGGGUACUACAGUAACCACCGUGUACAAGUUUUAUUGGGCUUUGAAAAGUUACAGGGUUAAAUAUAGGGCUUUCCACUUUUUAGUCUAUAUACCUUAAAUGUUGACAGAUUGGCAAAAGGUCCAAAUUGUAAUUUAAUAAAAUCACAUAAUUAUGUAAAAAGAUUACAUAUAUAUAUAUAUAUAUAUAUAUAUAUAUUAAUAUUAUAUAGAAUUGUAUUUAUUUUGUGUGUGUGUGUGUGAAUUUAUGUAUGUAUUACCCCCACAAUGUGUGGGGACUGCUUGGGUUGUAAGUUGUAAGGCAGUCUCCCCAACCAGGAUCGCUGGGGUAGGUUAGUAUAAGGAUCCGCAAACUGCUACAGAGUGCUAUGCCACAGUAAUGGGUUUUAAGCCACUUGUUGCAGGGUGGCAUAGUACAGUGUUAAGUAAGUGUUUAGGAAAUCUUACUGAUCCCAGCAUGUUCUGGCUGCUUAAGAGUGGUUUGAGUCUGACUGCUUACAGGAAACAGCCAAUACAUGCUGGGAACUCACUGAUCCCAGUUUGUAUAGUGCUGUUACUGAUAGGAGUGUGAUUGCAGACAGCUAUCACUCUGUCAGCCAACCCAGUACAUUACAGUAAAUUAUUCGCUGUUUCACCUGCAUUCAGCUGAGCCCCGCAUGUGGGGACUUACAGAAAGGGGUGACAUGAGGCCACAAAGUGCCACUUCACUAGCUGGCAGCGAGAGUUUCCAGAUGCAGAAGACUGCAUGUAGUGAGAGGUGAGUAAAUUACAAGGCUGAUGCAGACUAUCAGCUCUAAUAUUAGGCUCUAUACCUAAUGGCAUGUUCUUGCCAUCGGGCUGCAAACUCAGAACAUAUCUUACAUUCUAAAGGUACUAGGAUGUUGCGGUCUUCCUUGCCCCUUCCUCAAGAUUGUAAUGUGACUAUGGUAUCUCAAGAUACUUGUAGCUGUUCUUUACAUCUCCUGUUGGGCCUUCUGGCACUUCGACUAUUUUAGUCCUGAUAAUCUUCCCUCUUUUUCUUAUCAUCUGCCCACACUUUAGUCCAAACGACAUUUCAAUGUCAUUGCUGUACAUGCUAGCUAGGUGGAUCAGUGAGUCUAUGCCCUUCUUACUCUUAACAUACAGCUUGAUGCCCUCUAUAUAGAGCAGAUGGCUGAUGGUAGCUCCACUCUUGAACUGUAUCCAUAUACAAUCUUCAAGAUAAUCUGAUUGUGGCAAAAAAAACAUUGGGGAUAGCACAUCACCUUGGUAUAUGCCACAUGUUGUGUUCACUUGUGCAAUUGUUCUGGAGUUGGCAUCUAGAUUUGUUCUCCACUUGCCCAUAGUUAUUUAUGAAGGCUCAUAUUCUCUUGUUGACCUUUUAUAGAACCAAGCAUACCAGUUUCUGUAUGGGGCAUUGUCAUGUGCUUUCUUGUAGUCAAUCCAAGCUGUAGACCUACUGGUCUGUCUGGUCUUUGAAUCCUAUGUGACUGCUUGGUCCAACAGUAGCCGUGUUCUGUGCCUUAGAAGGGGACUGGAAACACCAGAGUAUUGCUCGUGUACUGACUCACAUGCCCAUCAGUCUUGAAAGCUAUGAUCCCUGACAGAACCGUUCCUGUUGUGGUAAGAGCAGGUGAUAGGUCUAAUUAUAUUGCGGUGUUCCCUUCUAAGGGUCCCUAAUGACCAUUAUUGUUCUGCUUUGUGUUAGCCAGUCAGGAUGGCUGCCUGUUUCUAGUAGGUGACUAGUGCUGCUAGACAGUCAUGCAGCGUUGUUGAAUUAUUUAUUCAGUAGGUGUGGCUCCUGUCAGGUCCUGGUGCUUAACCACACUUCAUGUGGGCUACACAUUGUUGGAUAUCUCCGACUAUGAGCAUGCAUUGGUCUUUUUUUCUGGUCUAGUAGCCACUUGUUGUUGCUUUUCCCUCCGACCUGUUCCUCCAGUACCAUUCUGUCUCGUCUCUGGGUGGAUCUUGAGUGACUUUGCUGUUACCCUGCAGCUGUGCCGGGUAGAUGGAGAAUUCUCUUAGCUUCUGCUUUUCUGCAGUAUCUACUCAGACUGGUUGCCAGUGCUGUCAGCCUUUGCUUAGCUAUUUCUAGAGCCUCAGAUAUGGAUAUACCCUUGAAUAGCCAGGACCUACCCUUGAGCAUUCCAUAUCUGUGAAGUUGAUCCAGCUUACUAGCUUCCAUAUGUGAGACUUGUCUUCCAGUCUGUCUCUUUGGUGGGCAUGGUUUCUCUUUCAACACAAGUAUGUAGUCCCGCUAUUGGAGGACCACAAGUGCUGUGGCAUGUAUGAGCUUGUUGGUCUCUGUGACGGUGUUGAAUGGGAUUGUAGAUAGUGCCUCAUUAUCUGCUGCUAGCAUACUGUCUGGUGACUCCAGUGAUCUUUUGUAGUAUUGUCCGGUGGUCAAGGACUGCUAAGUUUUCUGUGAUGAGUUUGAUGUUAUGUCCUCUUGGGACACAUAUGCAGGUGGCAGCCUUCUGUAGGUAUGAAAGUCUCUUCCUCCUCAUGUCCUCAUGAGUGUAUGUAUGUAAUGGAUAUAGAAAGCGAGAGUACACUCUUUGAAUUCUAUCAUUUUACAUAUCAAUACCUAACAAUCAGGUUUUUUGGGGGGGGGUUUGACGGUGUUAAAAUUGGGUAAAUACAACUUCGAAUGAACAAUAACGCAUGACAUUACACAAUGUCAUGAUUGUCACAUCAUGCCUUGUUCUGGUGAUGGGUUCAUUCCAUUAUUCUGUACCUGGAAUUCCCAGUCUCCUGGAUUCAUUUAUAUGUUUGUUUUAUGUAAGUGCUAUUGUGGUUUAGUAUGGUUCUUUUAGCGAACAUUAGGCAGUGUAGGACCUGCCGAAUAUGGGUUACAUUGGUGUUGUGGCAGGCUUAUGUAAUGUAUGAUCAUAUAAUGUAACUAAAUCCCCAUACUUUUCAUAUAUAGUGCUUAGUUAUGUCUCCUCUUGUUUUGCCUAUUAUAUCUUGUCUUGUUUUAUUUUGUUUAUCCCAGUUCAUGUACAGUCCUGUCCUGCCCUGUUCUUGUUUUCCUCAUGUCUUGUGUACAUGUUCUGGGUUCUGCUUUCUGUCCUGCUCUGGUUCUGGGUUCUAUUAGUUCUGUCUUGUUUUCAUGUUUGGUGACUAUCCUAACCUUGCCUUGUUUCAGUACUGGAUACAUCUUAGCAUUCAUCUGCUCUGGCUUCCACUAAGCUGCAACAGGGUCUUGGUUUGUGGCCGCACAAAUGCUGGUGCUCAACACCAGGGGGCGUGCGGUUACCCUGCACCGAGCCCUGUAAUCCACUUCCACCCUGAAGACUCCCACUUCUCAUCAGGCACUCAGGGGUCCCGGUUUCCGUACCGCCACCCGUGACAAUGAUUUAACAAAAAUAUAGCCAAAAUGGAGAAGCCGUGUGUACAAAAAGACCACCUUAUGAUUUUAUAGCUUGUAGAAUGACCUGAAUAGCAAUAACUUGUAGUAGUAAUUUUCUGUAUGACUGUCAGUCUCACAUCUUUGUAUUGGAAUUUUGGCCCACUCUUCUUUACAACGUUGCUUCAGUUCAUUGAGGUUUGCUGUCAUUUGUUAUGCACAGCAGUUUUAAGGUCCCGCCAUAGCAUUUCAGUCGUCUUGAGGUCUGGUCUUUGACUGGGCCAUUGCAACACCUUGAUUUACUAUUCCUUUCAAGCGAUUUGCUGGUGUGCUUUGGAUCAUUGUCCUAUUGCAUGACCCAAUUUCGGCCAAGCUUCAGCUGUUGAACAGAUGACCUCACAUUUGAUUCUAGAAUACUUUGGUAUACAGAGGAGUUCAUGGUCACUCAAUGACUGCAAUGUUCCCUAGUCCUGUGAUUACAAAACAAACCAAAAUCAUCACCCCUCUACCACCGUGCUUGACAUUUUACGAGGUGUUUGCUGAUAUGCUGUGUUUUGUAUUUUUGUGUAUUGUGCAUUAUGGCCAGAUAUCUCCACUUUGGUCUAGUCUGUCCAUAAGCCCUUUUUCCAGAGGUAUUGUUUGUCCAGAUGCAACUUUGCAAACUUAAGCCAUGCUGCUUUUUAGAGUGAAUAGGCUUUCUCCCGGUAACCCUUCCAAACAAACCAUACUUGUUCAGUCUUUUUCUAAUUGUACUGUCUUUAACAUUUAACAUGUUAACUGAAACCUGUAGAGUCUGAGAUGUAACUCUUGGGUUUUUUUGCAAUUUCUCUGAGCAUUGCACAGUCUGAUCUUGGGGUGAAUUUGCUGAGACAUCCACUCCUUGGAAGAUUGGCAACUGUCUGGAAUGUUUUUUUUGUUGUUGUUGUUGUUUCACUUUUGAAUAAUCUUCUCACUGUAGAAUGAUGGCCUUCAAAAAUUUGUUUGGAAAUGGCCUUAUAGCCAAUUCCAUUUUGAUGGGAAGCAACAAUUGCCUCUCUAAUAUCUUCGUGAUUUCUUUCCUACUUGGCAUCUGAAUGCUCCUGACCAGCAAACUGCUAAACAUUUGGCUUUUAUAGAGGUGGUCACACUUGCUGAUUGAUCAAGGGCAUUUUUGAUUAGCAGCACCUGUCUGCUACUUAGCCUCUCAGGAGGCAGAAAGGGUUUACUUAGUUUUUUCACACAUGGCUUCUUUAUUUUUGUUAAAUCAUGGCAUAUGGUAAUAUGUCACAUUUUGUUCAUUUGAGGUUGAAUUUACCUAAUUUUAAGUCCUACUAAGGAGCUGAUUAUUCUGUCCUGAUAUGUAAAACCAUAGAAUUCAAAAAGGGUGUACUUUCUUUUUCCCAUGACUGUGUAUACUUGAAUCCGGCGCAACCGUGCCAUAUGGUAGUGCGAGGGGUUAAUCACACCGAGUGUUGUGGCUCUUGCCUUUCUCCAGUUUGACUCUGCCCCCAAGAGAUGAGGUGUAUGUAUUAGCCGGUGUGCAAACUAUUCUCGUGAAUGACCCUUGAGAGAGCAAGGGCUGCUCUGAUCACAUACCUUCUUCUUGGGAGGCUGGAAAAUUCUUAAGGGAGACUAGAACUUUUUAAUUUGAACCUUGUGGUUUUAAGGCAUAACAAACCGUAAGGAGAAAAACAGACAAGCUGCUGCCAAUAAAAUUUCUAGCACAAUGUGGAAAUCAUGUUAAAGCCAUAUGGCUACUUAAAUUCUCUAAUAAUAUUAACCCUAACAUUCCAGUAUCUGCAUCUCCUCUUCUUAUAGGUUUCUAAUGUAUUUUUAAGACCUUUUUAUAUCUUCCUAGCAGGAUAUAUCUUUAACUGAUUAGUACCUAAACCCCAGGUUGACAUGAAAAGGAAAAAACACAUGUCAACUUGAGGGCUACUAUUGACCAUAGUUCCAUGCAAAUCUUUUUUGUGGCUUUUGCGUUCUUAAAUUGUAUGCAACGCACCUCAAAUUUGGUUGUCGAAUACUUUGGUUAUUUUAAUACUUCAUGCUUGUAUUAAUUUAUAGUAGUGAUAUUUUUUUUAUUUAUUUAAAGAUUGGCACUGUGUACAUUUGAAAACUACAUUCCCUAUAAAUUUUUGCCAGGUUUUAAGUCCUUUGUCAGUACCUCGACUUUUUAGUAGCUUGAGGUUUUUAAGCUGGGCAACCAUUAUCGGAAAAAGUAAUUACAAGAGUAAUUAUCUGUGUCAUAGAUCUAGACUUUUAUUAUAAUUAAGAUGAGUAUUCAUAGCAAGCUUGAAUAUUUUAGGGGAAAAAGUAAAGGAAAACUGGGGGGAGUGGGAUCUAAUGUUAAUAUUGUUUUUAUUUAUUUUUUAAUGCUAAAAUAUACUUAAAAUGGCAACUGCCAUGGAACACAGACAGGAAAAGACUUUGUGCUGAAAAGGAGGUAUGAUAUUUCGUCCGAUUUGGUCAGAAGCAAUGAAGACCAUGUGUAAUUGGACCAACUAUAAGCAACCUGAAUUUAUUUUUUGAGAUGUUUGAGAGUUUCACAUGAUGCCAGUAUGUGUAAAUGAGCACUGUACAUUACCACUACAAGCACCAAUUCAGCUUUAGCUUAGUGGUAUGGUUUUGGUAUGUAGUCUCAUUGCUUAAUUAUCUACCAUUUAGGAGUUAAAUAACUUUGUUCAUACAGCCUUUCCCACACCUCGCUGCAUGUGACUUGCACAACCUUCCUAAACAAUCCUUAAAAAUUUCCUAUAUAUUAGAUUCCCUUAUAGCACAGUCUCUUUAAUUUAGAAUUCUUAUCUUCUGCUCUGUUAAUAGCUUGUUAAUAGAGCCUUCUGUGUGUGAUUAAAGUUCAAUUUACAGAGCAUGAGAAAAUCUUUUAAUGUCCCCACUGAGCAAUAUAUUCUUUAGAUUUACAACUGUUUAGUCAUGUAUGGAUUGUGUGUAUGUGUGUAUAUAUUAUAGUGAGAUGGUUGUGGAUGGGGAAAUUUAUUCCCCCUUUUAAAUUUUUCUUCUGUAUCCUUAACCCUGUUUUUUUUUUUUUCCCCAAAAUGUUUUUAUUUUAUUAUGUUCCACAAUUUUUAGUCAACAUUUUAAUGAAUUUUUUUCAAAAUAUUGUCUGUGUAGCAUUUAAUACCUAUAAUAAUUUGUCAAUUUUGGAUUUACUACGUUUUUCAUAAAUCUUCAACACUUUUGGGGAAAACUUGAAUUAUUAAAAGUUUACACGUUAGUUACUGAAAUCAAUAUAAAAAAAAAUUCAGUUCUGUGUAAAUAAACAAACUUUUAUUUUUUAAAGGUGUGCUUUUGCUUUUUUUUUUUUUUUCCUCUGUUCAUGUUUGUAACGGACCGUUUCUCUCAAACAGGGAUAAAAUCCGUUUAGGCGAUAAUCCCCUUUCCCAUAGACCAGCAGCUAUUGCAAUCACCAACCUCCCGAACUCCAAACUGUACGAAUCCCCAACUCACGAACAAGAAAUACACGAACUCUGGAAGCAGCCGAACAGGAAAAGCAAUACAACGGCUUACACUCCUGGCAGUCAGCACACAAUCCAAUUCCCCCAAUAACGAGACGACACUUCGUUUUGAGGGUUAAGCAGAAUCUAAGGAUUUAUUCACACAGCCUCCUUUUAAGACAUUCUCCCAUGCAAGGGAGGGAUCCACAACAAUUAGUACCCCAGCCAAUAAUGUACCAGUUACCUCCCACACAUCUCCUCCCCUUAGUGUGACACAUAAUCCCAUUAGUACAGACACAAAUUCCCUGGGAUACUGGAUGUACCCCUAAACAUAGGAAUACCCCUUUAAAUGUUACAUCCCCUGGUAACCCUGAUCUGGGUGAGACACAUAUCCAAAAAUCACCCAGAUCGGACCAGGGGUUCAGGAAUUAGAAAGGGUUAAAGUUUUGACCGACUGCAUGGCAAAAGUAUCCGAAAAUAGUUCCAUGUAUUUUGGCCCUGCAGUCGGUCACAGAAAAGGGAAUCAAACACACGAAUGGCCUGUGUUACAGAGCUUGGGGAGGAUUCGUAUGAAUCCCCCUGUUCGUGGGAUCCUUUCUACCGAACGGCGGGCCGUUCGGUAGUUUCUGCACGAAUUGCUGGAAGUCUGGAGGUCUCAGCGGUGUUUGCUUAGUCAAGUGUCCGAUUUUAGUUCCAGACACUCGACGGCAAAACACCGCUGUUCGGGAGUUUAAGAUGGCCGCCACCACGUGUUCGUUUCCCGAAUGGCGGCCACCCAGAGGACACAACACAUAGUACACAUAUAGCCAAUUACCCAUUUGCAACAUUGUUGCAAACGGUAAUUGGAGGCACACUUACUCCCGGGUGGUCUGGUUGUUCGGUAGUUUCACCCAAUAUAAUGAAUGAAGUGGUUCUACCGAACAAUCAGGGGAAUGCUGCAUUCACAUAACACUUUAUACCGAACACAUAAUAUUAAAUACAGCCUGAAUGCAAUUUGCUACACAGUCUUAAAAAGGCAUUAUUCCUAACAGGCAGAAUAUGUUCACGGAGGGCCCUUAAAGGGCCAGUAGCAGCAAUAUAAAAAUGUCACAUGCCCAAAUAUUGCAUACAAAAGUACGAAUUCACAAGGGGGCCAUAGUCAGAUGGCAGGAGGCUGGCAACCAGGCUUCUCCAGGGCAUAGUGGCGAGGUUGGUUUCGCCACACUUCUCCCCUUUACCACUCAGACUAACAGGGUAUCUGACCUCCUGCCGGUCAGUGCCCUUGUUAGUCCAGCAGCCCACCCACAAAACACAAUCCGUAAUACAGCCCACCCACAAUAACUGGCUACUACACCAGGGUAGAGUAGAACUUUGUCCGUGUCCAGGUGCCUCACCCUGGCUGCGUGGGGGACUGGUCAGCGUACUGGGUGGGUUGCUGAGUGUACAGAGACCAGCGGUACUCUGUCCUGGUGCCAGCACUACCCUGGGAGCAGUCUGGUUGGAGCCUGGUUGCUGGAGAAGAAGGCAGACUGUCUCCCCUUUGCCUAAACAGUCCUGCUGCUGGGUGACAGGGCCGACUGUCCCUACCCCCGGUGGUGCAUGUGCAGCGACUACUGUCCCAUCUGCACUGUUGUGGAGAUUACUGUCUCCCCUUGGUGGGUUAAGCUGCCGCUGGGGAGAGAGUGUAACAAGCUCCUCUCCCAUACAUACUUUCAGCCGCUGGGGAGAGGGGAUAACAAGCUCCUCUCCCUGACACACUCUCUGCUGUUGAAGGGGGAGACCGACUGUCUCCCCUUUCAAUAAUUCGUCCUGUUGCUGGAGAAAGGUGAUAACUGGUUCCUCUCCCUGGAACACUCUCUGCUGUUGGAGAGGGGGACCAACUGUCUCCCCUUUUAAUAUAUUGUCCUGCUGCUGGGGAGCUAGACCGACUGUCUCCGCUUCCUGCAGGACACACUGCCGCUGGGGAGGAAGGACGGCACCUUCGGCUCCCUGGGGUACACACUGCCGCUGGGGAGGAAGGACUGCACCUUCAGCUCCCUGGGGUAUAUGCUGCCGCUGGGGAGGAAGGACUGCACCUUCUGCUCCCUGGGGUACACACUGCCGCUGAGGAGGAAGGACGGUACCUUCUGCUCCCUGGGACACACACUGCCGCUGGGGAGGAAGGACGACACCUUCUGCUCCCUGGGACACACCUAUGAGUCCCCGUAACGCACUCUGCCUCCGGAUAGGGCGGCUGAUACCUUUGGCUGGAUCUGCCAUGAACUCCAGGUACUCGACUACCUGGCUCCUUACAAACUGCACGUAUUUCUCUGGGGGGUUGGGUCCAAAGAAAGCCAGCCGCAUAGCAAACUCUCUGUCAUACUGCUCCUGAGUGUAGCUAGGUGCCAUGCUUGCGCUGCUGAAUUUGGUUCUUUCGUCGAUAGGGUCGCUGUACGUGUACUGGCGUUGCCCUCACUUUGUAAUCCAAGGAAUGGUGUUGCCCUGUAGCUGUCUUUCUGGUUGUAGGAACGAUCCCACCGCUGCCACCAAUUGUAACGGACCGUUUCUCUCAAACAGGGAUAAAAUCCGUUUAGGCGAUAAUCCCCUUUCCCAUAGACCAGCAGCUAUUGCAAUCACCAACCUCCCGAACUCCAAACUGUACGAAUCCCCAACUCACGAACAAGAAAUACACGAACUCUGGAAGCAGCCGAACAGGAAAAGCAAUACGAGCGGCUUACACUCCUGGCAGUCAGCACACAAUCCAAUUCCCCCAAUAACGAGACGACACUUCGUUUUGAGGGUUAAGCAGAAUCUAAGGAUUUAUUCACACAGCCUCCUUUUAAGACAUUCUCCCAUGCAAGGGAGGGAUCCACAACAAUUAGUACCCCAGCCAAUAAUGUACCAGUUACCUCCCACACCUCUCCUCCCCUUAGUGUGACACAUAAUCCCAUUAGUACAGACACAAAUUCCCUGGGAUACUGGAUGUACCCCUAAACAUAGGAAUACCCCGUUAAAUGUUACAUCCCCUGGUAACCCUGAUCUGGGUGAGACACAUAUCCAAAAAUCACCCAGAUCGGACCAGGGGUUCAGGAAUUAUAAAGGGUUAAAGUUUUGACCGACUGCAUGGCAAAAGUAUCCGAAAAUAGUUCCAUGUAUUUUGGCCCUGCAGCCGGUCACAGAAAAGGGAAUCAAACACACGAAUGGCCUGUGUUACAGAGCUUGGGGAGGAUUCGUAUGAAUCCCCCUGUUCGUGGGAUCCUUUCUACCGAACGGCGGGCCGUUCGGUAGUUUCUGCAUGAAUUGCUGGAAGUCUGGAGGUCUCAGCGGUGUUUGCUUAGUCAAGUGUCCGAUUUUAGUUCCAGACACUCGACGGCAAAACACCGCUGUUCGGGAGUUUAAGAUGGCCGCCACCACGUGUUCGUUUCCCGAAUGGCGGCCACCCAGAGGACACAACACAUAGUACACAUAUAGCCAAUUACCCAUUUGCAACAUUGUUGCAAACGGUAAUUGGAGGCACACUUACUCCCGGGUGGUCUGGUUGUUCGGUAGUUUCACCCAAUAUAAUGAAUGAAGUGGUUCUACCGAACAAUCAGGGGAAUGCUGCAUUCACAUAACACUUUAUACCGAACACAUAAUAUUAAAUACAGCCUGAAUGCAAUUUGCUACACAGUCUUAAAAAGGCAUUAUUCCUAACAGGCAGAAUAUGUUCACGGAGGGCCCUUAAAGGGCCAGUAGCAGCAAUAUAAAAAUGUCACAUGCCCAAAUAUUGCAUACAAAAGUACGAAUUCACAAGGGGGCCAUAGUCAGAUGGCAGGAGGCUGGCAACCAGGCUUCUCCAGUGCAUAGUGGCGAGGUUGGUUUCGCCACAAUGUUGAAUUGGCUAAAUACCAUAAAGAGUUAAAAUGCCCACAUGAGGGGUGAUUUCAGGAGAACAAAAUUUCUUUCUGUCUGCCAACUGCAAAAUCGUUGGCUGUGAAGAACAGAAUGACUUGCGAAGAAAAUUGAAUGUCAAAGAAAUAAUUAAAGCGUUCUUUAUGUGAGCACAUUAAUCAAUCCUGCGUUUUCCUUAAUAACUCUUCACUUGACAUGCUGGCAAAGCUGAUCAGCAUAGUGGGCAGUAAUGACCCAUGAUUACUUUUACGUUACAUUUAAUAGUAAAAGUAAUACGUUUGGAGGACUGCCUUUUGCACGGCAGCUUAGUCCACAAACAAAUUGGGAGUUGCUCCUAUUGCCCAUUAUAGCAAAAUGUUGAUCUAUUCUAUAUGAACAGAAAGGGAAAGGCUCCAAAAAAUAUUAUGCACUGCUUAUCUACUAAAAAAUUAGUAGAUGCUAAACAUUUAUUAUGUUUUAAUGUAUGUGUACGAUGCAGAUGAAAAUGAAAGAAAGGGGCCUCGGGUAAAAGGUCAAAUGAGUCGUUUGUUACAUGUGAUUUUACAGAGGAAGAGGUUCUAUUUCAAGUGUCAAAAGUAAAGACAAAUAAGUCAAUGGGACCUGAUGGAAUACACCCAAAGUUAUUAAAAGAGCUUACUGGUGUACUAGCAAAACUAUUAACAGAUUUAUUUAACCAAUCAUUGUUAACAGUAGUAGUCCCAGAAGAUUGGAAUGUUGUGCCCAUUCACAAGAAAGGUAGUAGGGAGGAGUCGGGCAACUAUAGGCCAGUAAGCCUUACUUCAGUAGUGGGGAAAGUAAUGGAAACCAUGUUAAAGGGUCGGAUUGUUGAACAUCGAAAAACACAUGGAUUUCAAGAUCAGAGACAACAUGGGUUUACUUCAGGGAGAUCAUGCCAAUCUAAUCUUAUUGAUUUUUUUCAUUGAGCAACUAAAAUAAUAGAUCAGGGUGGUGCAGUAGACAUUGCUUACCUAGAUUUCAGUAAGGCUUUUGACACUGUUGCACAUAGAAGGCUUAUUAAUAAACUGUAAUCUUUAAGUUUGGAUUCCAAUAUUGUUAAAUGAGUAAGGCAUUGGCUGAAUGACAGGCAACAGAGGGUUGUAGUCAAUGGAGUAUAUUCAAAGCAUGGUACAGUAAAGGAGGAGACUAUGUAUUUAAAAGAAGAAAAACUACCACAACAAGAGGACAUAGUCUUAAAUUAGAGGGGCAAAGGUUUAAAAAUAUCAGGAAGUAUUACUUUACUAAGAGGGUAGUGGACGCAUGGAAUAGGCUUCCAGCUGAAGUGGUAGAGGUUAACACAGUGAGAGAGUUUAAGCAUGCGUGGGAUAGGCAUAAGGCUAUCCUAACUAUAAGAUAAGGCCAGGGACUAAUGAAAGUAUUUAGAAAAUUGGGCAGACUAGAUGGGUCGAAUGGUUCUUAUCCGCCUUCGCAUUCUAUGUUUACAUUUUUUUAUUUUUAUUUUUUGUAAUGUCUUCCCUGCUUUCUACUUUUGGAACUUCCAAAAGGCUGUGUCUUCUCCCAUCACUGUUUCCCCAAAUGAUGUGGUGUGUGUUUUUGUUUUGUUUUUGUUUUCUUCAAUAAGCAGUUGGUGGUGUUCAUGUAACUUCUCUAAGGUAAUGAAAACUGUAUUGUUGCUUUCGAAGACAACUUUGUUCAGUAUAUUUUGUCUAUACUAAACAGCUCUUUGUUAUGCUGGAUCGGGACAUGAAAAGUCUUGAAAUAAAUGGGUGAACACUAAUGGCUACACACAUUGUGCAGAUCUAUAGUUGAAGAGAUGCUGGAGUUUAUUCAAUAAACUGUGAAUUAAAAACAGGAUUGCAAAUUUUAGGCCAAAAUAGGCGACUUUGAAAAAUGUUCCAACUCAUAGUCCUGAUUUGAUAAUGUGGGCCGAAUUUUGCAAUUCAGUUUUCUGUUCACCACUGUAAAGUAAAUUAACCAUUCUAUCUUGAAAAGGUUUUUAUUAUUAAAGUUAAAAUUCAGUAAUACUCCAGAUUAGCCCAUAUACAUGUUGUAUGUUUUAAAUUGCUAACAUUUUUCUGUACAGCCAAUAUGUGAGGUUUUGGAUUUAUUAUAUAUCUGCCUAGAAGUCCUUAUGCCCAUGGUCAGUAUAAAGUGUUUAAUUUAUCAGUUUAGAAUGGGAGGGAAACCUGGAAAAAUGCUUUCUUAAAGGAGCACUAUAGGGUCAGGAACACAAACCUGUAUUCCUAUAGGGUUAAAACCACCAUCUAGCCACCCUGGUCCCCUCAUGCCUCCCUAAAUAUAGUAAAAUCUUACUUGUAUUAAAGUCUGGAGCUGUUGGCUUUGUCCCUGUUUCCUUUUGACCUGCCUGCUGACAUCAUCAGAAAUAUUGUUCUGAGCCAAUCGCAAUGCUUCCCCAUAGGAUUGGCUGAGACCGACAAAGAGGCAGAUCAGGGGCAGAGCCAGCAUGAUUCAAACACAGCCCUGUCCAAUCAGCAUGUCCUCAUAGAGAUUAAUUGAAUCAAUGAAUCUCUAUGAGGAAAGUUCAGUGUCUGCAUGCAGAGGGAGGAGAUAAUGAAUGUUUGGAUGCAUUUUAGGCAGCCAUGACCCAGGAAGGAUAUCUAACAGCCAUCUAAGGAGUGGCCAGUGACGUUAUCAGUGGGCUGUAAUGUAAACACUGCAUUUUCUCUGAAAAGGCUUGUUUACAGCAAAAAGUCUGAAGUUAAUGAUUCUAAACACCAGAACAAAUUCAAUAAGCUGUAGUUGUUCUGGUGACUAUAGUGUCCCUUUAAGCAAACCGGUGUAUAUACAUCCCUCUGCUAUCCGCAAGCAUGCCUUAGUGUGCUCUUUUUAGUUUUGAAAGCUUUCAAGUCACCCUAUCGGUUCAUUGCCUCUAGUGUCUCAAGUAUUGUGUGCACAUGGCUGUUGGAGGAAAAAAAGCCCAUGAUCUUUGAACAUUCUAAAUGUAUCUCCCCUUCACCCAAACUUUUUUUUUUUUUUUUUUUUUUUAUAUAGAAUUUUAAAAAUAUUCAGCCUGUCAUUGUCAUCUGGCCUAUGGGCUAUGGCACACGAAGACUUAUGACAGUGUCCCAUGUUCUGAGCUUAGAAUGCCCCUUUUACAAGUUUAGAAUUGUACAUUAGUCUCCUAUUUCCUUAAUAAAGUAACCUUAUUAACAAUUUCUGCUUAAACAUGUAUGUAAAUAUACAUUCUAUUAGGUUUUUUUUAAAUUUAUUUUUUAUAUAAAUUUUUUUUCAUAAAUUACUUAAAGAAAAAAAAAAUCUGAGGUUUACGGUCUAUUCUCCUUUCAACAUAUUUGCCAUUUUCAGUAAUGAUUUACCUUGAGUUUGCUGCCAGUUCUCAACAGCUCAUAAAGGUUUUAUGGGAGAAUUAACCCAUUGGAGUAAUGCCAUAAUUACUCUGUUAAGAAAAUAUACAUUUUCUUUGAAAACUUUUCUAUUAAUUGAAUUGCAAUGUGUUCUGUGCUUACUUGUAAGCGUUGCAUGGAAUUUAUUUAGUGGUUGUGUGAAAAAUGAUAAUUUGAAGUACUAGUAAUUUAAAAUAAAGUGGGUGUUCAGAAUCAUGUGUAUGUAAUCAUUUCAAUUUCCUUUUUAUAUAGAACUAUGCAGUAUCAGCAAAGUGAUGUUUCCAUUUCUUUUCCAAAAAUUUCUAGUAUGUAUGUUUAUAUAUUAUUUUUUUUGGCUAUUGUAAAUGAUUUUAUUUUUGGUUUGGUUUUGUUAUGAUCGUAUACCCUCCUGGGAGAUGCUGGCAUUCAUGCCAUUGAAGAGAUGAAGAGAGAUCAAAUACGUUAUUCACAAUCCAAGUUUGUAGGGGUUAAUCAUUAAAAUGUGAAUUGCUCAGAAAUUUAUCAAGCAAAUGCAAAUAUAAGAUCAACAUAGCAGUUUUUAGGGUGGGCUUCUGUGUGUUUUUCUUUUAUUUAUAUUUAUAUUUUGGUGGAGGGGGGUGUCUCCUUGUGAAUUUUUGGCAUUUGAUAAACAUAGGUAGGGGUUCACUGCUACUUCUGUUACAAUUUAGGCACAUACAGAUUUUUUUAUUUUAUUCUCUUUAAUCUAAUGCCUACCGGUUUGUGAAUUUCUUUCUAUUGUAAUAAAAUCAAUAUUUCAGAUAAAUACUGGUUUGGGGGGGUGACGACAAAUCAUGCUUUGGACAGUACCUAUUUAACGUACGCAGCUCUGCACACUACCUACAACUGAUGAAAUUCCAUGCCAUAAAGGGGGCUUAGAUUAGUAUGACUGCAUUGAUAGUCAAUGGCCUUUAGCAGGUUAAUGGAUGCUUUCUGAAUUCAAGUUUAGUUCCAGAAGAGAGCUGCUGAGUAAACGGAUGUUAGCACUUUACUGUGAACUUUGAGGACUUGUUCCAUUUGGUUCUAAAGAGAAACUUUCCCCUUUACCUCCAGAAUGAAGUCACCCUGCUGAGAAAUGAAGUGGCGCAGCUGAAACAGCUUCUUCUGGCUCAUAAAGAUUGCCCUGUAACCGCCAUGCAGAAGAAAUCUGGCUAUCAUAGUGAGUAAUGUUCCAUUACCCAUGGCCUUGGGCUACAUCAGUGAAAUACUGCCAAAAAAAAACGCGCUACCAUUAAUACAGGAGACUCGCACACUCCCACUUCUAGUGUUAGCAUUAAAUAUUGAAAAUAAGGCACGGUUACUGCUGGGUAAGUUUUAAAUGUUAUUUGAUUAGGGUUAUUUUCCACUUUGUGAAAUAUGACUUUGUUUAUUAAGGUGCUUAAGUUCUUUGCAAGUCCUUCUGACACUUAAGAGAUUAAAAGUGAUUUUUCAGUUAAAAUAAUAUAGAUUUGAAGGGAUGAAUUCAAAUAAAUAUUUACUUUCACUCACAAUUUUUUUUAGUGGGAGACUAAACCCCUUGAUGAUCUUUAAGACUGCAAUAUUAUGGUCGCUUACAUUUUGCGGUUUGCUACAAAGCCAUCACAUGGCCGUUUUCCCUCAGUGUCCUGUACUGUAUGUUCAUCACUGACUCAAUUACAGAUUUUAUUACGUCUGUGCACAAUCUGAUUACCAUAAAUCAGCCUGCUAGUUGCAAUAUGUAUCUGUGUGUGUUUUACACACACAAUUUAUAAGAACUCUGGCAACCUCAUAGUAAACCACUAUAUUGAAGGUCUAGUGGUUUUUGAAUGUCUGCAGAACCCCGAGAUGACAUCCUCUCAAUUAAUACAAGCUUCAGCUUUAUGUAUCCAUUUUUUAUUUAUUUCUUUUCAUAUUUUUAUUGCAUUUGUUUUUAAUAUACUUUUUAUUUUCAUGUAUUUUUUUUUUUAUUUUUUUUUAAAGGCUAAGGUUUCUUUAAUCUUGGUGCAACACUGGUCCAUACAGCCUCUGGCCUGAGAGUGUAACUUCCACAAGGGUUGUGUAUGCCUGCACUGAUAUAAGGGUACCUAGAUUAUACAAAUCAUUCACCCCAUGUAAUGUGUUUUUAUUGCAUAGUCUGUCACCCAUUGUACAGUCCAGAAUAUGCAGCCACCAUCAAGCAAUCCUGCUAAUCUCAUUCAAUUGUAUUUGCAAAGCAAAAUUAUUAUCCUUUUACAUAUUUAAAGGAUGGGUGCCACGUAAAAACCUUGCUGUGAGAUGGGACUGUAAGGGUUUGCAUGUGGUAUUUUCAUAGGUUCCAGGUGUUUUUUUUUUUUUGGGCCAUCUAAUGGGGGAAAUAGUCAUGCAUCAGUUGCAUAGCGAUGGCCUGGUUCCCCUCCUUGGUGUGCAAAUAAAUAAGCUUAGGGGAGUAAAGUGAUUCUGGGGGUCAACAUUCUGUAUGUAUGAUGCAUCCCUAUUGGAUUGCCACCUAACAGACAAUAUCCACAAUGCUUUGCAAGUCAAUCCAGAUUGCUGAUUAAAACAUAGCAUUACAAAUCUGAUCCAAAUUUCACAUAACACUACUGACUUCUAUUGCUGGUGACUUACAGUAUAAAGAUAACUUGAAGUCACUUACCUGUAUAUUUUCCCCUACACAUUCAUAUAUAAUAUUAAUGUAGACGCCCCCAGUUACAUUAAUCUAAGUAAACUGCCUGGUAGUAAAAGAUUGCAUGCAGUCAAAUUUAAUCAAUAUUUCAAGGCAUUUAUAUAAUUCAGGAACUCAAUUUUUGCUUUUUUUAUGCUGAAAGUAAAUAUGAAAAUAUUGUCUUGUAUUGAACUCUAACUUUGUUUUUAUAUGAAAUGUGUGUUCAUGUUUAUGCUUAAAGGAACACUUUAGUCACCUAAAUUACUUUAGCUAAUUAAAGCAGUUUUAGUGUAUAGAUCAUUCCCCUGCAAUUUCACUGCUCAAUUCACUGUCAUUUAGGAGUUAAAUCACUUUGUUUCUGUUUAUGCAGCCCUAGCCACACCUCCCCUGGCUAUGAUUGACAGAGCCUGCAUGAAACAAAAACUGGUUUCACUUUCAAACAGAUGUAUUUUACCUUAAAUAACUGUAUCUCAAUCUCUAAAUUGAACUUUAAUCACAUACAGGAGGUUCUUGCAGGGUCUAGCAAGGGGAUAAGAAAAUCUUAAUUAAACAGAACUUGCAAUAAAGAAAGCCUAAAUAGGGCUCUCUUUACAGGAUGUGUUUAUGGAAGACUGUGCAAGUCACAUGCAGGGAGGUGUGACUAGGGUUCAUAAACAAAUUGAUUUAACUCCUAAAUGGCAGAGGAUUGAGCAGUGAGGCUGCAGGGGCAUGUUCUAUACACCAAAACUGCUUCAUUAAGCUAAAGUUGUUCAGGUGACUAUAGUGUCCCUUUAAAUAUGACAAUCUAGUUUUUAUUUAUUUUUUAUUUCAUGGGGUCACGUUCAGUCACACUCAGAUUCAUUCUCUAAACUCAGAAUUGUAGCUAGUUUAAUUCUAAAGGACGGUUUUAGAUUAAAAUAGUUGAUCUGGAAAAAAACUUGAAAUUUCCACUUCUGAAUUAUCCCGUAGGAUUUUUUAUUUAUUUUUCUAAAAUUUUUGUUUUUGUUUUUUGUCCUAUACAUACAGCUCACAAGUAUUGUGAAUUCAGAAAUGUGUUCCUGUAGAGUUGCCUCUUGGGUACAGUUAAAUGGCAAGUGUGCCUCAAAAUUAUCUUUUUGGUAUCCUUCAGCCAUCCUUCAUGCACCUUGGGUCAGACAGUAUUUGAAAACUGACAGUCUCUAUGACCUUCUCUGCUUCACUCCCUGCACAGAAGCAGGAAAGACCGUAGAGACUGUCCGUUUUUAAACAGUUUUAUAUAUGUUAUAUAUAUUUAUUUUUUUAUUUUUUAAAAUAAUUUAUUAACGUGCAAAACUUGAAGAGAUAAUGUAUGGGUUUCAUAUGGGCGUUAAGUCUACUUUAUUCCAUGUUUUUAUCUAAAAAUUCUUUUUUAUAGCUCCAAAAAAUCCAAAGGUAUUAACAAUCACUACCAAAGCAAACAGAUGCAAUAGAUUUUGAGAUCUUGAAAGCUUGCAGUCCAUAGCAUGUGGUAGAGGAAGAUAUCAUUUUUUCAAAGUGAUGUUUCUAUUCACCUCCUCAGCAUUGUAAAGGUUAAUUAUUGUUCAGUCUCUCCUUCCGUCUCGCUGGCUAUGAUAUAGAAUUUACCAACCAGCUGCUGCUGUAGAAUAAAUGGCCAAUUUCGUCCCUCGUACACAUAUUUGUAACAAAUAGCAAAACUGUGAAUCCAUUAGGCAGCAUUCAUAAUAUAUAACCCACAGCUUUCUCUUUUAUGAUUUAAUGGUAUUCCAGGAUAUUUGUAAAUGUGAAGAUUGUUUCUGCCAUAUGCAGCCACUUCAUUUUAAUUUGCCAGUGUCAGUAAUUCAGGAGGAUAAAGAAACAUUUUGAAUUGCAUGCGAACAGUUCCUCAGGUGCAUGCGAUAAAAUUUAAUAGCCCCCAUUUUACUUGUAGUCAUUUUAAGCUGUUUUAUCAGAUCAGGCAAUAUUUUUUCAUUUAAAAGAAUUGAGAGGUAAACACAACUUUCUAUUGCCAUAUAUAUUUAGAACACUGAUUUUUGUCAUUUUUGAGCUGAUAAAUCUUACUCCACAGAUGCACAGUCAUUUGACAGGGGUAGAGAAUAACAUUUUGCAGUAAAUUGGAACAGCAUAGGCAUUUGCUAGAAAUGGGUAUUAACAAUGAUCACAGCAAGGAUGAGCCCAUUAUACCUCCCAUCUGAUAAAUCCACAUAAUGUCUGCCACAAGCAACUGCAAUGUAAGCAUGGUUUACCCAAACUAUUUCUUAUAAGGAUUUUUGCUAUCCCUCCAGACAUAAUUAGAAUGUACUCAUCCUCAUGCUAAGCUUGUGUCUUCUGUUUUGCAGGAAUGUAGACAAAUGUUCCAUAGUAUUAAGAAAUGGGACAUGAGCAGAACCGGAUAAGACUAUAAGGUGUACAAUAUUGUAAAUUGUAUUCACAUAGUAUUCUAUAAUGUACAUUUUAUACCUUGUGAAAUUGGCCAUUAUAUGACACUAUAUAAUACAAGACGUUGUACAAUAUUGUAAAUUGUAGAACACAAUGUGAUAUUCAGAAAACCAAUAUUCCUAAAUAUAUCUGUAAAAAUGUGUGAUCUAUAGAUUUCCGCAGGAAUUAUCCGUGCAAGCUGCAGUGUUUAUUUGCCUCUUCUAAAUAGAAUAUAUAUAUAUAUAUAUAUAUAUAUAUAUAUAUAUAUAUAUAAUCUUUAUUUUAUUUUUUUCUAAAUCUAACAUUUUCCAUUAAUUACUUUAUUGAUUGAGGAUGUUACAUGGUGGUUGGAGGUAUCAAAAUAUUUGUGUUUUUUUUUUGUUUUUUUUUUACUGGCCUCAUUUGUUUUUUUAAAAAUAAAUAAUUUUUAAAAAAUAAAUUACUUUCCUUUAAUCCAGCACCAAGACAGUCUUUUUUCCAACCCAAUCCACGUAGUGUGAGAUAACCGAUCCAAUGAGAUGGUAUUGAGGACCUACAUUGCAGGCAUAGUCAUUUCUGCAAUCCGUCCUUUUGGUUCUCACAGAGAAGCACUGAAUCUAAUUCUUUAUGAGAAGUGUUAGCGAUGCUUUGGCAACUUGAUGCUAUCGAUGACCCCAAAAUGAACUUUUUUUAUUUAUUUUUAUUGAAGAUGGUAAGGAGGACAUGCAUUACAGCCCUUCGUUCUGGCCAGUCUCAGGAUAAAAAUAAGCUGAAUUUUCAUAGUGUAGACAAAUUAGAACUCGCAUGAAACAUAGACUAUUGUAGUUGGGUCAGAUGUUCAGUUUUAUGUGCAUUCAAGUUUGUCUGAUCAUUUAUAUGCUUACCAUAGGCAAACUACACCAGGUUUCAGUCUAUGGGGGUGACCUAUCAAGGCAAAAACAUUUGUUUUGGGAUUUUUUGGAAGAUGGUGGAGGAAAGUAACUAAAUAAGGAGUAACAUGGAAACAAUGAAUACAUGAAUGGUUAGGCACUGUUUUGCCAUAUUAAGUAUUCCUUUAUUUCUUUUCCGUCAAGUGUCAUUUGGAAGUAAGUGAAGCACAUCUUUUCAAUCCAGUCCAGGACACACUUUUUUGUGUGUGUUGGAUGUGUGUAGGGAACCAUCUUUGGGUUAUAAUAUAUCAUCAUCUAUACACCAGCUGUCAGUUUCCCCAGCACAAUGUGUAGAUCUAUACCUACUUGAAGGUAAACUUGUCAUCCACACAAUCUCCAGGUGAAGUUUAAUCAUCUGAGCAACUAGAAGAUUCUAGUGUGAAAAAGUUAUAGUGUUAUAGAAAAGCAAAAAGUAAUCACUGCAUUUGAGAGCGCAUAUUUUAACAUGCAUUACAAGGAAUACUCCAAGCACCAAAACCACUACAGCAUGUUUUAGUGGUUAUGGUGUCAGGACUGCUCCAGCCAACCAUUGGAAGGAAUCAACCCAGUUUAGAAUGACUUGAUGUCUUACCUGGGGGUAUUAAGCACCCCCCCCUGCUUUCACUUCCUUUCAUGGAGAAACUGAUACUCCCUCUAUGUGAUUUAACUCUUGCAGUGCAUGGGCAUAGAUGUACUUCUGUCAUCCCCUGGUGCAGGGAUAGGCAACCUUUGGCACUCCAGAUGUUAUAGACUACAUUCCCCAUUGUGCUCUUACACCCAUAAUGCUGGCAAAGCAUCAUGGGUGGUGUAGUCCAAAACAUCUGGAGUGCCAAAGUUUGCCUAUGCCUGCCCUAGAGCUUCUUAAAGGGACUCUCCAGUGCCCCUCUCCCUCCCACCCCCCAUCCCAGGUUGCUGAAGGGGUUAAAACCCCUUCAGUGACUUACCUGUAUCCAGCGCCGAUGUCCCUCGGCGCUGGUUCAGGGUCCGCACACGCUCCUCCCCCGCCGACUUUGUCUGGCGGGGGAGAACUAAUGCGCAUGCGCGGCAAUGCCACGCACACACAUUAGAACUCCCCAUAGGAAAGCAUUAAAAAACAUAGCGUGAGGACGUCCAGCGACGCUAUUGCACAGAAAAUCUGUGCUAUAAACCCGGAAGUGCCUCUGUGCUAUAAACCCGGACGUGCCCUCUAGACAGCCACUAGAGGAGGAGUUAACCCUGCAAGGUAAAUAUUGCAGUUUAUGAAAACUGCAAUAAUUACACUUGCAGGGUUAAGGGUAGUGGGAGUUGGCACCCAGACCACUCCAAUGGGCAGAAGUGGUCCGGGUGCCUGGAGUGUCCCUUUAAUGACUCCGCAUAUCACAACCAGGGCACUGUCAUUACAUGCGCUCUGGAACUAUGAGAGAGCUCUUGGUGGUCUGCACUCGAUAUUUGUGCAGAUUGCAAUGCUCUCCUCACCAGGUCACCAAGGAAAGGUUAGUCGGAGUGGAGCAAAACACACACAACUCAUCCACGCUCAGACUCUUCUACACACAUCUCUAAGCCUCCUUCUCACACACAUCUCAUAGGCUGAGCGUGAUCAACUGAUCCGCUCAGCCAAUGAGCAAGCCCUACAUGACUAAGCACAUGUACAUGACAAGCCCUACAUGACUCAGGAUAAACAACUGAAGCCCCUUGGCUUAGGAGCUACCAACUCUCCAUAGGAACUGGUGGAGAUAGGAGCGGCACCCAGUGAACAACAGGUAAGAAGUCAAGCAGUAAUGAAAUGGUUUGACUCCUUACAAUGGUGGGGGUAGGCAUUGGGAUACUCCUGGCACCAUAACAUCAUCUUUACUUUGAUGGGAAAUACAUAUUAAGUGUUCUAAUAUGUAGAAUUUGUAUGGUGCAGAAAUGAAGACGUGUUGUAAUUAAACUUUACUGCUACAUAUAAAUGCUAUAUACUAGAAGUCAGUACUUUUAUUUUGCUAUGAACUGUCGAAAAGAAGUGAUACAGUUUAGACUUUAAGCUCAUAUUUGCAUUUCCCUCUUAACCUACUGUUCCUGGAUGUCAAAUAUGCACAAUAUGUUGUCACUAUAUAAAUAAUUGUAAUUAUGGAUCCAUGAAAACACUGUAGAUCAAGCAAGCUUUGACAGGUCAGGAACACUGAACAUCAAAAAAAAUAAAAAAUAAUUAAAAGUAUCUGCAUAGACAUACAUUUCUAAGCUGUUAUUAGUUGGCAUUAUUUGAUGUAAACAUGCCGCAGGGCAGCACGUUUCAAGUGAUGACCAUCAACAUGGUUCAGAAAAACCUGACUCCAAAACCCUAGUCCUUCUUCUCCUCCCCAGAAAUAGGAUUUGUCUAGUCCUGUAAAAUAUUUAGCAGACCUAGCUUCCUUUUUAAAUGGGAAAAAAAUACUUGUCCUGUGUGUAGAAGACAGACAAACAUUCCACCAAUUAGUACCUCGUUUGAAUAUCAGUCACUAAAUAGGGUGUUACACACUCUGUACUUAAACCAUCACCUCUUGAACAUAUGGAUUCCAGGAUUACACAUUUUCCACCUAGUUAAAUCUUGGAAUGAGAGAUUUCUUAGGGGGGCAACUUGUAAAAUAGCACGGCUUUUUUUUUUUUUUGGGAAAACACAUUUCUGCUCUUAAUCUUUAUUCGCAUUUUGUGUGUAUAUAUUAUUAAACAUACAAUGUUUGUCUAAUAUACUGGGUUAUUCUUUCCAUUAUAUUCUUUCAAUCUACUUUCUUUCUUUUUUUUUUUAUUUUCUUUUUUUUACUUUAAGUGGUUAAUGUAAAGCAAUAGUAUCUAGUGUCCGAUCCCCAGCUGCCAUUGGAUUGUGGGGAGCACUGAGCAGCUGGAGAACAAGGAUUAGACACCCUGAUAUGUAACAAAUCUCUGGUGAGCGAACUGUUAUUUCAGGUCUCUGUACAGCACUGCAGCAAUCAGACUUAAGUCUUUUAUGCAAUAAAAUAUCAUUAUCAUUAUCUUCAUCUAAAAAAAUUGUUAGUGGGGCAAAACGCACAUUUGCAGUAUACCAUUUACAGUGAUCUAUAGUCAUGGGCUUUUUAAUUCUGUUCAGAAUGACUGAAUUAUUAGUCAGAUUCCGUAAGUGAAGAAGUUGAUUUUCUGUGCCUUGAGCCCAAUUAAUUUGUGCAUCGCUAGAACAGCUGGUGGCAUUUAGACUCUAAGUGUUGCUUACUCUCCUGAGUGAACAUCAUUAGAGUCAGGUGUUAGACUCAUCCACUGCUGCCGUUAAUGGAAAAGCAGGCAGAUUCAUUUGAAAACUAAUCUUUAUUUGCCAAAGGAAGCUUUUCAAGAUAUGUUUACAUCACAUCUUAUAAUAAUAUUGCAUUAGUUAAUUUACAAUGUGCUUACUAAAAAUAGUCAUGCUCAAAGUUGUAUCCACUCGUGUGAAAUGACAACCCUGUUGUUCGUUUCUUAAGAGAAUGCUCUUUUUUUAAAACUUAUUUUGAAUAGGAUUACGUAUCUUCGAAAAUGAAACGUGUAGCCUGUCACACUUGCAAAUUGCCUGAAUGAUAAACAAAAUCCAAAAUACCUUUUCUCUCUCCUCAGAAGAGCCAGGAUUUGUUGUGAGCUGAUUUUUAGUAGAGAUCUAAUAGGGUUUUGAGAUCAACAGAUGCUUUAGGGACAUCUCUAAAAAUUGAAUACUUUAGGGCUUUAUCUUAACCAAUACAGCCCUUAGCUAGGCAUUUAUUUGAAGACCAUUCUAAAUCCGAUUGCAAUAUGGCAUCUACAAUGAAUGAAAUAUGAUGACUUUUUUUUUUUAAUUACGUAGUUAAGGUUAUGGGAUGUAAGAUACAUUUGCUGUUUACAAAAAUGAGGACUGCUACCUCAGCAAACAUAAUUUUGUUUUGUGAUCUGCUCCAAAGAUCACAUUCCUAAGCAUCAUAAUGCCUUUAAAUUCCAGUAAACAAAUCUAUUUACAUCACUCCCACCCUAUAUAUCCCUUAACCUGUCAGAAUCCACUCAAACCCAAAGUCAAAACCGCAUUACCUCAUCCCCGUACACCUCUAAUCAGCCCCAGCUACAACCAUAUUACCCUAUCUGCUUCAAUUGCAAUACACCGAUCUCUGCACUCUCGUGAUUACCCCUAACCCCAUUCCCCUCUUACAAACCAUUACCCCAGCUUUAUAAUCUAGUCACUCCUAGUCUUGUAUUAUUCCAGUCUACUAACACCAUUACAUCUCCACUGCAAUAAAUCCCAGAUAGACAGGGUCCUCAGCCCUCCAGGCAUAUUUAUCCCACACAGACAGUGCCCUCACAUAGCUCACAGCCAGAUAAUGCCCUUACACCUCCCAAUCACAUGAAUCCCAGCCAGUUGUUGUCCUCACACUCCAUUCCAGACAGAAAAUGCCUUCAAACCCCCAAUCACAUCCAAGCAAUGUAUUCAGUCCACAAUCGAAUCAAUCCCAGCCAGAGAUUGCCCACCACUCACAUAAUUCCUUAUGCUCUCAUAUCCAUCCCCCUGCCUGACAGUGCCCUCAGCACCAAGUUUUAUAUAUAUAUCCGACAGAUUGUGCCCUUAUUCCGGUCUCCCUCGUAACCGGUGGUCUAAUGGAGCAGUCUGCUACAGCAACAGGUUCUUCCCUGGCUCGACACAAACCCCUCUUUCACAUACACACCACAGGCAGAGAGAACUGUGCAGUUCUGUUUUCAUUUUUUUUCCAAGUUACUACAGUUGUGUUUGUGAAUAAACCACUAAGUGAACACACAACCUUGAACAUGAACAGAACUUGUGGCAUUAGGGUUUUCAUGCCACCUGUGAGCUGCAUGAAAAUAGCAGAAGGUGUCCCCCCCCCCCCCACACACACUUUCAGUCCUGUCUACUUUCCCUGUUAUACAAGCUAAUAAAGGCUGGAAAGAUAAUCUGAUCUUUUAAUAUCUUUCAAGUUACAACUUUGGGAGAUGUAUUAAAAUGCUAUAACUCAUGGGUUGUCAGUGAAUUCCAUUCAUAACAUUUCAACAUCUACGGGAUGCACUCGGAGUACGCUACUCUAACAUAAUGACUUUUCAUUGCAUUAUCUUUCUCUAGUGUCCUCGUAUCCCCUUGAUCAGAGGUCUUCGGCUGGCAAGCUCGUUUUCUACCCAGAUAUCUAUAGUUUAUGCCAGUGGUUAUUGGUCACUGCAAAUUAUACCCUAACACACAGUACUUGAAGUGUAUUGUCUGUCCUUAGAAUCGCUUAAUGUUAGCAAAAAGGUAUUGAACACAAGAAUGGUCUGAGACAGGCCAAGGUCAAUGGACACCAGCGUUCAGACACAAUGGAAAAAUCAGCUGGCUCAGAUCGGGAGAGUCCAAACUAAGCUGCAUGAAUAACAGGAAUAGAUUGCAACCACAAGGAACGUGCUAUUGUGAUUACCAGGGAAUAAAACAAAGAUAAUCUUGUAAUAAUUCAAGGGCAAACUGAUCACUAAAGCGGCAGUUGGCGCUGGUCGUCUUGAUUUUAUGUGAGCUUAACUUGUAUUGGCUGUAAUAAUGUUUUUAAAUUGGUUUCACACAAUGUAGUAUUCCUGUUUUUUAUAUGCCCACUGAGAGCCUUUCUUUUUAUGCUGGUUUGCAACGCAAGUUUGCGGUUUCUAGGUCCAGUUUUAAAUACAGAGGGCAGACCUUUUCAUGUACCUCGCAACUAUUGCAGUGGCAAGAUUCUCUAAAUUGGAAGGUACUGGCAGUAUUUUUUUGGAAAUCAUUUUUCAAGUGAAUCUAAUAUGGUGGACCUGAUAAGUGUUCACUUAUUUAGUGGUUUUCUAUUUUUCUUGUUCUACCACUGCAAGUUUUACUUUGUGUUUUUUAUUUUUUUUCUGUAACAUUUUAUUUCACCCCACUUUUAUUGCUUGAUUACUCUGAGAAGAAGAGAGAUUUUUAUUUAGUGCAGUUUAUCAUUUCUAUUGGAGAGUAAUUGGUGUUUACAGCAGCACAUGUGCUCAAAAUGAAUGAUUUACAAACCAGUUCUCCAUUUAGGAAUUUUCCAAUUCUGUUUGCGCGGGUAUUCCAAAACUCAGUCCUUACAAUGCACAAGGAAACACUGUACUUUUUUAUAAAUGAUUGUUUGUACAUUUUGCCUAGGUGAAAUUAAUGUUUAGAUAUUUACCACAGGAAUAGUUAGGACUAAAGGAAAAAACAAAACUGUAGCAAUAUUUUUUUUCCAAAUAUUCAAAGUAACACAGAAAAGCAAAACAUUUUAUUGAAGAGCACUGUUUGCUUAGCAAACCACAUUUAUUGCCAUUAUGGGUUUUGGAAUGUUACCACAACGCCACUGGCCGUGCAGACCGGAGUGUAGCUAGUGUUUAAUAACAUUUUGAUGGACGACACUUGUGCUUAUUGACUAAACUUGGAUUUAUCACGAAUAGUCCAAUUUUGAGCCACAAAAGCCAAGUUGGAAAAUUAGUAAAGGGUUGAGAAUGUUUUCCAAAUCUGCCAUUUUGGUGUAUAAUUUAUGAGGACAUUAUAGUUUUCCACAAUUCCUGGGUUUAGUGAAUAAACCGCUCAGAGCGUAACUGAAUAUAUAUAUAUAUAUAUAUAUAUAUAUAUAUAUAUACAUAUAUAUAUAUUAAAAACAGUGGAGGGUAGAGGAGGGUGGAUUUGGAGAAGGAUUUUCUUACUUUAUCAUUUUCUGCAGGGGGGACUUUUUUUUUUAUAUAAAUAUAUAGAUAUAGAGAGAGAGAGUUGAUGUUCCCCUAUAAAAUUCUUCUUAAAGAAACCCUAUAGCAUUGGGAAUACAAACCUGUAUUCCUAACACUGUAGUGCCCUUGUCUCUAGUUAGAUUUGGGACUUCCCUCCUCCCCAUUUGAAAGAAAAUAGUUUUUACUUGCCUUUUUCCAGCACUUAGAUUACCUUGACGCUUCUGGCCUAUCUGCCUCUCGCUAUGUCAUAGAGGAGACGUUUCUCCCUCCUUCGUUGCUCCAACCCAAUACUCCUCAUAGAGGAGCGUUUGGGACCUGAUGCGCGUGUGCAUUGAACACCUUAUAUACAUCCAAUGCUUAUCCGGGAAAGCAUUGAAUCCAGUGCUUUCAUAUCAGCUGCAAUAUCACAUCACCAAGUUUUACUUGGUCGGUGCAGCAGUAGCACCUCUAGUGGAUAUCAGCAUGGCAACCACUACAGACUUGUUUAACCCUUCAAGGUACAACACUGUCGUUUUUUGCAGAAAUGGCAAUGCUUUACCUUGAAGGAUUAAACCUACAGGACUUCUGAGAUUAAGUGGUCUGGGUGACUUUAGUGGUCCUUUAACUAGUGCGUGACUGGAAUUUUAUAUCACAGACCAUACCCAGUUCUCCUUUUAUUGCAACUUGGAAUGUACAAUUUACACAUCUUAAAAUUAUUUGUUGCAUGCUACCUUAAACAGAUGCACAUGUCAACCAUUUAACGUCAUUCUUGGCUGUGCUGUGCAUACCCUUUGACUGUACAGCUGUCCACUUUUUGAUAAUGCCUGUACACUUCCUGUUUGAAUUAAGUGCAGGGGUGGCGCUUUGACAAGCUGUUACCUUUUUCUGUUCUCUUUUUUUCCCCUUAUAAAUGAAACCUGCUUCAGCAUGCACACAAUUGUGGGUGAUGGAUUCUCUUUGAUGUGCGUAUUUAUUCUUGCUUCAUGGAAUAGCCAUGUUAACUGUAAAUUCCAUUAAUAACAUUUUAUACCAGAGUUGGCUUAAUAAAGUUCUCUAAAUAGGAAUAGAAUUAUCUUGAUAAAUGCAAAAGUGUGAAUGCCUAUUGUGGUACUAUAUUAUUGUUGUGAUAUUUAUAAAGCAUAUGUAAUAAAUAUAUAUAUAUUAUUUUUUUUAAUAUCAGAUGCAGAGAAAGAUGAGAGUUCUGAAGACAUUUCGUUGCCUAGCAGUCCGCAGACUGAAGCGAUACAACACAGUUCAAUUAGUACUUCUAAUGGAGUCAGUUCCACGUCUGUGGCAGAAGCAAUAGCAACAUCUGUUCUCACCCAAAUGGCAGAUCAAAGUACAGAGCCAGCUGUUGCACAUGUUAUGGCUCCGCCUCCUGCGCAGUCAUCUGGAAGUUGA